CUGCAGCAACACGGAGGUGACAUCUGAGACUGCGCGGUGAAAGCUGAGCUUCUUCUGCACAAGAGGAUUUGAGGGGCGGUAUUUUAGCAAAACUUCCCACUUUCCAAGGAUCACAUCAGCUCGGGGGAGGUGUUUCGAUCUGAUAAGGAUGUCUGACCUGUUUGCAAACUCAGGAGCGUUGAUAUUGUCUGAUGGAAUCAAGUGCGACGUUCAUAUUCAGGCUGAGGAAAGAUUAGAUUUUCUUUUUGGAGAAAUGUGAAAACAUAAGAGAUGAUGGACAAAAUCCACACUCCUCUUUCGGUCUCAAACACAUUCUUCGACAUAUCUUCUGCUAAUAUAAUCCUUCAUCAUUCUGCAUUAGUCAAAUCACAAGGGGAUCUAGUGUUACAGUGUGUUUGAGGCAAAAUGUCUGCAUUGUGUUUACUCAGACUGCUGCCAUGCUGAGCCUCGAGGGAAGGACUGCAGUACAAUGGAAGGAUUUUAGACUGUAAGUGUAGUAUUUUUGUUAUAUACCACACUCGUUUGUCAGACUAAAGCUUUUGUGUUAGCCUUACAUUCAUUUUAGAAACUAUGCCAGCAGCAAGACUGUGAAUGUUGUCCUUGUGUUUCAUAUUACACAUGUGGUGGGAAUAAAUCUGCUGCCAGUAUAGAGGGAAUGAUUGCUCUCUCUGCUGACUCUUUUGAUACGCAUAUGGAGAAAAUCAUGUUAAGCUAUCACUUUGAUUCGCUAUAAAUAUUCCUGUAUGAACAACGAAUGAGAUGACCCGGUGGAGGAGGAAAAGUUUGACCUUGGUAUUUUAAUCCGGACCAGAUGAGUCUGCAGUUCAGAGUUCAGUCUAUCUUGUCUCACAGUUUUAAGUCAUGAGUCAGCCCAGGUGGCAUUCAACAGUCUGGUUAGCCUUUAAAGGCAGUUGAAGAUGAUUUAAUCAGCUCUGCACGGCAUUUGGAUGACUUUUAGGACAUUGUUUUGGUUUUUGACCAGAGAUCAGCAGUUUAGGACUAUAAGUGCAUAACCAACAUCAAGUGAUAGCAGCUCGGUAAUGAAAAGUUAGAUGAUAACCACAAUGAAAAAGAGUGAAUGUGUGUAAAAAAAAAAAAACCUCAUUCAAGCUACUGUUGUUAAUUUUCUGUUUUUGUUUUUUACGUUGAGUGCACAUGCACAUGCAGAGCUGGUGGAGACCAAAACAAAGAAACAACAGCAGAUAAAGCAGCAUGUCUGCCAGCAUUGUUAGCAUAAAAAAAUAUGUUGGCUUUGUCAAUGCCCAAAAUGUCAACUACAUUAGCCUCUGAGGUACCGUAAAGUCUGCAGAUGUGGGCACGAUUAAUCCCAAAGUUUAACUACAUUAACGGUUUAUCCAUUUCCAUAGACGUUAAACUUUGAUAUCAGUUAAUCUGUUAAUUCUGCUCAAAAUCAAUGUGUGAAACACGAAAGUCUAAUCCAAACAUUAUAUCCUAAAAUUCAUGGAUUACUUCAGAUCUACAAAGACUGUAUGCUUUUGCUCGAGUUGUCUGUGAUCCAUCUCACCAUGAACCAGCAGAGUUCGGAUCCUUCUAUUUCUCAGACAAAUAAAUUGACAGCAUGCCUUCAUUGUUGCACCAAAUCCUGCAAUCUUAGUCCAUCUGCAGCGCACAGAUGCUACAUGGCGACGAGGACAUUCACACAUACUCUCCCCUACAUGAUUUUUAUGUGACCACAAUGUGAAAAUUCAUGCAGCUGUGUGGAUCUCAUCUGUUUCCACCUCUUGCUAGCUUCCGGGACAUUACUUGAAGUUAACUUGGCAUCAUUUUAAAAGGACAAAUCUGGACAAACCCUCUCCCUGCAACCAUUUCAUGCACAGUCCCCCCAAUCCACCACAACUGUCUUUUCAAUUCACUACUUAAAGAUAUACUGCGGUGAGGAGAAAAGCUGUUCAAGUGGUGCCUCUAGCCUGGUUGAUGUCACUAUUGAUCCAAGCAUGCAGCAGUAAAGACUGCCUGCUUGGGGCGCCAUCUUCUGGGUAAAAUACUGUAUCGUAAUGAGACCUUUUUCUCUAUUUUUAAUUAUAUAUUCGACCCAUCUGCAUAUCUCGCAGAAAAAAAUGUGUAAAAAUGCGUCUUUUAUUCCAAAUGUUAUGGUAUUGUUUAUGUUUGUGAAUUUUCCAUUAUCACUAUCCUGUGUUUUUUGAACACAUGGUUGCACAAGGCUUAAAUUUCGCCAUAAAAACGCAACGAUUCAGCUAUAAAAGAUGAUAAAAAGAUGUAGAGCACAUGCAGCUUUAAUCAAAACAGAUCUCAAAAGAUUAAAACGCUUUGUUGAUGUUUUACAAGGUGGGAAAUGUGUUCAGCAUGUUUUUGGGCCUUAAGGGUACAUAUAUGAUGUGUUUUGUUGAGAAGACUUGGAUGUAAACAGAGCCCUGUUUGUUUACAAUGCAAACUCUGCAGGACAUCUUUAAUUAAGGCACAUCCAUGCAUUAUUAAGCCAAGAACAACUUCAUAAAUUGCAUCGUAUUACUUUGAUAAAGGCAGGAUCACAUACAUCUACUUAGAUCCGAUGAAGUGCUCACACUAAGAGGGCCACUGGUGCCUGUCUGCCUCUGCGCUCACAUACUGCAGGAGCCCACUCAUAUCAGUGGGUGACACCCCUACAGGGUAAAUUAUGCAUCCCCGAGGAGGAGUUCAGAGUAUGUCAUCAGUGCAAACGUUUGGCUCAGCCUCAGAGAGAGCGUUAUAAUUGUAGCACGCCUCAUGCUGAAAUCAUCAGCCUGGCAGUGGUGUCAGGAGAGGUUGCCUGAGAUAAACAGUGUCGUGUUACAGGUGCCAUGUGUUAUUUUACAGGUUUUCUUACAGCUACGGUACCGAACAGUCUUUUUGCAGAGUAAAGAAAUGAGAUGUGUGCUUCAUAUUCGCCGUGUUUGUUGUCUCUACCCUCAUAUGAAUGCCCCCUCAGUGUGGAGCUGGAGUGCUGUUUGCCACUGGAGGUGCUGUUGAUCCAAAGAGAGAGGUUUGAUUGAAGGAGAACUUGUUCUUUUCUGCACAGAUCAGAAGAUUCAGAUGAAAGCUGAACUCCUGUGUGGAUACAGGUUUCAGUCAUGACUGAGGAGAAAGUCUCAAACUUGAUAUUUUGGAUCUGAUCCUCUCCCCCCCCUGGAAGGACACUUCCUUUUACAUGUUUCCUCCUUUGUUACCUACUGGUUGUUCCUGGGAAAGGGUAAUAAAUAAGGGACUGUUUUGAUAUCAUCUUUCAAUUUCAUCUGACAAAAACAACCAACAGAAGUUGCUUACUUUUACUUAUUAACAUCUGUCACAGUAGGUGGAGGUAUAUGAUCCAUCACGAAGCACAGAGAGGGAGAACAAGAGCAGAAGCAAUGAGCUGACAAGAGUGAAAGUGGCAUUGUUUCCCAAGAAGAUAACAGGAUGACAAUUUGCAAAAAGAAAUGUGCUGCAAGUAUUUAGAGAGGAGGGAAAAUUCAUCACGUUUGAAAACUGCUGAAAAUUUACCAGAAAGGACUCAAAAACUGCAGCAAUUCAUGACAAAUGAGUGAAUUUAGACUUCAUGAUGCACCGAGACAGAGGAUUUCACCAUUAGCCACGAGUGCCGGGUACAUUUUUCCUUUUUUUUUUCAUUUUUAUCUUAUAUCUUAUAUCAAUAAAAGGUGAGUAAGAAACUUCAACAGUUUAACAAGUUACAUUUAAGAGGCUUUUUUCUGUAUUUACCAAGCUGAAUAAAUGUGGACUCUUGUUCGUUCAUGUUAUUUGGCCUUUUCUGAAGUAUGUUUAAAAUUGAUAGUUUCUGACAGGUCUGAUCCUGAUGUUCAAAAGUGAGACAGACAGCAAAAUAACAAAAAAGUCGUAAUUCAGCCUGACAAGUAGAGAGACACAGCCCUUUUGCUCCCCCCCGCUGGAUAAUGGCGUGUACUGCAGUAUUGACACUAUCAGUUUCACCCAAAGUAGCUCCUUUCUCUUGAACUGAAACAAUUGCCCAAACUAAAAGCACUAAAAUAAAAAGAUAAAUAAAAAUAUCACUGUAAGGGGGGGGCACUUUUUAUUGGUUUCCAUGGCGAAUACUCAGAGUGAGUCAUGCAUUUCACUUAAAGGAGGCAAUAGGAUGAGGCUAAAUAUAUGAAAACACCACAACAGGACAAAGAUGUGUAAUUUUGUCCACAGGGGGGCGCCAGAACCAACACAAACCAAAAGUUCCUCACUGCGGCUUUAAUUUGAAAUAGUAUUUAAGAAAAUUUAUGUAUAUUGUAUGAAUUUGUUUACAAAAUUUGAACCUUUCCUGUCCACUUGUGUGCAUAAAUACACAUUUUAGAAGCAAAAGUAAAGAAAAAAAACGAAAAAUUAUUAGUUAAACAACUGGGAUCGUGUUAUGGGUGUUGGCCAAAAUCAAUAUCAUAAUCAUUUGCUAUUCCACACAGCCCCCAGAGCCGUACAUCCUCUGACAGCAGGAGUUUCUGCACAAAUUAAUAAGAAAAUAGACUCUUCCUUUCAUUUCAUUUGCACUAUUCAUUCUCAUGUAUUGCACCGUUUUAUCAUAUUUUAUCCUCUCGCUAAUUUGAAGAGGAUUUCGAAGAAACUGUUUGUUCAGCUGAAGAGAAAAACUCAAUUUGAAGUGCACAGGCUGCACUCAGCGGUGAAUUAAUGUUGUGAACUUAUUCCACACCUGAGAGGAAGUGUUAGGGAAAUUUUAAUUGUAUUCCCAUUUCAGCUAUCAGAAAGAACGAGGAAUAAUUUGCUAACCGGCUGACUGUGAGACGGGUGAAAUUGAACAUUCAGGCAGUGAGAGUAAACUCGAGGUUUAAUCUUCGCAUCCAACCAGAAAAUACUAAACCUUCUGAGGAGUGUGCGUGUUCAUUACUAAAACUAAAAGGGGGAAUAAAAGAGGGGAACAAUCAGCAACAACACACACACACACACACACACAUGUGAAGUCCCUCUUUGUGUGCAUUUGAUAACUAAAGCAACUUUUCCUUUGUGUUGCCAAUCAAUGGACGAAAGAUAGCCAAUGGAAAUCUCACACAGCCCACCGGUACUCAGCGCUAAAGUGCAGUUUAAUUAGCUUCAGGAGCAGGUUUGUUGAAAAACAGCAUAAAGAGGGAGACAUUGAUCAAGGAAAAGGCUGAGAGAAAAAGGAGUCAGGCCACCCGAUUUGUCUUUAAUUAAAGGUAAAAAGGGUUAUCCUUGCAGAAGGCAGCUGCAGGUCCCUGAAGGCCAUUUCAUUUAUUAAAGAAGACAAAAGGAGGGAGAGCAGGAGUGAGAGAUAAGCGGGGUAAAAGCAGCAUGUUUCUAAAAUGUGUGUAUCUGUGUUUGCAAACCUCUAAUUCCUCAUAUUUGUGCAGCAGCUUGUCUUGCAUUUGUAAAAGCAGGGGCAGAAGGGAGAGGCAGGAUAUAGUUUUCCAGUCUUCAAAGAUGCAUGUGUGUGUGAGUGUGUGUGUAUAUAUAUAAGUGUACUGCAGAAGGCUGUAGGGGGGGUUUGACUGAAGAAGGCGUCCCUCCCAUGGUCCCUCCCUGGCCCAGCCCCUUCUCCACAUAGAGGAGUAUCCUGUAGCAGGUCCCAAAACUGGAAAACUCAUUCAGUCCCCUCUGAAUGGAGUGUCUUUAACGUUAGAGUGGAGGACUUAACUUUCAGCACGCAAACAUGAGAGCCCUGCAUUCGCUCCUGGUCGGCGCCUUCCUGACCCUGCUGCUCUGCCUCCCCAGCCCCGGUCACGGAGGUAAGUGCUGCUGCAAAUCACUCUCUUUGUGUCCUGCUCCCUUCUGUCAGGGAUGCACUGAAGGAGAUCAGAUCACUGUCCCUGUCAGAGGCUUCCCAGAUGCAUAAAUCAGAGCGAGGCGAGCCGACGGGCAAACACCUCAAACCCAAGUUAACAAACUUUUACUGAAACUUGCACCGAAAUCAGGCUUAGAUAAAGUUUUUAAGUAAACUCCACAACAGGUCCUGUUUAUUUUCUUGACUUUUCAGCUGCCCUCUUCCUCUCACAGCUUCAUGCCAUUCAUUUCUCAGCACUGAAAUCUUCCCUUUCUUGGAUGAAACUCAAUACAUGAGGGGUGAGGAUGUGCCAAGGGUCUCACCCUGGUCCACGGUCUGAUGCAACAUCUGUCGAUUUGUCAUCUAGCGCAGAGGAUUUUUCAUCACUUUUCAGUCCGUGCCGGGCUGAGUGUGAGAGCGCAUUUACCUCGAGUAUGUUUGCAUUGAAAGCCCGGUGCCAAAAGGCAGGAGGUAGUGAAGUUUUUUCGAGCCCUCUGCGGUUAGGAGGUGAGCUCAGGUCCCUCUGCCGGCAGCAAUGAAUGGCUCUUUCAGAUGGUGGUACACAGUUGCAGAAGGGGAGGCAGAGCUGCUCCUUAUCCAGCCGGGGAGGAGAGAUGAAAGUGAAAGAGGGUGGGGGAGAAUGGGAGGGAGAGACGGGGGGGGGCUGGGGAAGGAGUGAGAGAGGCAGUGUGCGAGCUCUGGAGGGGGAUGCUGGAAGGCCAAAGCCCGUACAAUGGCUCUAUAGUGCAUGAAGUCAGCAACAGAUGUACCUUUUUCAAAGUGAUAUCAUGCAGCAGUGCGUCCUCCUCUCCCUGCUGUUAGUGGUGGAUUAACAACAAUUUUCUUUUCCCUCACUGAGGUCUGUUAAUGCUUCUUCCUUCUGGACGUGCUCCGCUCUGGCACUGGCUGGAAAACCGUCCGUUUUUAUGACCCUAUAUUAAGAAACUGCCGCUGGGAAUCAAAACAGCAAACUAUGUGGGUAUUUUGAAGGUAUAGACCUACAUUGUUGAUCCAGCUAGUAAUUCAGCCUGUUCAGUAGGGGGGACAUACACCAAAGGGUCAUGGCUGGGAGUCGACCGCUGUGACACUUGCCCCCCGUGGAGAGCGUGUUUGUUUGAGAGGUUUUGAAGUGGAGUUGAGUACAGUCUUCGGGUGAGGCAAAUCUGGUAUGACACAGCGUUGUCUAACAGCCGAACUAACUCAUCUCAGCGCAAAAUUAUACACAUGGCGUAUUGGCAGGAUGGGCCUUGGACUUGGAACAGCUGUGGAGCCCUUUGUCCCCCCAUGCCGGCUGUCAGAUCUUCAAUCUCUCGCUGCAAAUUCCACUCCAAUUAGAUCCAGGCGAACCUCUCUGCGAGUGUCACACUGGCAGCUCGAGUGAAAUAGUGGCUCUUGAUCUGUACGGAGGAGUAUCGCCUUGUUUCAGUGGCACGAAAUCAAAGCUCAGCUGGGGAGCUGGAUCUAGCUCUUCCUUCAGUUGUGAUUCCCCCCCACACACACAUAAGAGGAGUCAUCUGCCCGUCUGUUUGCUCAUUUAUAGAUAAACCCCGCUGAACGGCGUGAUGAUGGCUGAAAAAGUAGCCGCGCACUAAAGCAAACACGUCAAUCCGGAGUGACUUUUUCGCCUCCCAGUUUGCAGACAGACUUCACACACACAGUACUUAGUGUCAAAGCAAGAGCUAGCUGGGUUAAACGAUGCAGAAGAUCUAAUUUUCCACAAAUGUUCAAUCAAUUCUUCCUCCGUUCAAAAUCACGUCUGAAAAAAGCAGACAAACUCUACGCAGGAACGCUUUCUCAUCAUUUAAUUAUCCACUGGCAGGAUUCUUGCAGCCUCAGUGUGAACAGGAUUCACCCAUUGACCCUGGAGAGCUAAAUGCUAAUGUUGACCAGAUGUACCAAAUCGCUGAUUAGAUUUUUGGCCCCCCUGCACUCCACAAAAUGCCUGCCACAUGCUGUCAGGGGAAGUCGACCACCAACUACCAGGAGGGCCUGCAGGAGGUUUCAUUUCUCCCCCAUGUUUGCUUGUUAAAAUCUUACAGGUCAUGUGGCACCAGAUCCCCCAGCGAUCUUUGAUAUCCGCACUCUUCCUCCAAGGUCCACAGAGUCUACCUGCACCCACUCCUACUUGUUUCUCUUCCUUUAAGAAUCUCUUAAGUUUCUUCAGCCUACCACUUUCCCAUCGUCUUACGCCAUCGUGCUUCUUCCGCCCACAUAGCAGCCUCAGGAACAAUUAUGAUGCAGUGUGAGCACAAGCAGGAGCUCGCCGAAUCAAUUUGAUAAUCUUUGCUCGCUGUAGAAUAUAUAAAGACAACGUAUGAAGAUAUGAAAUUUAAUGUUUCAAAGCCGGUAUGUCUUAGCAUUCAUGCUUAAAGGCCUCUCUGAUAAGCCUUUUGGUGCAUGACCCACAAAUCCACAAUACAGCAGUGAUUGAUAACUACAGAAGCCCUAUAGGCCCAAAAAGCAAAAUACUUAAUCAUGUGCGCACAAGAUACGAACUUGUGUCGAAUAAAAAAAUAUAUAUAUAUAUAUAUGUAUAAAAAAGCAGAAUAUGAUUGUUUUGUGGUAAUUGGUAAGUUAAAAUCUAUUGCUUGUGAGCUGUUAUCUUGUUUGUCUACGUUAAAAUCUUGUGUGCACAAGAUAACUAGGACUGGAUCACAAGAUAACUUGUACCAGAGGACAUUUAAAUGAUUAUCUUGUGCACACAGGUUAAAGUUAACUUUCAAAGCCUAAGUUUUGACUUGUGCACAACAUAUACACGGGAUAAUAUCUUGUUCCCAAAAACAGUGUUUUUGUGGCACAAGAUAAUAACUUGUUACAGCAAGAUAGCAACUUAAUUUCUUUUGACACUAAACCAAAUAACUUAUUGGUAUUAUAAACCGAAUACCCUAAAAAAUAUAAUAUCUUGAAGGAACAAGUUAAAAUCUUGUGCGCACAUGACACAUUUUGGGAACAAGAUAUUCUUGUGGGUGCACAAAUCAUCAUUUCUCCACAAGAGAGUCAUUAUCUGGUUAAAACAAGUCAUUAUCUUCUGCAGGAUGGUAACUGGUCUUCACUGGAUAAUAACUAUUUCCCACAAGAUUGUUAUUUUGUUGCCAGCAAGAUAACUGUAAGUGUGCACAAGAUAGUAGCCUGAUCCCAAGAGAAAACAACUUUCGUGCACAAGAUAAGUUGCAGGUUGCCAGAAGUAAUAACCUGUAUGCACAAAAUAUUCAAGCUAUCUUGUUCACUCAAGAUUGUAUUGGGGAGACAAGAUGUUUUCUUGUGUACAAGAGUUCCCAUCUUGUAGGAAAUUUGACGUUAUGGGACUUCGGGGGCUUUUUUAGGUUGUACCUCUCAGGCCUCUCAGAGACGCGUAUCUUGUUCUUUUAUUUUCUUAACCAUUGAAAGUAGCUGAGCAGCAGGGUUCUGUAUUUUGCAGCCAUGUGACGGCACUUUCUUCUCAAAUCAAAGGAUGCUCACUUUAUCACGGCUCUAUCUGAAAUUGGACAUGACAUGUUCCUGUUCCUUUUCAAACAGCCUCCAGCUCAGGAUCAUUUCAGAGGCCUCUGAGGCGGCUGUUCAACCACCACUUCACCAGAGUUCGGGGGGGAAAAAAAAGGCAGGGUAGUUAUUUCCAAGCUAUAAAUUGCCCUCUAGUGAUUACACACUGUUUGGUUGGCAUGGAAAUAGAUGUCGUUUCUUCUGUUUUUGUUGUUUGUUGAUAGGAAUACAAAGUUGGGUGUUAAUCUGUAUGUGAGUAAUAGGCUUCUGUGGGAGCCACUUCCUCUGCCACUCCCCUGUGAAAGAAGGUUAAUGACUUCUUCUUUCGCCCAAUUACCAAUCCUGCUACAAAGUUUUCUUUUCAGUUGUCUUUUGUUUUGUCGUUUGUACUUUUCUGAAAAUGAAUUUGCGAAGAUUUGGUUUUCGCAGAAUACAAAUCCAACCUGACAGAAAAACAGAUGGACGAACAGAUGAAAUGAGGAGAACACAAAACUCCUGUCCAACUAAGUUUGCACAACUAAUUGAGUUAGCGAAAAUAUCUUUCCAAUUUGUGAGGAGCAGGAAGAUUCAAGGAAAGAUUUUUGACUGAAUCAAGAGAGGCAUGGAUUGAAUUACCACGCCCUAACUUACUCAUCCUUUUCUUAAAUUGUCCGAACAGCCCAUAAUAAGAUCAGCCGCGUCCACUCUAAACAUUUCUGCACAUUUUUCACUGUUUCCUGAGAAGUCUCUGUGCUGUAUGUGUUUGCAUUUUCAAUUGCAAAGCUUAACGAGAGGAUUCGCAUCCCUAGACUGCAUAUGAGCCCUCUAUCUCCUCUUGAGUAUAAUGUCUCCAUGGUAACAAGAAAAAAAAAUAAACAUGCAAUUUGCCUGGGCUUUGUGAAGUGUCUGCAACAAGGCCUCCAUGUGUUCCUCGAGAGCUGGCAGGGAGCACGGUGUGACUGCAAGUGUCUGCACAGAGGAUUAAUAAGUCCAAUAUUUGCAUUGGGAAAUUGAUGAGAUUAGUGUUGUGCUGGUCCCACAGCCACACUCUGUGACCCUGCCCUCACCUCCUAGUUUAAACACCACACAAAUGUUAGGACAGAAUAGAAAUCUGGCGUUUGGAGUCAAUCCAAACAAGAAAACCAGAGUGAUUAUAAAUGCAGAGCAGAAUGCACAGACACUCAUCUGCUUACUCUCCGUGGAAAUGCCUCCAUAUGUGAGUGGAGGGGGCUCAACGUCCACAAAAUAUGUGUCCACUUGAACCUUGGGAGGAAUAUCUGAGGAGGGAAUUAUACAAUCUAAGAUUAUUUACCAGAGUUUAUAUUAAAACUGUUGAUGCUGACAAAUACGGCCCUUCACCCAUAACAGAGAGGGAGCAGAAAAGAAAACACUCUUGUAAUAGUGUGAAUAUUUUCACUGCAAAAACAAGAUUUAUGCUUAUUUUUUAUGAAAUUUUGUGGGUUUUUUUCUAGCAGAAGUAUGCAUCAAGGGGUUGUGCGUUUCUUCUCAGACUUCAGCACACCCCAUGUGUCACUCUUGCACUUUGGCAGACAUAUUGACUAGCUUGUCCUUUUGGCUGCAUGAAAAUGAGACCCUCAUAACAUCUCCGAGAGGUGAUCAAUAUUGAUAACUUUUCUAAUAUGAUAUAACCUCCCACACUUCUGCCUGCCUGGUGUUUCAUCCGGCACUUUCAGAGAGAAACUUUCAGUGACUCAUGGUUUAUUAAGUGUUUUUAGGGGGGAUUCUGGCCCCGGGCAAAACAUCAUCCGAAGAAUCUAAAGUUAGCUGUAUGGGCAACGUGCCCAACCUCGCUCUUUUCCUCUCCAUAACUUCCUCUUGUAGUUUCAGGUAGAGUUUCAUGUCUAACCUGCAGCCACAACAGAGAGCAGGAUGUCUUCCUCUGAUUAGAGUGUUGGCCACAUAAUGGAAAUGUUGAAAGCUUGACUACUGUAACUGAUUUAAUUCCUGUUAAGAUGUGUCCUUGAGCAGGACAAUGAGCUGCCAUGUCAGAUAAUCAUCUCAGCUAAGAGCUCAAUGUUAAAUGACAAAAAAAAAACUCUCUUUGAAUCCAGUCGGUGGCAUUAUUGGCAUUUAUUCACCCAAAGACUUCUAUGUAAAAGGGAUUUUCUCAUUCAUCCAACAUAAUGAUGCCGUUUCUGCAGCUUUGAACACCAUUCAAAUCGCUUGCUAAUGUGAUAGCUUAACGAAAACAUCCAAUAUAAGUUCUAGAAAUCAUACAGGGAGCAGGAACACCUAAAGUCUCUGAGCCAGAUCGACUGAAUCUGAUUAUUUUGGAUGGAAAACUGAUAGGAAAUGAGCCUGUUAUUAGGACAGCUUGGAAAGUCAAAGGUGGACCAUGUGGGCAGUCUGCUAACUGCUCUGGCUAUUUGUACAGUUUGGGUGAUUAUUUCACACACGGCCUUUGGAUUUUCUUCCAAAUAAAUUGGACUUAGUUUGGAGCUGGAGAAAUAACCAACAGGGCAGUUGCCCAGAGGGGCCCAACUCCACAGAGUCCCAAAGGCCCCGAGUUCAGUGUGGUUUGAACUUUGUGAUAGUUUAAAGUUUGGUUAUUCUACAAACACAUCUUUGACAGAAUGUAAAUGUUAUUUCAUUAGGUAUCAUAUGAGACCCAUGAGAUCUCAUAGGAGCUGUCAGUGCUAGCACAUUCAGAAAUAAAUAUGUAGUAUUUUAAAACUGCACUAAGUUUGCACGCUCUCCUCGACACAGUCAGCAGGUCAGAGUAAGAUGAACACUCAAAAUCUGAGUUUGAGUCGCCGCAUAUGAGCUAAGCAUACAGACGCAGUAAAUCAGACUGAUGUUCGACCACAUCACAAACUCUCUUUUUCACUUUUUUAGUGUCACAGACCUGUUCAGUGAUCAACAGUACUCAUGGCUGACUGCUAGUCAACACUGUGGAAGACCAAGGGAUGUCUCGUAUCCCUUAUUGUCACGGGGAACAACAGUUUCACACAUUUAGAACUUGUAUGAAAGCAUGAAAAGUGCAUGUGCGUUUAUAUCAACCAGCGAUCACUGGAUGACAGUGAGUGAUCAGAAUUAUUCUAGAGUAACUGCACACUAUCUUGAUAUAGAUUGGUCCUUUAAAUAAAAAGUUCAUAAAGUACAUUUGAUUGUCUCUGUUUAAAUAAAUGAAGACGUUGGUAAGGACGGCUGUUUUCGUUUAUGUCAAUCAAUCGAUCAAUCAAAUUGUAUUUAUAUAGCGCCAAUUCACAACAGUCGUCAUCCCAAGACGCUUUUCAAAGAACAAGAGCAGGUCUAGAUCACACUUAUUGUUUGAUGAAUUAUCAAGAACCAACCUAAGAUGGGUUUUGGCCCAUCUCACCUAACAUGAGUAACAGUGGUGAGGAAAAACUUCCUUUAAACAGGCAGAAACCUUGAGCAGGACAUGACUCAUGCCAGACAGCCACCAUGCCGCUGCUGUGUACUUGAAAAUUAUUUUUAAAGUAAGAUAAUGAACUUUAUCAUGAAUACAGAAACUGACAGUAAGACAGUCUAAACUGAAAUAAAAACAGUGGGAAAAAAAAAAAAACUUAAGUUAAACUGGGUUGAGAAGGGGGCCACUGGCUUGGUUUUGCCCAAAGUCCCCUCUUUUUAGCCUCUCCGGCCCUGCUCCUGUGUUCCUUCUGUAUAUAAUGAUUAUGUCUCUCACAUCUUUUUCCUCGCAGUGUCACCAUGAUUCAUAUCUCAAGCAAUCAGCUUGGUCAGUUCAGCUUUGUAAUUACUGUCAACACCGACAGCCAUGACCAAAACUGAGACCAAAGUUGUAGCAAGUUGGUAUGAAAGCGAGAGAGACAUAAACGAAGAUCAAAUUUUCCCACACAGCAGACGUGAUCGAUGCCGCUUCCUUUUACCAUGUGAAUGUUAUCUCUAGCAUUGUUGUCAUACCCGAAGCAGAGGACCGGGUGACUUCAAAAGCUCGUAUCAUCGCUCAUUGUGAUGCAAGACCUCUUAAAAAAAAAGCACGUCCCUGCCUUGAGGACUCUAUACUCUCCUGGCAGAUGAUCUUUCCCACAUUGCUCUCUUUGAGGUUACUGGCUGUCACUGACAGGCUGCUCGGAUUAUAUUUUAGGGCCAUGAUCUGCUUAGGGCCCGGCAGACACCCCACACACACAGACCUCAUUUAGCCCUGGGUGUGUACACAAAAGAGUUUCUGUACAUAAACACAGACCCAGAUUCUGGCCCUCGACGGAAGGUCAAAGGGCAUCUCAUGGGGUGCUCCCUUGUUGUUUUAACCCCUUUACACGUCAAUCAGAUAAGUCUGAGGGAGGGGGUUUCGCAGCACUUUAGCGGCGGAUGGUCUACACCCAGAUUUCAAGUCUGUAAGUGGCUAUUUGGGAUUUGAAAUUGUUUGGAAACUGUGAUUACCUUGAGGCUGUGCAAUUUAGAGCAAUUCUACCUACAGCAGCAGCAGCAGCAGCACAAGGUGAGGGCUGCAAGGGAAAUAGUCCACAUUACUCCUGAGGAUUGCUUUGUAAUGAAAUAAACUUUUAUUCCACACACAGUGGGGAAUUUUGCAAAAUAAAAGUUUCGUCUUUUGUCAUACACCAUAAUUUUUUCACACAUUCAUUAAUACGGGUGUUACACUAAUGCUGUGAAGAUGUUUCUAUGUGAGAUGAUUUUUCUGUGAUUAGAUAAAACAGAGUUUGAGCAAUCUGCAGAAAUAUCGUGUUAGAUUUACUGUUCACUAUUUUACUUUGAUACGAUCAAGACUUUUUCUAUUUUAGCACUGCAUAGCUUUACUAAUUGAAAGGCGCGACUCAUGACCGUGAACCAGAACAAGAAAUGGACUUUAAGUUGAAUUUAAUGUUGUGUUCAGACCAGACAGAAACAAAUUUGCUUCACUUGAACGCCUGAAUGUCGGGUGUUUUGUCGCUCAAUUGGCGCCAUUGACUCACGGUGUAUGGGAAUGCCUAGACAUGUGAUGUAAUGCAACAGAGGAGGGUUCCCCGCCAAUCUGUUUCAGCUCGUUUACAUCAAAUAUGGUUGAGGCGGCUAAAAUUUACCAGAUAAUCCAACCUCCUCACUUUCGAUAUUUAGUUAUUCAUGUACCUUCAUGACCAUUUUCCAGAUGAUGAACCACCAACCCGUCAUUAACAUGCAUCAUCAGGGAAUCUCCAUGUUGAUUGGUUAUCAGCACAAGUGAUUUGCUUGAGUUUAGAUUUUUCAACUCUGGCAAACAUUUGUUUUAAAUCUGCUCAAUUGCACAAAUUGCAAUGCCUUAAUCACCUGCAAAAGUGAUUCUAAUUUGUCUUUACGACAAACUACUAAAACAAAGACAAAAAAUGAUGAGCAGUAAUCAUCCUGGAUUCAUCUCCAGCCUGAGGGGGUUGUGCGUAUGUUUAAAAUUUGGAGUUCUAUUAGAGUUUCAAUCGCUUCCUCUGAGAAAGAGGCUUGUCGGUUUCGUACACUGAAGUUGCCAGACUUUGGAAAUUUUUGUCAACAGACCUGUUUCAUAAAGCCAAAAUUGAGGUGACAAUCUCUUGAGCAAAAAAGUUGGAAGUAGUAAAAGCACCAAAAACUGCGGACAACAAAGCAAGUCAAUACUCAUACGGUACUUUAAAAUGCCAAACUUGAAACGAGAACAGCCUGGUUUUGGUGGCCAGGCUAUUUUUUUUUAUUCACAGCAGCAGGACUGAAGGUUGAUUCUUAUAUUACUUACAUGUUCAUACUUUACUAAUGCUUCGACUCAUGUAUGAUGAAGGAUGAUGGUCUAAUAGGGAAGUUAAAUCCUUAGUUUAAUGGACUUAUGUAUAAUGUAGCCUUGAUUAAGAGGCAGAUGUGUCUAAGGAAAAAGGCACUCAUCCUUUAAAGACCAUAGCAUAGACUCACUCAUCCUAUAGUUAAAAAUAGUCCAGAUAUUUCAGUCUGGGAAAAACUGGUGGGAAAUAGACAGUAAGAGUAUUCUAACAGUGGACACAGGGAAAGAGCUCGGGCUUGAAAAGGACACGGUCCUAUUAGGUUCGUUUUCUCUGCCAAAAGCUCGACAUGCCCUGAAAUCUGGAACAGUAGAUUAGAUCUGAUUCAUGAUAUUUUUGAGGAUAUUGAGUCUUUGCAGCAGCAGGCAACAGGAUGAAAAUAGGAUUAUUUUUGAUUACUGAAUAUAAAACAGAGACGACACUAACACUGUAAACAGGGCUGCAGAGACUCGGAAAAAGAGGCACAAACAACGCACCCAGAUGCACCACAUUUAGGGGAAAAAUACACAUACCUGAAGCAACACAAUGGUGCUGAGACUUAAAGUAGAACACAUGAAAUCAGGGUCUGCUGUGACAGAGAGAAAGACAGGCUUAUACUCCGCCCUCACUGCGGCGACUGAACUCUGCAUGUUUAUUUUUGAUAAGAGCUGUCGGGGAGUUUAGUGCCCAAAAUGAAAACUCCAGAGAAAAUUCUCAUCAUCACAGAGCUGCCAAGUUUUCAAUAAGCAGGAAUUAUGCAUGACCAGAUGUCCCGAUACGAGUGGCCUCUGUGGGCUUUUCCUUUUUCUUUUCUUUUUGUCGGAGAAUUGUCUGUUUUUAUCAUUUUUUGGUCGAGCAAAGAACAAUCAGCGCCACUCCGGCUGCUAUUGUUUCUCUUAUCCAUCAAAAAUAACGAAUAAGAGGCAAAGAAAAUCAAAAUUUCUGCUUUCCCCCCAAAGGGCUUUGAUGCAAUUAUUAACUUAGCUUCCCCCCCGUGAUCAAAGCGCUGAUAUUUCCUUCAUGUUUAUCCUGAAUGCCAUCAGCAAGUGAUAAAAUCAGUUAUUAUCAAACAUCAUCAUAUGAGAUAAAUUAAUGCCCAAAUCAGAUUUUAAGCACAAUGCCCGCUUUGUCGAACACUCAGCGUCGCAUGUGCCUCACAUGUCCUGAUCAGUGCGAGCAGACUGUUGUGGCCAGUGGGGUAACAUAAGGCUGCUAAAACGCUGGAAAAGCAGUGUGAAUCAUGGGAAAUGUUUCCAGUGUAGGGCUGAUUCAUCUGAGAUGUGUUAGGAAAAGCCUGAGGUUUCCACUCCAACAUCUGGAGCCAGCUUUGGUCAGUUAGUAAGAAGCCAAAACUGGAGGCUUUAAUCAAAUUGUCCCUCUGCUUCUCUUGCCUAAUAUAGACAAAAACAACCGGGCUGAGAGAAAGGGACUGUACCGCAAUUAGCCAACAUUUGAAGAAUGCUUAGUGUUAGAUCCGAUGUAGAUCUGGAAACGGGGACUGUUAGCAAUCAGAUUUGUUUAAUGUUUGUUCUCUCAGCGACCCUCUAACUCCUGAUGAUGUCUGGGAAUCUUUUAAGUCAAGAAACUACGCCACAGUAGCUGCUCAAGACACCAAUUUAUAUAUUGUUCAUAUUCAUGCACGGCUUGACACUUUUUUCACAAGGAGCGCAUGUGCUCCGAAGUUGAGAAAGUAAGGAGUACAAAAAGAACUUUAGGGGAACAAUGAAAACUGAUCAAAUAAUGUGAGUCUUAUUGGUAGACAUAGGUACUAUUAUUUGAAAUCAAUUUUAGGUCUUUUGGUCACGUGACAUGGAAGCUAUUGAAGGAACUGUUCAAAAGUUGCCUUUAAAUUUAACACAAAAUGUUUUAGAGGGACAAAUUAGAGAAAAAAAGAGGUGUGUCUUAAUGUCCGACCUCAGUACUAUUAUUCAAAAUCAAUUCUAGGUCGACUGGUCAAGCAACAUGGAGGCUAUUGAAGGAAAACAGCCUUUUCUGAGAACAUCAACCGGUAAUUUAUUGACGGUCCCUUAUUCAACAUCCGACAUUGAUAGCUAGGGUGCCGAGUAGAUUUAACCACGCUACUGUUGCAAUUCCCAGUUAUGGAGAGUGAGAAGACACCAGUAGAUCCACAGUGAAUGUCUGUCGGAUAUCCAACCUAAAACUAACUUCACUGCAGUAUUUACAUGAAAAAACAUUUGUGGCCUCAGCUGAUUUUUUUACGCGCACGAGCCCCUAAAUUCAUUUCACAAUUCGCACACAUCUAUUUUUUAGUCCCAAAUGUGAGUGAAACGGUCACACUGUCGAGCCCUGUCAUGUGUUGUAUAUUUCAGUUCAGAUGCCUUAAAUAUCAUUCUGCAUAUCUCUACCCCUUUGAGACUCCAGCAUGCUAUUCUGACAAGUCCAGCAGGGACAGUACUUCACACGUGAAUGUGACUCACUAUUUUAAACACAGAGAAAUCCAGUGUGAGUGCGGGGACUCCCUCCAUCCCAGAGGGUCUAUGACUCACAAGCACAAGGCCACGGUGGUUAAUCAUGAGACAUCAGACUCCAAACUAAUGGUUCUUGUGCUUAUAAUUAGUCCAGCACCCCGAGGAGUGAUUAGCCUUUUGCUCUAAGAAGUGGGGACUUAGCUUUAGCUGCGAGGUGCUGGUGAUAGACGCAAGAUGUUUUUUUGGACAGGGUGAGUGUGAAACAGUUGUGACAGUCAAACAGAGUUAAAAGACGACGGUUUUAUCACCUAAAGCUGUUUACUCUUGUUGCUAGACAGCUUUUUACACUGACAGCUGUAUAUUUUAGUCACAAGCCUUUAAAAAGUGUGGACUUUUUUAGAGCUACAGCCAUGCUAGCAGCUCCGUCAGACUGUAUUAUUUGCAGUGCUCCACGCUAAAGGCUAACGACAAACACAAGAGUGAUUAAACAGCUAAUAUCUGUCAGUCUGCUGUGUGAGUCUAGUCCACUGUGGAUUUUAGUGGCAUCAAGGGUCUUUGACGUGCCAAAUAUGUGUUUUGGUGAGCUGAAGGGGUGUUGCGUCAGUCUUGCGUCCCUGCUAGCUGUAUCUCUUCUGUGCACACCCUGACUGCACGAGCACCCACUGAGGCGUCAUUGUGGCCCUGCAUCUCACAUGAGGAGAUGAGGCACGUGGUCCAUAUUAAUAUACAGUCACUGACCCAAACUCAUAGUUCAUGUGCUUAUAAUUAGUCUCUGCUAAAAGGGAAGAGGAGUUAAGUUGAGCUGUUGAUAGAAACUGGAGUUUUGCAGACAAGUUUGACACCUAAAGGGUAACUUCCCAAAGGCAUGCGCCUUAAUGGUUUCCUUUUAUUCCAUCGGGAUGAUUUUGACUGAUGUAAAAUAUAUGCAAUCACCCCAUUUCAUGUCCAAAGUGUGUUCUCUGUUCUAUCAUUUCCACACCACGGCGGCAGCGGGAGGCUGCAUUUAGGAGUGUCACUUUUCACAGCAUGCUGACAUGAAGUCAGAUCAGCGCCAGCAACCAUCCUGUUGAAAAUCUUCAUCAGCAGCGCCGAGGGACCGUGAAGUGUUCUGUGUAAUUUGACGCCAGACGGCCUCAUUAGAGUCAGAGUUCAGACAGAACCAAGGGGGCUGGGGAUAGCACCAGGCCUGGGAUCAGGCAGAUGACAGUCUGGAAUAGCUUGCGCUAGAUAAAUAUAGCCAGACGGGACAACCAACAAAGGAGCAUGUUGCUUCACACGGGGUUGUCGAAAGAGGGUCUAGGGUGGGGUUUGUGUGUGUGCGCUGAGGUUCACACAGAUCCCAGUGUUAGACGGCCGGAGCAAAUGUCGUCAUCCCCCCCUGCUUAUGAGGGCUUAAAAUAACCAGAGGAAAUGAUGUGUCCCAUGAAGUUUGGUUUGACUAACUGUGGGCCGUCUGCAGAAGCAUGAAGCCGAGAACAGCUGCACAGCGGAGCGGAGGAACACGUCACAGGUCUGCAGGGUCAGACAGCCAAGCCUGUUGUGCAAUCAUGAGUUAAAUCUUUCAGAAGCUAGAAAGUUCUGAUUCAUAAACUACUGUAGAAAGAGAAAAUGCACUCAAAUCAUGCUAUCUAGAUACCAGUUAUAUCAGCCAUGAUCGUAGAAUUUAACCUUUACACGUGUAAAUUUGGGGAUUUAACUUUUCAAUCAAUAAAACAAACACAGUCAAAGUGGCAGCAACCAUUGGUUUCUGGAGGGAAACGAGCAUUGUGUCUUUAAAAUACACUUUGGUACCUUUUUUUUGGUCAUCUAUGAGGAAGUCUAGUCCGAUUCAAAUGCAAAAAAAAGAUGUAUUUUAUCAUGUUUUGGUUUUCAACCCAGGAGGGUCCUUUGGGGCUCAAAGGAGCAGACCGCUUAAAAUGAUCAAAGAAUGCUGGAAACACAGUGAGGAAGACGAGCGUAAACGUAAUCCUGCAUCAAAAGAAAACACCGUUAGACUAAUUAAAUCAUGCGGCAUGCUGAGAAGACUCCUCAAUUUGAGUCUACAAAUGGCCAGCAGAGGCAGUGAUCUAAGGGUGACCGUAUUCUGAAUCCCCAAAAAGAGGACACUACUACGCGGAGUGGAGUAGCAAAAACAACUGACUCCAGAAAGAGCUUCAUAGCUGCAUAAAAACGGCACAUUGUGGACUUGGUUGAAAGUAAUCACUAUCGUUACGAAGGAACACCAUACAAAUCCAUUUUCUCUGUGAAACGUCCUAAAAACUGAUUUUAUCUUAUGUAUCAGUGCAACUCAUAUUCUGGAUUUUACGGUAAGCUGUAGUUGUUAGGAUACUGUCAUGUGGAGACACUAACGGUUAAGGUCAAGAGUCUCAGCCGCAGAUCUGUAGAGAGGGCUGGGACAGGGAAACACAUUUGUAACAUCCAAGCUGGAAAAAAGUGUUGCUAAGGAGAUAAAACCAUUAAAGAUCUCCUUAAGUUUUAUAUAGGGAAAAAUUCAGAUGGGCGUCAGACCUGGGGAACAUUCCUAAUAGCUGCUGUGCAUUCAAACCAGCUUUAGCCUUGCUGUUUGCCUCAUUUGCCCUCCACUAGGAGACUGUAUUAAAUUCUUACAUAUAGUUUACAGCGCAAAGGGGAAAUUUAACAGGAGUUUAAUAGCUAAAGUCUUGGAAACUUACUUGUUCAAUGUGAGAAGAAGUAUGUUUUCCUCUUCUAUGUUUUUCUCCUUUUGAUUGUUCACAGAAAUCGGACAUAUGGCGACUGUUUUUGAGCUUUCGUGGCUUCGAGUGACCUCAUCUGAACUUUCUAUGCUUAUAACUCCACUGUAAAAGCAGUCAUUGGAAACUCCUGUUAUAAACAACACAGACAGUGUGUACUGUAUUUCAGAAGGACAACUGGUGGUUCUUCCUCUGAAGGAGACGAGAAGUGCUGUAAUACAAAGGUAUGAAGGAAUCUACUUUUCUUCUUACCUUAAAAAACAUACAAGUAAACACACACUGCUUCUACCUGGGCGUUGAGGGCAGACUGAAAACAUCCCUUUUCCACUGAAGAAAAAAAAAAACAUUACCUCACUUUCUGUUUUCAUGGCACGCCUCCAAGCACAUAUUUGCUUUUCCGGACAUUAUUCACAUCUUAUGAGUUUGAGGGAAACCAAGCUCAAAAAUGAUUACACGCUCGAUUAAACCAACAAACAAACGGAGAAGGUAAACAUUUCUUUAAACUACUCUUUCUUGUUGAGGAAGAACAAAGCAUAUGAGAAAUGAGGAAAAGGAAUCUGAAUCUUUAAUUGACAGCAGCAGCUGAGCGUCGUGAAGUCAACAACCAAUCAGCCAAACCAGAAGUAACGCAGAUUACAGGAGAGAGGAGAGCGUACCGGGAACGAGCUCUAUUUUUGUGGCCAAGUCUGCAUUUCUAAAGGACAGAGCUGUGCCAGACUGGGCCGCGGGGUUGAGCCACAAGGGAACGUAAAGAUGUGGAGCAGGGGAGCUGACCGUGUGUGACCCCGGAGCAUCCUGUCACUUUAUAGCCAGAGAGGCAUUCCCCAGCUUCUCUCCAGGACUCAUCUCGAUUGUAAAAGUGACCGCAGAGGAGACACUCGGGUUGUUUUAGACAUAGCUGAGUUUAGUUUAGAUUUAGAGACCUUAAUUGCGAUCCUCUCGGACUCAUUUUGUUUUUAUGGUCCUCCGAAGAGGGAAGUACAGUAGAUUUAAACUCCAUGCAGGCGUUGCCACCAUAACAGCGCUUCUAUUUCUUCUUUUAGAGCAAACCAAUGAUACACAUGACCCGCUGAGGUAUUUCAAUCUAACUGCAAUGUGGUCCAAUCCUUGUUUAAUAACCUCCAGAGGCUAUAAAGCUAAUUUGCAGUGUGAAAGAGCAUUUUGCUGCAAAUAAGGGUACCAAUAACCAUUGGAUGGCAAUUAGCUUAAGGGCAGCCUAAGGGGGAAAAAAGUGAACUUGCUUUUUCUGGUUGCCUGAUUUUCUAAUGCAUAUUAAUUUAUUAGAAAACCCAGCAAGCUGCCGGUGUUUGUUUGCCUUCUGUCUAUUGAAUGCAUAAACAGACCUUGUGGAUGCAUAAACAGACCUUGUAGAUUUAUGGAAAGGCGAAAUGUUCGAGUUAAAACAAAUGUGUUAUGUAACCAGAGGACCGUUUAGUCAGGGUUGAGUGGGGGAAAACUCUGGUGUGCAGAAUUUACUGUAAGUCCUGAAUACUUAAAAACAUUUCAGAUCCUUGAGGUGUUCAAACUACAACCUUAUUUCCAUUAGAGUGAAGAAGGUGUGCACAAUGUUAAUAAGGACAAACUUUGAUCGUUUGCAAUUCAGUGAAACACGAUUUAAUUGAUUUUAGUGCAAAGACUAUCAAAUAAAAUGACGCAACUGAAAAAAUUGCUUCACAAAAAAUAUAUGCUUAAUUUAAAUUAAAUGCCAGAAACUGUUUCAAAACAGUUUGGACAGGAUGGCUCUGUAGUGGGAAUCACUGCAUGGGUCUAAAACCACUGCCUAUGAGCACAGCUUGUCUCUGCAGGUUGAAACUGCACAACACAAAGAAAAUAAAACACAUUUAGAGGGUAAAAUUGGAUCAAAUUUAUGGAUUUUAUUACUUAAGGUUCCAUAUAUCUUGAAAACGUUAAGAGAAAUCUUCACAUAAAAGGGACAACAGAGACUCAUACUGGAUGACUGUGAUCCUCAGGCCAUUAGACAGGCAUUAUUUUGUAGUUGAAAUCACCACAUGGGCUAAAAAGAACACUGUCUAUAUAUGCAGUGGUCACUUGCUGCGUUCAAGUUACCUCAGAAGUCAGAUGUUGGAACUGAAAAUGAUGUCACACCUGAGUUACCAGUGUUUUAGUUACCAAGUAAGAAAAAAGCGAAAUUGGAGGCGGAAACAAGACGGUAGAUGUAGCCAUCUUGUUUCUGACUCCAAUUUUGUUUUUUUCCUGUGACGUCAUUUCCAGCUCCGACAUCUGACUUUCAAGGUAACUCGAACGCAGCAUAACAAACAAAAUUUGACAUUCUUUUUGGUAACCGCAUCCCUUUAAGGGAGGGACCACCUAGCUCGUUAUCACUGCACACUUAUAAAGCCAGCAUCCCUGAUGGUAUGGGGAUGCUCAAUUUAGCACUUCAUGGUUAGUUUGCACAUCUGGAGAGGCUUCAUUAAUGCUGAACAACAAACCGUUUUUGUGGCAACAUAUGCUGCCAUCUAGACACUGUGUUUUUCAAGGACAUAACACUGCAAAAAGAUGCCAGACUACAUUUUGCAUAUAUUAUGGCUCUGUAGUAGAAGAGUCCAAGAGCCCUAUUAAAAACAUCUGGUACUCAAUGACACAUUAACAUACCACAAGCGAGGCUCUGCAACAUUUCACUUUGAAAACUCCAGAGGCUGCUGUACUGAGUUGCAAAUCUACUCAAAUUCUGUUUUUAUGAACAUUUGACACAGCGUCCUGACUCUUAUAACUCCAGGUUUGUUUUACUCCGGCAGUUUUGAUGUACUUGGCCUUUGACCAGCUAAUGGAUUUGGCAUCAGGAGGAAGCAGGGGAGUAUAUUAACUCAAGAGGCGUUUUAGAGCAGACUAAGAAUAAAAGAGGCUCACACAAAUCACUAUCAUCAUUAUGAUUCUGAUGCUGUUAUUUCAUGGUUCAAUAGUUGCAUAAUGUUGCUUUAAGUUACUGGUUUCCAUCUGUGAAAGUCUUUACACCCAUAACAUUACCACCAUCUGCUCUUUCUACAUCAGCCGGUGAAUCCAGCUGAAAGCUAUGAUCCUUUAUUGAGUCGACUAAUUAGCCUGAGUUCAGUCUCAAAUGGGACAUGUAGGUGAAGAGGAGGAGACACUUUUAAUCAGGUCUAACUUAUGAGCCAGUGGAGACAUCAUGGAUGGGGAGGCACGUUUAGGGAGGGCGGGUCCACCGCUUGGCAAACACAGACUUCUACUCCACUUUAGCAGAGAGUGAAAGAAGGGUCAGCACUUUAAAAAUAGGAACGUGCGAUAACCAACGUUUGCAAGCAGACAUUAUCAAACCCAAUCAGUUUGUUUGGGGGGUUGCUCAGAGAGCUGAUAGUAGAGAAAUAGUCUGAUAUGAUCGAUCAUGGUGAGAGAAAUUUUAAAAAGAUAUGAAAAAGCAAACACAGAACUGUUUUCCUAUCUCUGCAGGAGUCAAGAUUGGCCCGCGGUAAUUUGCCAUAUUGUGUAUUUUGGUGGAAGUCUUAACACUAACUCUCCCAGCAGCUGUUAUUGCAGAGAGCUGGUAGUGUCAUCCAACAGGCAGCUACUUGCGAGCACAAAUAUUUUCCUGGCGACAGAAAGUGGAAACAAACUGAGUUCACCGUGUUGCCAAAUUGUCGAUGUCUUUUCCAGACAUGAUUGAACAUGUUUGUCGAGGUAAAGAGAACUGUCAUGUUGUCUUAGAGGUUGUCUAGGAAGCCCCACCGCUGUGCCAAUGCAUCCACUUUACUACUUUAACAGCAGUGUUUACGAUUGAAGCAAGCAAUUAUCUUACGCCAGUCAAAUAAUCAGCUUUCAAAUCAUGAUUGAAUGUGUUCAUUAUCAAGAAUCAGCCACAAUAAUCGAUCACUGAUUGGGUUUAAUGAGGAGGGUCUCCAUUAGAGGCUCACAGUCUAAACACAGACAGGCCUACUUCACAUCUGCCAGCAGCCUCCAGAAAACCGACAGUAUGUGCUUGUUAAAGACAUGAUGACAUUGCUGUAACCUCCACUUUCUCCUCUAAUGGGAACCCCUCAGUGCCUCUUAUAGGCGACUGGCUUUUUGAACAUACUCGGCUGAGCAGCCAGCUCUGCCUCGCCAAAAAUGUCUUCACAACAUUAUACUGGGAACACUCGCCCCCAGAUAUCACUUGACAAGAAGAGAAAGAAAGAGAGAGCCUGUUUUUAGCAUGACACUCAAGGUACCGCGCUAAGAGGUGAAAUUCAGUCCAUGUUGGAAAGAGUCUCCUGCCUCUGGAAAUUUGAAAUAGUGCAUUACAGACUGGGAAUGUUUAGUCAUUACCUGACAUCUGUCUUUGUGCAUGCAGGCCAGCAUUCCUGGGCCUGGAGUUUGGCUGAGUGGAUACAGUUUGGGGAGCUGAUGCAGGGAAUUUGCUCUGCUGUACCUUCAAGUGUGAAACGAAAUGUUAAACAGCUGCAUGGAAAUCUCGGCGAAGAUUGGAUUGAGUUUGUGGUACAUAACAUUGGAGCUGCUGUUUCUGACUCUCAGAUGAUGUCUUACUAGAAACUUUCAAAAAUAUUGAUUCAAUAUACUGAAACACUGUUCACACUCUGAGUACUCGAGCACAUCUACUGUCAGGCCUCAAGUUUCUGACUGUGCUUUUUUAUACUCUAUGUAACUGAAGUACAUUUCUGUUGCCGAUUGCCAAACCAAAAGUACAACCUAUUCUCUUGGGCAUUUCAUUAGCUCUUGAAAAUAAUGGAAAAACUCCUUUUGAGAUGCUUCUGGUGCCAUAAAGAAGGAAAAAUGGAAGGGGCCACAAGUUCUGUUACGAACUUUUCAAAACGCCAUAAUCUACACCAUACUUAUCAUCUCAUUUAGCUCCAAACCUCAAAAUUUAGCCCGAUGAUGGCUGUAGACAUCAUGGAGAAUCUACUGACCGGCCAAUCAGGGUAUAACAACCACUGCAGUUCACAAAUUAGGGGUGGGACUCACCAAGAUACGAUAUAAUGACGACACUUGGGCCACGAUACGAUAUUAUCACUAUACUUGGGCCACGAUACGAUAUUAUCACUAUACUUGGGCCAUGAUACGGUAUUAUCACGAUACUUUGGUCACGAUACGAUAUUAUCACGACACUUGGGUCACGACACGAUAUUAUCACGAUACUUGGGCCAUGAUACGAUAUUAUGACGAUACUUGGGCCAUGAUACGGUAUUAUCACGAUACUUUGGUCACGAUACGAUAUUAUCACGACACUUGGGUCACGACACGAUAUUAUCACGAUACUUGGGCCAUGAUACGAUAUUAUCACUAUACUUGGGCCAUGAUACGGUAUUAUCACGAUACUUGGCCCACGAUACGAUAUUAUCACUAUACUUGGGCUAUGAUACGGUAUUAUCACGAUACUUGGGCCAUGAUACGAUAUUAUCACUAUACUUGGGCCGCAAUACGAUAUUAUUACGAUACUUCGGCCACAACGAUAUUAUUGCAAUUUUAAACAUCUUGCAAUACAGUGAAUAUUGCAAUACAAUAAAUUGCGAUUUAUACAAUUUUUCAACUGUUUAGCUAAUUUAGCAUUUGUCUUUUCCUGUAUGUGUCAGGUCCAUCUCAUUUGGGCCCUGUUUGCAUUCCUAAUGUCUUUCCCCAGGUGCUGCUAUAUUUGUUGCACUAACUUUCUCCUGCUCUAUGAUGUUACCUCUGCUAACCUCACUGGACAAACAGUUGACUUUAUUUUUCCAUUAUCAUAGAUUUGACUUCACAUCGAUACUUGGUAAAUGUGACAUUACGUUAACCACCAGACAAUAUAUCGCAGUACUAUGCUGUAUCGAUUUUUUCUCCCACCCCUACCACAAAUACCGGCUUUAGCGGGGCUCAAGACUUCUUAUCUUUAUACUCAUCUGAACUCAGAGCCAGUUGUACAACGCCUACAUGCUGUCAAAUAUUCUAGUGGAGCCCAUUACACUGAUCUCAUACACCGUGACCCAAUAAUUAUCUUACAGCUUUAUUCCAAAGCAGGUGGUUUGAGACUCGUGUGUCGGGUUAUGUGAAGUUAAACCAUCAGUUGCAUUUAUUCAAACACCAAAAGGGUUUUACCUUGACCUCCUUAAGCUUUCUUUUAAUGCAGCUCAUAAACUAUUGAUGGUAGUCUGCCUGUGAACUCACAGCCGACUCCUGAAUCACGAUGCUGUAGAGUGAGGUCAUUUGGAAACAAAGUUAGUGGCCCCGAAACUGUCGGCCUGAGUGGAGAAAUGGAUGAGCACUGUAACCGGCUGGGUGUGGGAUUUAUGAAUGAGGCUGUAACUAUGAGCAGGUGGGUGGUGUUAGAUAUGAAAGACGGGGCUGUGGCUUCAAGAGUUCGAACCCUGGUCCCGCUGUCCACAUACCAAAGUGUCCUCGGGCAGGACACUUGAUCCCAACCUUUCCCUGCUGCUUGCCUCCAGCUGGAUGAUACUGGAGAUACUUAACACUGAUGGAAGGUUUACAUAACAGCUUCUGCCAUGAGUGUGUUGAUGUGGCGUAAAUGGGUGAUUUAUGACCUGUAAUGUAACAGCACUUUAGUCAGAGGACCAAAGAAAAGACUAUAUACAUGUUUGUGGUCCAGUUACCAUAGUAAUAGUAUUAUGACGUACUUCUCUGGAGAAAUCUGUACAAAAAGGGACAAUGCUAAAAGCUAGCACUGGAUGACAUGAACAUGACUUUGAGGACAGCGCUGCUUCACAAAACAGACAAGACUCUGUAGUGGAAAUCACUGUAUGGUCCUAAAAUCACCUGUGAACAGUUUGCCAUGUUCGUCCAUGUAGGGCAGCAUUGGCCAAAUGAUUUUAGCAUCUUCCCAUUUUACAGAGGCUAGAGUCCUCACCACAUCAGUCAGUGGUUAAACUCUACACCACAGCCAAUCACUACAUGUAGUCUCUCUUUAUACUCCUAACCUUUCUUGUGUUUUUCUUUUUGGUCAAAUAGCCUGAAAAAGUAGUUCCAAAAACAGUAUAAACUAUGCACAUGAUUCAGAAGGGCUGGAAACUUCUCAGACCUGAGCCCAUUAGCAACUGUCCUGUAGUCAUAAAAGUAAAAAUUUGACAAUCGUUAUCAUCACACAAUUCAAAAAGUAGCAUCCUUGUUAGAGUGGGGAUGCGUAAGAGCCAACAGCAUGAGUAGGCAGCAUUUGUGCUAAAUAAUCUACACACCAACAGAUGUAUCUAAACGUUGAUCCUCAUAUUUCAGAAAGACAAUGCCAGCUGUUUUUUUUUUAGCAUGGAUAACAAAAGCAUGGCUCUGCACUGGGAGAGUCCAAGUGUUUGACUGUUGAGUCAUUUUGCACAACAUGACCCAAAAAUGAUGUCAAAGAAGCGCUCAGACACACAAGCUGCUGAAAUCCUGCAUUAGGCAAAUAUUGGACUGAAUUUCACUGUCAAAACUCCAGAUACUGGUCUCCUUGGUUCCCUAAUAUUUGUUAGCGUGUUGCUAAAAGAAGAGGUGAUGCAACUCGAUGGAAAAUAUUCACUAGUCCCAACUUUAAGGGAAUGUGUUGCUCCAAACGGACAUAUUUCAGUUCAACAUUUGAUAUUUUGUCUUGGCCGAAUUUUCAAUUAAAUGUCUUUAGAUGAUUUGAAAACCAUCAAGUUCCGUUUUUAUGACCAUUUUACACAUGAUCCGGACUCUUAUUGAAUUACAGCUGUAAAUUUUGUUAAACCACUGAACCUCGGGAGCACUAGACUGUAUUUGCACAUGGUGUGAGGAGGAUACUGUGGUGGUGUAGAGUUGGAUGUUUUAUUGCCAAAUUCAACAGGACUGGCUGUGCACGGCCCGGCUCCACCCUGCCUCGCCCUCCUCGGUCAGCUUUCCACCUCACAAGCGCCACACACCAAGAAAGGAUGAGAAAAAUGUGAAUUCGGGGACUUCUUUCUUUUUUUACAUGCAUUUAAAUGACUACAACGUAUAAUGAUUAAAAUCACACUAAAAGUGACAAAUCUGGUCGUUUACGCUGGCUGGAGUGCAGUUUUGUAGAUUCAAGAAGCAGAAAGAGGCUGGAUUCAUAAAAAAGAGGAAAUGUACCUCAUAUUUCCUGCUCUGGUAUUUUUAUUUCUUCAGUCCAUCCUGGUCCAAACUCUAUAAUUUCAUGGAUUCAUCCCCUAAACUCACAGGAAGUUAUCCAAGAGACAUUACAUAACCAUGUCUGAAUCGGGAUUCCUCCGAGUACAGUUGAUUCAGUGUGCAGAAGAGCACUCUUAUUUCAAUUAUCCAUAAUAGUGAAUGCUCAUCUGUAAUGUCCAGCAGCAUAUACACAUUGGACAGUAAUAAUAAACACAUGAAAGAUAUGCAUGGGAACGCUGGUCACCUCAUUUGACUUUACUGAGGCGUGACAUGAUCUACGGCAUCCUGCAGGACCAAGAGGCUCGACAACAAAUGGACUGUUGUAUCCCUGCAGUGUUCAACUGCUGGCUUGGAAGUCUCGCAGCUAAGUAUGUUUAUGACAUUCAUGCAUUCCGUACUUUGCACAGCGCUGUUAUUUCCACGGGCCUUAUUCUUGGUGAACUGAGCGCAUCUGUACAGCGUCUGAAUGCCAGCUGGAUGGUAUCGGGCGCCUUUGGCAGGAUUAUGGAGAAUCAGUGCGUUUCAGAGCGGCAUUUAGCUGUCAGAUGUAUACGAGCUUCAUUUGGCCCGUGGAUUUCAAUCCCUCAACCUCAUUUAAAUUCUAAUAAACAACUAUGAAUUUAUUCAUAACUGAGGGCCACGACUCAUUUACAUCAUUUUCACAGGACCCGUGUCAUGAAUUUUCAGGAGUAACAUAUGCUGUGUUACACACAUACAUACAAUAUAUGCCCCAUUAUAUCACCCAGAAACUAACAGUUGAGACUUGGCUUUCAGAAGCAUGUGCAAGAGCAAUGCACCGAGACCUCCGAGUGAACUGUAUUAAAAUCUUUAAUAUGUUCUUUCCAGCAUGGAUGUUGUGUGAUGUAGCAGGUCUGCGUACGCUCUCCGGGAGCCUUUCUUCACAGCAGGCGCGCGGUUGAAACAACGGCUCAGUGUUUGUUCCUGACAGCUGCUGUUCGGUACAUCAAAGGCUUGACAUUUUAUGCAUACGAUGUCAAUUUAAAGACCAAAAAAGGCUUUCAGUGGGUUUUCUGCCGUUGCUUGGCAACAGAAAACAGCGUCAGUGUCUCUUAGAGGUAACCCAGAGUAAAACUAGAGGUGGUACAUGCACAAAGGUGUCUUUCUGAUGGUCUGACCAUGCAGCACAUUUCUUCACUAUUCAGCGUGUCGAUGUAAAUCCACUCUCCCGGCUUGUGUGUUUGCCAGAAGUUAACUGCAGUUUCUCAUUGAACAUGACUGUUGCGGUUUAGCGCCGCCACAUCAGAUAAGUGAAGCGGUUAAAAAUAAAACACAUUAUUAAGGUCUGACAGAUCGGCCGCCGUGCCGAAAGUGACGCUGUUGAAAAACAAGACCAACGCCCUGACACUACGCAGAGGCUGUCUGGUGUAAUAGUGGAUGUGGAUGAACUCUUUUCAACCGAAAAUACAUCUUUUGCUCCUCAGCAGAAAGUCCCCUCUUCAAACAGGGUACAUUGCGUACUUUUCGUCUCUUUGACUCUUUCUUUCCAUUUGUCCUUUCCUUCAGAGCGCUCGGUUAAGUGUCGGUUGGAGCGGAUUUUUGAGGACACAAAGGCUUCUUUUACAGUAGCCAUAUGAAAAUAACUUUUUGUGCCAUUUGUUUGCUUUGCUUUUUUUUUUUUCUCUCUUUUUUGGUGGGAGGCGGUUUCCUCCACAGCCAGUGAGGGAUGGCUCCUCCCUCUCUCCCCCCCUCAACCCUGUAGCUUAUAAAUGUUUUAAAAAAGAACCGUCUUCUCCCUGAUCCAAAACCACCUCAAAAGCGCAGUAAAAACGAAGCAAACACAUUCCAUGUCAUCACACAAUAACAGCGCUCGCAAGUUUGUGCGUUUGUCAACUAAAUCCAUAUGUUUGUGCAUUCAGCUCUGCGCUCCCCGGUGUGUUUGUCGCUCAUGUGGCAGAAACAUGGAUGUCAUGCUUUCCACAUGUCAGGUGUAAAAGUGAUGAGCACUUUAUAUGAGGACAUUUUCAACACUUAGCCACACUUGGCUUCACAUCCAAGCCAUCAGGCACAUUCACGCUGGGGAGCCACCAGUGUUAAACGUCUCUUGCUCAAAGGCACCUCAGCGGACCUCGUCAGUGUGAGGAAAUGACAUAAAUCAACCUCCAGCUCAUGUGGGGAUUCAAACUCGCCCCCUCCUCUUCAACCUUCAUGCCGCCAGCACAUGCAUAAGCUGUCUCCCGAUCAGGAUGUUUGCCAUCUGCAUGUGUGUGUGUUUGCGUGUGUGUGUUUCUGCCUUAGUGGAUUGAAAGGAGCGUGUCUGCGGCUCAUUGGGAGGAUUCCGCGAGAGCAGGAAGUGGAGAUCCUCAUGUGUUUAUGUGCGAGUUUUCAUGUGUGUGGCCAUCCGAGGCUUGAAGACAGAUGCAUGAGUCACACAUCUCGAGCUUCCCACGGUUUGUCGCUGCCAGAAGAUUCUUUUCAGUUGUUUUUUUUAAUCUGCGUUUGUGUCGUUUGUUGUUCUGUGAAUAACUUACACAUGGAAACUGUUUGCCAGAAGUGCGGUUAAAGCUCCUGUGAGAAUUUUCUUUAGCUUUUUAGUCAGUUUAAUGGUAUUCUACAGCUUUAUGUAGUAGGGCUGAGCGAUAAACUGAAAAUUUACCAAUACUGAAAUUUAGAACAAUAACCAACGUCAUUUUGCCCGUAUCAUUUUGCCUUUAAGACGCUGUCCUACAUCAGAGACGUGACUCCACCCCAUCCAGUCUGUAACAAAGAGGGAAAGAAAGGUGAGGAGAUGGAGGACGGUUCAGAAGUUGGAGCGGCAGUUGAAGUAGACAAAUUUAAUAUGGGAGGGGGUGAGCAGCUUGUGGAGUAGUUAUCGUCCAUUUAUCGUUAUCGAGGUGAACUGCUCAAAUAUCGUGAUAUUGAUUUGAGGCCAUUAUCGCCCAGCCCUAAUAUGUAGUCAAAAAAGGGUUGGUGCAGGGCGAGGCUCAGAGCCAGAUCAGGUUCGCUUCCCACCUGUAGUUCCUUUCCUACAUGACUCCUCUGUCACUUAGUAAGUUUUUUUUUUUUUUUUUUUUUUUAAACAGGUGCACUGUAAAACUCUCAGACCUUUGAUAUAGGUGCAGUAGAUGGGCGUGGCUUUAAGACUAAAUUUGCCACACCCACAAAUUUCCCAAAAACCAGCAAUCACCACCUUAAUUCAGAAAGAAGUGGUUUGACAUCCGUGGGCGUGGCUUUAAGACUCAAUUUGUCACGCCCACAAAUUUCCAGCUAUCACGCUAUUGUUAAUUCAGAAAGAAGCGGUUUGACACCUUUAUGCAUCAUGCACUCAAACAAAACAUUCUUAUAAACCUGCUUCUGUAAAACCAACAGGAAGUCUACCAUUUUUAAACAGGAAGUUGUAACAUAUGAAGGGCAUAACAGUCGAGCAAAAUCACCACAUUCAGUAAACGUGUCAAGUGGAGAAGUUAAAUGUAUGAAAUGGGUCUGGUAAAUAGGCGUGGCUCAAUAGCUUAGCAAGCCACGCCCAUCAUUUGAACUUGCCUCCAAUCACAUUCAGCCCAUUUAGAUGUGCUUUGUUGGGCUCGGGUCUCAUGCAGAGAUGCACAGUUCAGUUCAGCGUGAUUUUUGAGAGGAUCUUUAAUAAAGCCACAUGAAGUCUUUAACUAUCAUCAGGUCAGACCAAAUUUACUGUGCAGAUGACUUGAGAAUUACAACAAAGCGCUCCCUUUCAAGCUGCAUUAACACCACUACACUCAAAUAAAGAAAGACCGCCAACCGUCCAGGCCCAAUCCGGUACCACACCCCUCCUCAUGACUCAACGAAAGGAAAGAACAAGUCAUGCUGCUUUUACAAAACUGCUGAUCAAAUUUUAUUAUGUGUGCCUAAAAUAGCUGGACUGGUUUGCCUGAGAGAAACAGACGCAUACACAGCCAAGCUUUCUGAAAGCGAUUGCUUGUUAACCGUUAAUUACGCUGCCAUUGCUGAGCACUCGCGCAUUAUUCAAUUAACUCAAAUGUAAACUAUCUCUGCAGGUGGGCGCCAAAUAUUCAGGAAAGUGCAGCUCUUAAUUUUCAGCUGUUUCAUCUAAAUGGGAGCACAGAGCAGCAGUGGAUUUGCUGUAAUCUGAAAAUGGGAGAUGAUUUCAUUGACACGAAUAACUAUCAUGUCUGAGUGAGGCAGGAUUUCUCUCAGACCGGAGCUGAUGGCUUAUGUUUUCCAAUGUUUUCCCACAUCCAUAAACAGUAUAUAUUACGGGGUAUUUUUAACCGUAAUGGCUGUGUGUGCAAGAUUUCCAUUCAAAAAAAGGAGAGGGUUUUAAUUUGACAAAAAUCUAACCGUCUCAUGAUCCCUAAAACUCUGAGAAAAACUGCACCAACUGAACUUUUACAUCAUCAAACCGUCCAAAAGAGGAUCUCAGCCUUUUUGUCUUUUCAGUUCAACUUUUCCUUUUUUACAAAGUCUGGGUGAAGUUCAAAUGCAAGCGCUCAGUAGCUUACAAAUUGGUUCAAAGGGAUUGAGUCACUGGAAUCAAAGCGGGAAGACUGCACACCCCAAAAGAGAUAGAAAUGAUAUCACCCACACACAUGAUGGGAAGAAAUUGCUAAUGAGUCUUUAUGAAUGUCUGACCCUAAUAAGAGUAUAAUCGCGUUGGGAGCUGUGAAAUCAUGUGUUCACCCAUUAGCAAAAAGGAACACACUUCUCAGUCUCUCCGAUUAGUCCAAGAAGCUCCCAAAAGAGCCGUUAGCGUGCACGCUGGAGAAUGUAUUUAAAUCUGGAGGAAUUUUAAUUACACUGAAAUAGCUUUCAACUGGGUUAGCUUGUGUUGUUUGGAUGGUGAAUUAAUGGUUUUGUAAGCUGCUCUCACUUCAUCUGCAAACUCAAAGACGGGUAAACAAGCAGAAAACAUCCCAGGUUAUAUCUGGGACUUUUUUUGUUGGUUGGGAAACUCAUCCAACACGCCAUACUCGCAAAUCACAGGGCUAUACGUACAGGAAUCCGGUCUUUACUUAGCAAGAAUGAACAUCUGUUUCAGAUUUCAGCAGCCCCAGAAUAAGAGUCGAGUCUGCUGAUGAUCUGUUGAUGGACUUUAUGUUUCUGUUUUCCAAGCCUGUGUGUGUGUGACAGUGUGUGAAAUAUUGGAAUUUUAUUCACUGAAUUAAACAAAGAGGAGUUAGAAGAGAAAACUUUUCAUGUCUCUGCUCAUCAAAGCUCGCCAAUGUUGUGACAGAUGUAUUUUAUACAAUGAGGAAUCUCGGGUUUUUGCGUCGUUUGUUUUGAUAAUGUUUGAGACAAGCAGCAGAAGACCCUGGAUUUUUUUUACAGGGCGCAUGUUGCCAGCUUGACGGAUCAUGCAGAUUUGUAAAAUACUCAAAAAGCUGAUCCUCGGAUUUAUGAUUAUCAUAUCUGGCGGCGUGGAAUUUAAACUCCCUGUGAGGUAUGAGAUGCAAUGUAUGCAUGUUAAGACCAUGUGGCACAUUUCUUUGCACACAUAUUGACACUGUGGGGUUUGCUUACUUAGCCGGCAAGCACCAGUGAACACAUCUGCAGAUGGUUUGGGUUUAUACUGUAGGAGGCCUCCUGCCGCCCUCCCCCCCAUGUUUUACAGGUGAAAGUAUAUCAUCUUUGCUUUAAUGAGGCAAGGAGAGAACGGAAAAGUUUAAUCUUCCUCCCUCGAGGAGUCACGGAACUUCAUGCAUGAUAAUUCUCUUUUUGGAAAUACUUCAAGUAGUCUUACACGGCCAACAUUCGAGCAACAGCUAAUGAAUCACAAUGAACGUCUUAAAUACAGGUGUGCAAGGGGGAUUUUUGCAGGAGGUCAAAAGGGGAGCGAGUGUAACAGAGAAAAGCUGCCUGAAGCAAUGUAAGCCCCAAAAAUCUAACCUUGAAAAGGGAUUAGCACAAAUUUCCUGACUUUUUGGGUGUUUGGCGCCAUGAGUGAGAUUAAGGUUCUCAUCGCAGGCUGAAGGAGCUCUUCUCCAUCUGCUGGGAGAAGGCGCUCAAGUUUGUUUUAUCAUUUAAACUCUGAAAUGGUCCUUAAUACGCAGACUGUGAUUACGAAUGAGCCGAGGAAGAUAACAAGCUAUCAUAACCAAUUGACUGCUGAUUAAAGGAAAUCACUGUGAAAUCAGUGCAUUGUUUAAAGCUACAUUAGGCCUGUUGUUGCCGCAUUAAAACACCAAUGUCUUAUUAAAGCAGAGUGACUUUAAGUGGGGCUGCAACAGAGAGGAAUGACACAAUCACUCAAGUCAAUCAGAAGACGUUUCUCUCUCAAGAAAUCACAGUUGCACUCUGGCCGUCAUCUUUCAAUAGAGCAUACUUAAUUUUGGAGCUUCUACCAAUCGUCAUAAUUUUGUGUAUCGCUUCAAAUCAUGAGGUUCAAUUGUGAGAAACAGCAAGAAGCAAAAUUGAGCUUCAUUUUUUUCUUUCCCCGAGUUGGAGCUGCCAUCACAAACUCUGCAAGCCCUGAUAUCAUCUUAAUGAAACAGAAAUUGUCAGACUUGACAUCUUGAUACACACGAGGAGGCAUGAAAUUAGCAACUGGGCCAAUCACUUCUGGAGGUGGAAAAAAAGGAACGUGUUUUGAUUUCAGAGUUUCUGAAGAACAGUCCUCGUUUAUUUUCUGCUUUUUGAGAAAGUGAAUUAUUCAGCUGUGGUCGGUCAAACCUGAUAGAAAAACAGUAUCAGCAAACAGUAUCAAAAGAUCAAGAUGAACUAUUAGAUGAACUAAAUGAGGGUCCUAUGGUAAUACAAUCUGACCUCAGCUCCCCUUUUAUAUAAAGCACUCACCAUUCAAGGGAGUUCAGUCAUAUAUAACAAUUUUUGUGCACAUCCCACUGAAGGCAACGGCUGAAGUUCAGUGUGAUGUUCUCCGUGAAACAAUCACUUGUAUACGGAUUAAACAUCUUAUUUAAAAAGAAACAACAGUGAUGGACAUCAUAUCUCUCUAUGUCACAGGACAGCGAUUCAGGAGAUCUUCCACAGACAUCAGACUUCUUUAUCCUUCAAUGACUAGUGGAUGAGACAAUCCAGACAAACGAAAUCACCUUUGGGGGAUCAAUAAAGUUCUUGUACUGUAACUCUUAUUGUAACACUAAAUACAUUGUUAUCUGUAUGUUCAAGUUAGAAACUUUCACUGUAACUUGUGACACUGUAAGUCAAAAUGUGAACCCAGAAAGCGACAGUCUUCUUCUGACCGCUUCAAGGUGAUCCCAGGCAUAUGUAUCACCGUAUAAUUGACCUCUUUAACACGACAUGUGGUAACAGUGCCAAUGCCUGCUAAACGACAGCAUGUUAAGCACAUGGUUAUAAAACAGUCAAGGGGAAACGCAAAAGAAAGUAGAGGAAGGACAGGACGUUCGCUCCAGGGGGGACCAUUAACCGUACAUGAACCAUCAUUACAUACUAUUAUUCAUCCGCAGGGAGUCAGAGCAAAGUCUCCUUCAUCCAAUUCAUUUACAUAUUUAAAAUAUACACAAAUUUGCCUCAUGCUAGCAGCCUGCACUGUUUCACAUAGUUCUGUUUUCAUACUGCCCCCUCUUGGUUGCUUAAAAGAGUUGUGAGUUUGCAUUCCUGAUGUUCAAAAUUGGAGUGAGUUUUAAGAUUCGCUCUACACCAUCAUCAGAGGAAUUACAGUGGAUGUGUAAAAACCAAGGCCAGUAAAGACUGCAGUAAAAGGGUGAAGAUCUUUAUUAGCAACAGAAAGAUCUGUAGACUUAAAUGACAGCCCCGCAAUGAGCAAGUUCACUUUUUGUUCGAUCAAUACUUGAAUUAUCAGCCGUCUGGAUAGUUUAAAGCCCUCAGGGGUUAGUGUUCAUUUUUUUCGCAGCAAUUCAAACUUUACAAUGGUUUCCUCUUUCAAGCUCUGUUCUGUUUUCAGCUAAAAGGUUUUGUGAAGGCAAACAUUGAUUUUAGUUCUGGGCUUUGUUUUAGCCUUCAGUCAACACAGUGACUCCGUCUCAACAGAGACUUUGCCUCUAGCAGUGAAUAAAAAACACAUCCCUCACUUUCCCCGCCGCCAUCGCUCAGUUACUCGCCCCUGCAGAUGAUCCCUCUCUCACUCUCCUUCUCACUGAAGCUGUCUUUGGACGCUACUUUUUCAACCCCUGGAUUCAUCAGUCUGGCAGCCUUGUCAAUAUCUGACACAUAAAGUGGGCCAAAAAAGCCAUUUAUGACCCUGAUAAGAUGAACAAAUCUGUUCAUAAAUCUUAAUAUAGUCAAGGAGCUGUCAGCAUUGUAUGUAAAACUAUGUGGGCAUUAUGCAGAAAACCUGUUCAGAGCCAUCUGUGCCUAUAACAUGUCUCAUACCAUCAAAUUACUCACCCAUGUGUGGCGCUUUCAUCAGUACACGUAAUUGUGCUGUGUCGAGGUCAAAGAUUUGUCAACCUGAUGAUGGAUGAAAGGCUCACAGGAGGAGCUGAUUAGGAUUUGCGGUGCAGUGUAUACAAAUCUGAAGAACAUGUGCUCCAAACACAAGCAAGGUACAUAUUAAUGAUUGCUAGGAUGAGUACAGCUCUUAUGUAUUCAGGUAUGGUUGUUGUCAGGUGGGAAAUCAUCUUAAGAUUCAUGGAUUAUGUUGGAAAUAUCACUUUACUUGAUCAAAUCUGUGGCAGCUUCAUUAAGGAGACAUGAUAAAGCCCUGAACCCAAAGUCAGAAACUUAAUGAGAGGAUAUUUCUUACCAAAACGCCACUCUGAAGCCAUGAUCUUUACAUUUUUGGGCCCAUCAUUAAAGAUAAAUGCCUUAGUCAGUUGGCUGAUCAAUAUUAUUCAGCUUGUGUAAUAAAAAAAGCAGCAAUAUACAUCUCAGAAACCUCAAAAACUCCUCACAGAAGCUUUAAAUGUACCGUACUUUUACCAAUGUAGGCCAACAUAUGUCAUAUGUUGUGCCUGUGCUGUAGCACCGCCACCCGCCAUCAGCUCCAGUCUGGCUUCAGCCAUAACUCUACAAAUCAAACAAGCACAGAAUCUGCAAGCAGGACUAAUGGGGCACAUACAAGCGCAAGUAAAAUCAUCAACUCACCUAAUUUGCGCGAAUGAAUAGUAUUUACUCGCUUCAUUCGCGCAUCAAUGGUAAUUUUAACGGUAAUCCCUGCCAAUUCAGCCGGCAGAAUCAAGUGAUAGACAAAGGUUUUUUACAAUUUACCAGGUAAUCCGACCUCCUCACUCACUCGCCUCCAGACGAGCUCCUUUUCAUUCCGGUUUUGGGCAUUGAAAGAAAAGGUAUCAUAUAAUUUGGGGCACCCACACAGUGACACGAUCAGUUUGUCCUCCAUUUUAGAUACCAGUGAACAACUAUCCGUUUUCAUACACCACCCAGCAACUUUCAUGUUGAUUGCUUAUCGCGACACAAAUAUCCACUCAAGUUGAGACAUCUUCAGCUCCCGCCCAGUUCGCAUUAUCCCUGCCACCAAAGUAGUACAAGCAUCUAAUCGCAUAUUUGCAUUGACUUAACAUUUUACUCACGCUUGGUGUGUGGAGACAGUAACGGCUGGUUGUGCUAGUUCUGUAGUUUUCUACUUCUAGACUAACCGACUACUUGGGAUUGAAUUUUUUAGUCCAACAACUAUGAAAUUAGUUGCUUCAAAACAGCCUUACUUAAGCCCAAAGUCAGCAGUCACAGACAGUUAGCCCUCGUAUGCAAUCUUUGCUUAAUUGAGACAGAUAUUUCAUGACAUCCCCAUUAGCUACAAUACAGCAGUUUCACUUUAAGGCCUCCAUAGGAUCAUCCAGUAUUUGAGAAGCAGUCAGUCUCCAUUAAUAGCUGCGCUGCUCCUCUCUCAUCCCUAAAGUGGGCGGUGCAGAUUGAGAGGGAGUUGGAUUUCUCCACAGUCGUCUGUAAUGCAUACGUUUUUUUUUUUUUUCCUCCAAACACAGCGAUGAACAUUUGAAGCAGCCGCGCACAUUUGGGGGUUCCACAAAGAAGGCUUAAGAGCCACUUCUCUCCGAUGAAAUGAAGAAAUAACACCUUAAUCAGUCAGAGGCAAUGAGGUGCAUUACUCGUAAUUACAUCUGUUGGAUACAUGCAGAAGUUGUUAGAACAACAGCCCAUUUUAGCUCCCUGCUCUUGUUAUCAUCUAAAUGCAAAUGGGAUGCAAUAAGGACCUUGUCUCUCUAUAUGCCGAACUUCUGUGCCAACUUACAGGAACAGCAAGAAGAAAACAAGCUCUCUGAUGUGCUUCCCAAUUUUCCCCGCACUCGCUCUUUGUAUUUUUUCCUUUAGACUCCCAGAAGCAUGCUUCCAAGUUUCUCCAGGUCUUCGUCAUCAUACUCCGUUCUCUCUGAACAUUUUGUCUUUCUAAAUUUUUCUGAACUUUUUUUCUUUGUGUGUUUUCUGUCUUUGAGGCAUCCCUGCAGUUCAGAGAGCUGUGAUGAGCUCAAACACGUGGUACUGGAGCUUCAGAAGUGACUCGUGACAUUAUCACAUGUCACCCAUCCUCACAGGGAUGUGGCACAUAAAACCAAGCUGACUGUGUUCCCCGGAAUAAAACAACAUUGUUUUUUUCGAUCAAAGGCUUCAGGCGGUUUAUGUUUACACUUGUCUGAUAAAUGACAUUUGUGAACCUGCAAAACAUGACAGUCAUUCCACAAGCAAAGAGGCACAAAUACACUAGAAACGAGAUUCAUAGCUUCAGUAUUCAAGAUUGAAGGACAUUGUUGUAAUAUGAAUAAUCUCACUUCUUCUCUGUCCUCUAACAGAUGCUUUCUCAUUAGAGUUAUAUACUUAAUGAGGAGCCAUGUAAGAAUACGGUUUGUGAGAUCCGGUAUCUGCCCUUUCUUUUUAAAUCACAGGAGUUACAGCAAUGAUAGUCCAGGCAAAGCCAAAGAAGAGCCUCCCCACCCUGCUUUUAGCUUGAACUCCUCUGACUGGAACUGAUCAUUCUGUCUCAAAUGUUGCGUGAAUUAAGGGCCUCCACCUGAAGUGAUAACUGGUAACUUAGGAUGUGUGCAUUUAGUCGACUGACGGUAAUUUACUGUUGUCAAUGUGAUUCAAGUUUAUAUCAUUAAAGGCCAAAAAUAACUGGUUAUAUGUUGUUUUCAUUGUAGCACAGCCACCCAAUACUAGACAUGGGUGUAGCACUGGUUUAAGACUGCUGCCAUAGCACUAUAAUGCUCUAAUACCUGGAUGUAAACAAUCACAGCUGACAGGUGGGAUUUUGUAACAUGGUUCGGCAGUAUUUGAUCCAGUAAACUUGUAGUAAUUAGGGGUGGGAAUCAUUAGUAGCCCCACGAUACAAUAUUAUCAAGAUACUUGUGCCAAGAUACAAUAUUAUCACAAUACUUGCGUCACGAUACGAUAUUAUUUCGAUUUCUAACAUUGUGCAAUACGUUGAGUAUUGCGAUAUAAUAUAUUGCAAUUUAUACAAUCUACGAAAGUAUUUUUAGCGCUUGUUAUUUUAGUUAUUUUAAGUUAUUUUAUCAUCCCCUUUCGUAGUUGUAGCCAUCUUGUUUCUGAAACGCUGGUUACUUGGGUGUGACGUCAUUCCCAGCUCAGACAUCUGACCUCUGAGGUAACUCGAACGCAGCAUUAGGCUUCCAAGGAGGACUAAAGACUGGUGAUGCUGGCCCUACAAAGAUUAGCCACACUCUGUAAACCAAUAUAGCACGGUUUACCCACAGACUCGGGGGAGCCUGGUGUUGACAGACUAGUUCCCUUUGGUGAAGGAGUGUAGGUCUACCCAAUUCAUUUCCUUUCCCUGUAGACAUUAACAAUGAUUGUAUCCAGAAUAACCGGUAACACAGACUUGCAACCAAUCAAUUAUAACCAAGAAACCUGAUUCAUAAUACAAGGCAGGCCAAUUUUAAAAACAGUAAAUGACUCUAGUUUUGGCAGAAAUCAAUUAUCUGGUGAAGAGGAAAUCACAGACUGUUGUUUUGGUAACUCUGGCAUUAGGAAAGAGUUCAUCUUUUUUAAUUACUAAGGACACGGUUGGAGCAGCCCUCACAGAAGACAUGGUUUCCCUUCCUCUGUUGCUACAUCUCCACACAGUGCAGAUGCCAAAGGGCGUGAGUUACGCUCUGUAAACAUUGGUUUGUGUUCGAGGACGCACGUUGCCACGACAUCGCUCCAGAACCUCAGAGUGACCACUGAAUGAUUUGACAGGGACGCAGAGUUUGUUUCCCCACGAUUGGCAAUUUUGCAACCACAUGUUCAAGCCAUUACCACAGAUGUAGCACAAACGGUAAAGUCCUGCAAGAACAGUGUUUGCAUUGAGCGUGUAUUCUAUGUCGAAGGCUCAUAUGCCAUGUGUGGGAGGGGGAUGACUUCACCAGGCAGAUGGCACAGUGUGUUUUUAGACUGUGCAAAUUAAGACAUGAAAAAGAAGCUGACUGGAGAGCUUUGGUUUUAACCGUAGAACCAGCUGGAUAAAUCUGAGAAUGCUUCAUACUCCAUCACUACUACUGCUGAGGAGCUCCUGAGCAGAGAGCUUACUUCACAUGACAUUGUUAGCUUCCAGGUGUGUGUGGUUGUGUGUAACUAUGUGGAGCAGGGCGUUCCUGGAAAAAGGCAUUCACACUCUGUGAAUAUCCUCUAUUUAAAGAAAGGUUAAAUAAACAAAGGACUCAUUCAGGUUGGACCAAACGUCCACUUGUGCCUUUUUAAAUAAUCAUCGCUCUUCUGACCGUUAUGGGUUGAGUCAGAUUCGUCUCUUAUAAUUCAAAUGCCACUUCCAGAAAAAAAAAAAAGAGCCAAUAUCCAAUUAAAACAAAGCUCCAAAACAUCUUUGGUUACUCUCUAAAACUCAACAAACUGCAUGAAUGAUCAGGGGAAAUAUACAUUUCGCUAUAAAGGCGACUGUUUAUGGUACAGAUCUCUAGAGGGGUAUUCCUGAUGUACCCACCACCAUCAUUUUCCACUCAAAUCAGUGCCCUUUGAGUCAAAGUUAAACCACAAAUAUGAAACAAAAGUGGAAGAAUAGUGGAAAAUUGGAUGUGUAAGUUGAAGUUGGAACACUAGAGCACUGUUUAAGUUUUUCCUCAAAGGUUCCCGGGCUUUCCAUGUCAUUGCCUGUUUAUUUUGGGUUGUAUGCAGUGGACAGACGUAGAUUGAACGAACAGGAGAGGGGCGGGAAAAAGAGACGGCGGUUUUGGAGUGUGCCCCUUUCUCCUCCAGAUUGAGAAUCGAGCAGUUGCAGGAAGAAAAGUGGCUGGAUGUGCUGGGUGGAGCAGGGCGGGCCUCCUCCACAGUAGCCUAGUGGAAAACAGUUGUGUGAAUGGCGGGAGACCGUGGGCUGACUCAGCCAGCCCGCCACGCAGGAAUGACUGUUAGGGUUGUGAGACGUCUAACUCAUGAUGGAGAGAGUGAGAGAGCGUGUGCAUGCGUGUGCUCAUAGUCUCUAAUAUCUUCACGGGUGACUGUGGGUGUUUAUGUUUGCACCACGUACUUCAGUCCUUGGGCGUGUGCACUGGAACGGUUUAGAGGUUGAUGGAAGGGUUUUGAGAGCGAGCAUCUGGAUAAAGCAUUUAUCUGGACCUAAAUUCAGCAGAGUUAGACCAGAAAGAGAGAGGUGUCCCUGGGGUUUGAGGGGGGGAAGGGGAGAGAUGUUGUCUGCGGGGAGAGUCUAGUCUGAGCUAGAGAGGGUCAGUCUGCUGGCGUGUGCCUUCAGCUGGUUCUCAUUAUGGGGCUAAUGUGACGCUCUGAUCUCAAACACACACUGACUUUGCAGAGCCAGGUUAAAGCCGGAUAUGGGUUUUUGGGAGGCCCCUUUCGCUGCAGCUUCUGUAUCACAGUUUCCCUUCUUGUAGUGCAGCAAGGUUGGGGGCCUCGUUUAUAGAAAGGCCUCACUAUCAAAUGUGGUCAAGGGAAAGUGUGCAGCUGGACGUUAGAACUGAUGUGACCAGUGGACCUUUGGGUAUAGUACUUCUGUGAAGGGUAAAAUCACCUCUUAUAAAUCUAUGAAGUACAGAAAUUGAACUUGGCGUUUAAUAGAUGGAGUGCCCAUCAGUAUAAGCCGAUACCAGUCAUCUGCAUUCACACAUCAUUAGCUUCGCCAUAGGGUGCAAUUGAAGGACUCUUACCGUCUCCACACACCAAGCCCCGAGUAAAAUCAUUCGCACAAAUUAAUUACAUGCUAAGUCAAUGCAAAGACGCAAUUAGAUGCUCCGAGUACUCUAGAGCUGAAAAUGUCUCAACUUAAGUGGAAAUUGGCGUUGCGAUAACUAAUCAGCAAGAAGGUUGUCGGGUGGCGUAUGAAAACAGAUGGUUGUUCACUGGUAUCUAAAAUGGAGGGCAAACUGAUUGUGUCAGUGUGUGGAUGCCUUUUCUUUCAAUUACCGAAACUGGAAUAAAAAGGAGUUCGCCUGGAGGCAAGUGAGUGAAGAGGUCGGCUUACCUGGUAAAUUGUAACAAACCUUUGUCUAUCACUUGAUCCUGCAGGUUGAAUUGGCAGGUAUCAACAUUGAAAUUGACGCGUGAAUGAAAUGAGUAAAAACCAUUCAUUCACAUGUCUAGAUUCACACGAAUUAAGUGAGUAGAUGAUUUUACUCACGCUUGGUGUGAUUUCUAAAGACAACAUUAUGAAAUGUACAAGGUAGUUAAGGUAUCUCAUAUCACUGCAUAGAGUUUAAGCCAAAGCUUAUUAAACAAGACUUCUCAGGCUGAGACGUCCCUGUCAGAUGGUGAUUGCAGACAUUCAUAUUUGUUAACAUGGGACUGACAAAGAGCUAAAGCGAGGGGCCUUGUAGAGUACUUAUGCAAAACUACAUAAAAGUUUCGUUAAAGUCAAACUUAAAUAUCCCAUAUGGCUUGCACUAAAAUAUUUGGUUGCAGCUGAGAUGAACAUGAAAUCUACAGUCCAAAUGCUCCAGCAUUGUUGAUACAUAGGACCCUAAUGGGAAGUAUAUCCAAAAAUGGACAAAGAGCAAGAGAAAAGAAAGAGAGACUCUGCAAAUUUAUGAGAUAUGUCUGGGAACUAUUUGGAGCCCAUACAGCAGACUUGUCCAACUUAAACACUGUCUCUAUGAAGUGUUCCCCCGAUCAAGACCCCAGCCGAGCGAGGUUUCUCAGGGUCCAGGACCUAAAUCUCUCCCCCCCUGUGCUGACGCUAAAGUGGAAUGAUUUAUGACAGUGAGCUGCUACUCAGCAAAGUGUUUUCCAGCCCACUGAAAAGCCAAUGUCACGCUGAUAAUUAGCGGUGGAGUGACUGAUGCCUGCACUCGUUCUCAUAACUGCAGCCAUAAGGGCACUCUGAGCGAGGGCUGAAUGGAGCUAUUGAUAUGUCAGAAAUGACUGUUGACGGUGAAUGAGUCAGACUCUGAGAGAAUUAGAAUGAGAGCCAGCACGGAGGCAUACCUUUGUAAUACAGCCCCAAAAAGUGAUGGUGGUGAAUCGUGAGAUAAAACCAGAGUGCUAUCAAGUGCUCUCUGCUCAUUCAUAGUCAGGGAUGUGACAGUUUUAACAACCCCUUAGAUGCUUUAAAUAGUGUGUGAGAGCAUACCAGCCAAAUGUCGGAUGGAAACAUUCAAACCCGCUGAAUAACAGGAAGAAACCUCAACAGUGCACUAUGCUGACAUUAAGUGAAGUACCAGGAAUCAUAGAGAGUUGUUUGAGUCACGGCAUAGAGUCCAAAUCAAGAAUGUGACUGCUUACGUCAAAGCUGGAAAACCCCAAACUCAGAGCUACAGAGUCAACCAGAAAGAGAGCCUCGCUGAUUUGGUGGAUACAUUCACCAACCUUUGUGGCAAGAGUUCGAUUUAAGGAUCAGAGGUAAUGUCACGUCUAUGCCGAAUAUGGAGCUGCAGCCUGAAAGCAGCUAGCUUAGCUUACUCCCUUUGAUUACGGUUGAAAAAAUAUGCAAUCUCCAGCAGGCAAUUUGUCUUCAACCUGAUUCCCUCUGAUUUUGAUUACAACUGUUUACAUUAUUGCUAUACACAAAGUGAUCCGGUUGAGACUUGCUUGUAUAGCCACCAAGUGUUUAAACAGAACAAAACCAUUCUGACAUGCUUGCAGUUGGUCUAUCGGUUAAAUAUGCCAAAAACAACAGAAGAAACACUUCCUUUUCCCAGUUCACCCUGUUCGUAACCAACAUUGCAGUGACUAUGCCAUUGUACAUGAUGUGUACGCACUUCCAUCGCUGCACGGAUCCACAUACCUGCCACACUAAAUGCCUGAACAGGGAGAACACACCUAUCCUUGCAGGUAGAGCAGCAGCAAAGACCAUCAGGGUUCAGAACAGAGGUGUCAGAGAACACUGGUGUCAUAUGAACAGGAUAAGAAGGUGGAUGUGGGUUUCAAAUCAUCUAUUUCAACUCUAGCCAGUUGGAUGUUUAAGAGAUAACUUUUUGAGAUGUUGACUGAAAUGGCCUGGCAUUAGGACAGAUAGAUUCCUGAAGCUUUUGAACAGUGUCUUGGCCUACUCCAUCAUAAAUGUUUCGCUGUUGGUUUUGUUUUGGUUGAUUUGACUCAAUAAAGACACACAUAUCUGUCAAGAUGAUCAAAUAUACCCCUGUCAUAUCAAUAUAAUGGACUUUUUGUCUCCUUUUUUAGUUUUGAUAACUACUUUAAACAGACAAGCCUUAGACUUCACAUAGAGGGGUUUUGUCAAAGUGUGUAAAAAUGUUCCAGAAAGCCUGAUAACCAGAUUAUCCACUUCUUGACAGCUGAUGCUUUCUUUCAAAGGGGUUUUCACAUGCAUCACUUUCCCAUUAAAUUGCUAAAUGUGGAACUUCCCAUUCAGCCUCAGAGCCAAGAGGCGGGGAUAAAGCAUAAUAAGGAAGUGCUGAAUAUAACCAUGAUGUGGAUAAACAAAUGGGUGCUGCCAUGACAACAGAAACAAGUUUCUUAUUUUCCAACAAAAACCCAAUAGGUGAACUUCAAUAAACAUGGCAGUGUUACUCUGAUGACUCCUUUAUUUUGCUGAUUGUGUUACUACAGCUGUGAUCAUGCCAUUUCCUGAUAUGGAUCUUUCAGAAUAAAGGUAUUUAAAUUACACAACUUGGGGUUUAUAUUGUGAAAAAAUGUCAUAAACUUGUUGACCAUCCAAUUAACUAAGUUUCAGCAGAGCUACAAUUAGUGGUGAUAGUCAGGAGUUAUUGUUUAGUCUCCACUUUGACCACAGCUUAGACAAUCAGCUUCUCUUAAUCAUCAUUGACCUAAGAAGACUGAGUCAUUGGACAAAAGUCAUCUUAGAGCAAACGAAGCUGUUGUAAUGGAGGUAAUUUUUUUCCUGCCACAAUGACUGCAUGUUGGGGAGGGUAAAUCUCUGUCAUCCAAAACAUUAGCAAAAAAACUAUGGGUUUGUACAUGUAGUUGACUUAACAUAAGGCAACGUUGGCCUGGCUUUUGUUGGUUACAACUGCCAGAAAGUUAGUACUAUCUCUGCGAUCUGGAUGUAAAUGAGCACAGAUGACAGAUGGAACCAUGUAACAGAUUGGCAGUGUUUUUAAUAAGAAAUGAAGUUAUAGUAAACUAGUUAGCUUGACCACUGCAUUGCCUUACAAGCAAGGGUGGAUGUUAACCUUGUGUGGAGGACCUACGGAGGGUGGUGCUACCUCUGCAUUCAACAAACAUUUUAACUUUUUACCCACAGACUCUGUGAUCUUGUGGGUUUUUAAGGUUUAUUUCUGGGCUUUUAUGAGAAGAUAGACCAAUGGAUGGAUCAAGAAACUAGGAAUUCAGUGACAAACACAGACCACGUACUUCAAGAGCUAUGGCCUCUUGUACAUAGGGCACACAGUUUAAACACCAAGCCUUACCAGCACCUAAAUUUAUGCCGAAAUCGACUGUUUCUGGGUGUUUUCUUUAACCCUUAGCCUUGCUGUUAGACAGGGUUUGAAUUUCUAUUUAAGGUAUUUGAAACUCAGUCGCUUUGGAACAUCUUCAACAAAAAAAAAAGCUUGAACUUGCGAUGGUAGUUUUGCAAAAUGCAUGUCAUGGCUGUUUGUGACACCUGUAAAGAAAACAUGGCCAUGUAUGCAAUUGAUGUAAAAUUAGGGUGACCAUACGUCCUCUUUUAUCCAAACAUGUCCUCUUUUUGGGGGGCUGUCCAACCUUGUCCAGCCUUGUCCAGGUGAGUUUAUAAAAUCCUUCAAAUGUCCAGGGUUUUGUAUGGAAGUUUUGAGUUUGUGUCACGUGGAUUUACUGAGUUAGAAGCGUGUAAAAACACUCGACCCGACCCGACCCGAAAAACUCAAAAUGUACUACACACAACUUUGUGUCUCCACCCUGCAUAGUAGUGUCCUCUUUUUGGGGACUCAGAAUAUGGACAACCUAGUAAAACGAGGUACGAAAGUAUGCAGCUCAUGUACAAUGGGAAAAACCCUCUACCCUGUGGCAUCAUGAGGAGAUGAUUGCUUUAAUCUGGUGGACUAAAAUAACCCACAUCAAUAUCAUUUGGUGUAAUUAUCCGUACUAAUCAGUAGAUAAGGUAAUAGGACUAAGGACCACUUCAGCCGCCUAGCUUUGUGUUGACAUUGUAAAUAAUGGAAACUUAAAUGGCUGUACAGUUCUUAACUACCGUUCAAUUUUCUCCUGCAAUUACCUUGGGCCGUCAGCGCAGUGGAACAGAGGCUGUCAUGCAUUACCUCCAACACACUCCAUUUGUUCUUUCACCUUUACGCUUUUUCUUAAGGAGGUCCUAUACGGUAAUGAGAAUCUUCUAUUGACCUUUAAUUAGAUUUAUAAGGAUAAGUAAGGAGUGAAGGUGCGAAAGUACAAGACACUUUCUUUCCUGUCAGAUGAGGAGUGAAUCACCGUGAAAGCGACAAGUUUAAUCGACUGUAUGUGAUAUCCAUCGCUGUUUGGCACAACUUGCUUCCUUCCUGUCAUCUCCCCUGACGUGCUGCUCGGCUCGCUUUUCACAUGCUGAGAUUUCACGCUGGAAUUCAUUACCGGUGUGCGUUAAAAUGUUCUUUAGCUCAGUCUAUAAACAGCAGCGCUCGAGUUGAAGGAAAACAGAGAAAGUCACGGCCAUAAACAAUCGCUUGUUUGGAUAUUUCUUUCCGUACAUGAGCAUUUGGGGACAGAAAGUGUGAAUGAGUGUAGAAAGGGUCACUUAGUGCAAGGAGGGAUGUUGGAUGGUGUAGUAUAAAGGGGGGGUGAAUUCUCUAUGCUGGGGGGGGAUUAUUUUAACAGGACCCCACCCACUGGGACCUUGGCGGUUGACAGCUUCCGUGGCUCGGCCGGGCUGACACAGGCACGCUUUGUAUUAGGGGGUCGUAAACUACAGCAGAGCCCUAAGUCACUACAAUGCUUCUGUUCACUUCUGUGUUUGUUUUACAAUGUUGUUAGGUGAGUGAGAUCAUCAGUCCAACAGUCAUAAUGACCAACGAGUCUUUUCGUUUGGCCUGAUGCGCCAAGAAAACCCGCAUUUGUCACACGCUGCUGGAAUAUUCAGUCAGAGGAAAAGGUGUUUACAUGGUAGCUGAAAACUUGAAAAUGUUCCAUUGUGCCUCCUGAAAUAGGACAAUAUUUCUUUGUUCACUGAAGCCCUGAAACACGGUAAAGGAAAGUUAACAUGAAAAUGAAGCGCAGCCAGCAUUUGAUGGAAAUGUUUUCGCUGGCAGCCGUGCAAAACAGUAAACGCAGAGUAAGGAAGAGUUCACAGGGAGUUUUGAAGUAUAAAACAAAUGAUCUGAUUGGAUGCUGUGUGGCCUUAAGCUACUCCUCCACAACCUUUCACUUCUCUGAUCCCUCCCGAUUUCCUGUUUUCAAUCCCAUCCUAAUCCAAGGAUGAAGGCAGAAAAAUGGCAACGAAUGAAAACAUGUCUGUCGGUGAUUUUGUACAACGCAGGUCCUCUCCAACAAAACAAGUCUGCCAUAGAAAAGAAAGACCCCCCCUUUUUUCAAAGAAAAUGUAUUUUCCUUUUCACUUGGUUCAGAAACCAAGCCUUUCAGAACCACAUUAACAGCCCAAACCCAGACAACACUGAGCCUUUCACAGUUUUCCCUCCCUUUUCUCACAGGUCCAUUUUCCUAACCUGAAAUUACAUCACACUGCCUUUCUCCUUUCACACAGAAAGGUCAUAAUUUUUUCGUCGCUGUGGCCCCCCUCAGUCUGUUGUGUAAGUGCGAGUUUUACAAACAGAGGGCCUGAAAAGUUUUAAUUAUUACCAGGGAGGAGGCCACACGCUGAGGCUCCACAAGCCUGUUUUUUUUAGUGUAUUGUUCCUUUUCACUUUGACUGGCACUGGAGUGUCUCAGAGGGAUGCAGAGGUAGAUGGGGAUUUGAAAGGGGACUAAAAUGAUGAUGUGUUUGCUUUCACACUGACAUAGCCCAGUCUGAGAAAUGGCUCUAUAAAGCUUGUAAAAGUGUGUCCCUGGGGACUUCUGAAAAGUCAGCGGGGAAGAGGAGGGGGGGGUCCUUGUAAAGCAGUGCUGUCAAGGUAUGCAGAGUUGUGGCUCUGCUCUCUGCUGUUUUACAGUGCUGGAGUUAGCAGUAUUUUCCUACACAGACUGCUGCAUUCAGGCGCAGGUCUGUAAACAUGUUGCAGUUUGUGAUCACUUCCUUUUAAGAGUAGCUGUUAAAAACUGCCGGGAUUAGUUUAGGAAUAUCAUCUGUUGUAUUUUGUUUUCUUUUUAGAUGCAUGCUUGUUUUUUUUUUUUCUUCAAACACAUCCAAGAAGUCCAGUCUCUGAAGUCUCUCAUCUUUACACUUUAGGCAAAUCUAAUCUGCCUCUGAGAGUUUCUGAGAUCCAGUCAACAGAAUCACUGCAAUCCCUGACGUUUGUUAGCAUGUAAUAUGAUUAAUGCAGCUGCUGCUCUGCAACAGGGCCGCUGCCAGGGGGUGGCCAAGCCCCCUCCCCACCCAAUUCAAAUAAAACAAAUUAAAAUCUAUUGAGUUAUACCUUGUGCCAACUCAAAUAUGUUAUAAUCAGAUCGAGAUUACCGUAACAAGAACUAACUGAAAGACAGAAACCAUGUUUAGGGAGAUUUGUUGAUAUGUAACUUCUUUAUAGGGCUGGGCGAUACUGCCUCAAAUCAAUAUCACGAUAUUUCGAGCAGUUCACCUCAAUAACGAUAAAUGGAUGAUAACUACUCCACAAGCUGCUCACCCUCUCCCACAUUAACUUUUGAACCGUCCUCCAUCUCCUCACCUGUCUUUCCCUCUUUGUUACAGACUGGAUGGGGUGGAGUCACGUUUUCGAUGUAGGGCAGCAUCUUAAAAGGGACGUGAGAUUAUAGCCUACCUACACACAUCCAAAAAGAACUUUUAUUUAUAUAUUUUUUGACACCAAAUAUAUUGACAUGGGCAAAAUGACGUCAGUUCUUGUCAUAAAUUUCGGUAUCAAUAAAUUUUCGGUUUAUCACCCAGCCCUACUUCUUCAGUUAAUCAAUUUGCUUGUGCUGUCAAACUGCCAGGUCUUUCUCAAAUGUAACUGAGCUAGAAUUAGAAAAAAUAUAUAUAAUAGAAAGGCAGCAGAUGUUUUCAUUUAAAAGAACAAAACAAGAAAUGACUCUUUGUUUUCGCUGGGAAAUUAACAGUCACUUAUGAGGAAGUGUCGAUUGACUUCCUGAUCCAGCGCUAAUGUGUACAAACACUUGUCCAUUUGGUCACUAUCUGCAGACAUUAACGAAACAUAACUACAUUUUCAUCAUGAGAACGAGUGCUUUUGAGCGCUGUGAGAGGUGUAAUUGUUCAUUGUAGUAAUGACCAUGAAGCCAUAUGGCAGAUGUCGUUACACCCUUUGAAGCUCUCUAUUUUCUCCGUGGAUUAAACACUCCCUCCGUCAUACAAUCACUUAGAGGACUCAUUACACCCUCUCGUAGUAGGCACAGCCCAGUGAAGGAAACAAAUGACCAACAUGAACCUCUAUUUAUAGGCAAACUCACUGUGGUUUAACCAAGGCUUACGCAAGUAGGUGGUUUGUUUGGAUCCCAGGCAGAGUUACCAUGGCGAUAUGGUGUGGAGGAACACAAACUUGGUUGUUUUGUCUCGGGGUUUCAAACAAGAAUAUCGUAUUAUCUAAGAGAAAUGACUCUUUGUUUAUGAAGUGAUACCGAUGAAGUUCCUCUUCAGGCCUUUUAGCACAAUCACACAGACUAUCUGACCAGUAAACAAGCCAAAUUUGGUAUUUCAAAGGCUGAAUUUUUUCUGUCUGCCUUCAUACUCCGAAAUAUGACUGAAAUGACUCUGACUCAUAGACACAGACGAGUCACAAGACACACAGUCGUCUGAGUGUCUCGGAUCUUCCUGCACUUGUGGUCUGCGUGUCUCUCUUCCCUAUGUUCUUCCGGGCAUGUGUUUCUAGAUCGAGACCAAAAGAGGAUGGUGAAGAGGAGGAGGAGGAAAGGGAAAGGAAGACAAUGGGGUAAUUCAUUGAGUCGUCUGUGAGAAGAGAGGAAGGCUCGGUUUCCUCAGAGCGUUAUGGAUACAAGCGCAGUCACUCAUCAAAUUAUAGCCAUCUGCAUUGGCCCGCGACCAGCAUUCUGCUUGUCGCACAAUAAAGCAGUGUGAGGAGGGGUGUGGUGGCUAAAGGGGAUCACAGGCCGUCCUCUUAGGUGGUUAAAACUCUGCGCUUAGACUGACACUAAGUGUGGCAGCAGCUCUAGUGUACUCUCUUGUGGAGCUGGGAUGACCCUUUCCAGAUAAUGAUGCCUUUCCAGCACCCAAAACCCUCAGCUAGAUCCCACUGACAGAGUCCCAGGAGCCUGGAAGAUUGGAAACACUGUUGAGUGUUAUGUUGUUGAAAACUGUAGACUUUCUUAUAAUCCUUUCAUCGUUAUGUUUGACUUUCCUCCUGAAGGUACGAGUGUGUUUUUGCAUACCUGUCAGCCGUAGUGAGGCACAGGGAUGCUGUCAGCAAAGAGAGCAAAGACAAAGGCAGAGUCACGGAGCAGGGCAUUUAAACAGAAAGCACAGUGAAAAUGCGCUUUCCUACACGAAGCCCAUUCUUCUCUGAGCUUUUACAGGCUUAGCUGGAGAACUAAUGAAUUCCAGGUCCAGGUACACUGCGGAGAGUAGAGCUAUUGUGUGUAUCAUUAGAAAAUGUGCUUCUCUUCCUGAAGGCAACAGCAGCAAGCUGAAUUCGAACCAGAAAAUCCCCAGGCAGAAUUGUCUUGGCAUCACUCUCUCCUUCAGCUUUUUAUCCCCAUGCUCAGUGAACAAUCCAACAAAAGCUCGGGGUUUAAGAACCAUGGAGCUCAUUGCGAUUUUCUUUGUUAAUGCAAUUGCCUGUAAGAAAAGAGCCUGUUCCCCCCAUUUUUCAGUUUCAGCCUGGAGGCUCUUAUGCAAUUAGCAGCAGUCUUUCAUUUGCAGUACCUUCGCCUGUGCAGAAACUCUGUGAACUGUACCAUAAUAACCCACGGCACAGUUACUAACAGCUCGAGGCAAUAGCCUUUGAAAAGUGGCAUUCUGUAAAUGAAUGAUGUGUAACUGAGACAAUUCCAUUUAAUUCACUUAUACAAAUACAAAAAAAGGCAUUUAAAUCCCCCGUCUGGUUUUGGAGGCCUGGAGAUGAUGUGACUCCCAAUUGUCCCACAGUGGUCAUCUGCUUGUGACGACUGGAUUUUAGGCUGUAAGUCAUACAAAACUCACUUUAGACGGGACCACUUUUGUCGAGAAGAAAUGAAUCAUCUUGGUACGAUGAGUUAUAUUUGACAGUGCAGAUUUGUUCCCAGAGCACCCCACCCUUCCAUGUGCAUUAUGUGGAAGGCCAAAGCUCAGGAUGGGGAGAGCACACCUUCCCAAAGCCAAGGCAGGCAGAGCAGCAGCGAAGACCCUCUGGUGUAGAGCAAAUGUCAAACUUGACACAUAAUGGAAAUGAGCAUCUGGGGUGGGUGGCGUUGCCAAUGGGGCGCUCACACCAAGCGAGAGUAAAAUCAUCCACUCGCUUAAUUUGCACAAAACUAGACGCAUGAAUGAAUAGUAUUUAUUCACUUCAUUUGCACGUCAAUGGUAAUUUCAACGGUAAUCCCUGCCAAUUCAACUGGCGGGAUUAAGUGAUAGACAAAGUUUUAUUACAAUUUACCAGGUAAUCCGACCUCCUCGCUCACUUGCCUCUGGUCGAGCUCCUUUUUAUUCCGGUUUUGGUAACUGAAAGAAAAGGUAUCAUAUAAUUCGAGGCACCGACACGAUCAGUUUGCCUUCCAUUUUAAGUACCAGUGUACAACAGUCCAUUUUCAUACGUCACUCUGCAACCUUUGUGCUGAUUAGUUAUUGCGACGCGAAUAUCUGCUCAAGUUUAAGCAUGAUUCCCGCUGCCAGAGUAGUAUGAGCGUCUAAUUGCAUCUUUGCAUGACUUAACAUUUAUUCCUGUGGAUGAUUUUACUUGAGUUUGAGUUUGGAGACAGUAAGUGUUUAACAGCAGAAAGGGCAGGCAGGCUAAAGCAGUUUUAGCAUUUGACACCUGUAUGCAAGGUGAGAAGGUGACGGUCUGAGCUGUCAGCUGGUAUAGGCUGAUGUUAGGAUUUGUUGAUGUAUGACAGGCUGAGCUUGACUUUACUGCUUGCCUGGACUAACACUACGCUUCAUUAUUCUGGCAAACUGUGGCUACCUCAUGGCUUGGUUUUUGAUAAAUAUGUGUUAUAAUGUGAAUGCUGCUGUUUGUUUUACGUCAUGUUAGCAAGCCAACAACACAAUGUUGAAGUGCUGUACAUGGGUCAUACUUUAGGCAUAAGGAACAGAAGCCCCGAGUCCAGCUUCUAUAUCCUUUUUCAACCUUUUUUUUGUUAAUAUUGAUUAUUUAUGACACUGAACAUACCAGUAAGACUUGAAAACAAUAUCAGAGCCUCCCACCUUACAUGAAACUAUAUUCUGUUGCUUUGGUUUUGCAAGCUCUCCCUUUCUCUUUCUAUUGAUACAGUAUCUAACAUGUAUCAGAAGCUGUUUUCCUGUGAUAUUUUUGUGAAAAACCACUACUAAGGCCUUUUUUGUCGGUUUGUUUUUUAGGCUGCAGGAGACCAGCAAUGUGCAGCAGUGUAGCUAUAAUCGAAAGUCUCUGUGUAUUUGUCUCUGUGCCAACACCGUUCAUCACUGACUUUGUUCAUGACAGAGCAGCCUUGGAAGUGAAAGCAAAUGCCUCUUAGUGAAAUCACCAAAGCAUGGGCACGGCAGAAGGAGAAGGGGAGAAAAAAAGGAGAAGCUUUGCUUUUUUCGUCCUUGCUGACAUCAAAAUGAUUGUCUUUGCUCACAGUUGAGGUGUUUGUUGUGCGUCGGGACGGAGGGGUUCAUUUACAGGAUGAGGAAGCAAAGGACGAAUGUGCCCUUCACUGUUGUGAAGCUGGCACUGUGGCAUUAAUAAAGAUGCAACACAGACACACACUGCCCUUUAAAGGCGCACAUACAUACAAACAUUUCCCCCGCUUGGACACGGUCUUCUUAGGUCUGGAGAAAAUACAUCUCCAUUUAUAGCUGCGUGAAUGUUCGCUGAUGUAUUUUCUCCUCUUCUAUUUUCUGACUCAGUCACGUCUAAGAAGGUAUUUCGUGAGAUUUUUCCCUGGUGGCAUCAAGCCCACCUUCCUGCUGGGCUACUGGAGCUUCUGUUGUGUUUGAGUGAAUAUUUUGAUCCUCAUGAUCUCGUAGGAAUGUUCUAACUUUGACACAGCCGCGUCUCAAUCUGCCUCUAUUCCAAAUAUUUCAAAGCAUCUGCAUUGUGUGAUCAGAAGACUUUGUUGUGUUCAGAUGAGUUCCUGUCUCUUGAACUAUCCCCACAGCGUGGGCGAGUGGGUGGCUAAUGGAAAGCCCCCCUUUCUAUAUCUUUUGGCUGAGGCCAUGGAAAACACAUGGCGAGGAAACAGGGUCUUGGAGGCGGUCCAGUUCAAUUUCAGAGCAUGUGCGCUGGGAAAUAAUUGACUUCCUCCGUGGUUUACAUUUUGUCGAGGGCCCCGGCGAGCACAGUCCGAGGCAGGUGGCUGAAUUAGCAUAUCACUGGAAACGAGACAGCUCAAGCCUGGGAAAUCCUGCACCCUGAGACUCCACAUGGCCAGAAAAAUCUCAGCAGGAGUAAUGAGUGAUGUCUCAGUGAGAGAAUCCCUUUGAGGCCAGGGGAGCAGCUCUUCAGCCCGGACCAGCUGGGGGGACACUUGUUAAUAUAGAGAUCAAUCCAGAGCAAGUUGCACCAUAACAUUACACUCAGAAAAUUGUAAUUCAGCUGGUAACUCCAAAGUUUCUUAAUAGAAUUCACACCGUUCUCAUCCAGCCGUGAGGUUAAGAUUAACACUCUCAUGCAGGAAAAUAUAGUGAGCCGUGACAUGCUACCAUCGAAAAUGCAAAUGUGACUUGUUAUUCAUGAAUCACAUACAGUAAAACUCGAGAAUAUCUGCUUCUAUGUCGGCCUUUGGUCUCCCAGCCUGACGUGAUGCCUCCUUCUUAUCUUUAUUUCUUUUUUCUUCUCUUAACAGAAUCUUACUUCGGGGACAGCUACUGCAGUUUACAGGCGGUCCAAGAUGUUUCCAGUUUCCAGCUGUCACUGCAGAUCAAAACGAGUAGGCGAAGUGGGCUGCUGUUACUGGCUGCAGGAAUGGAGGAUUACCUUUUCCUUGAGCUCCAAAACGGGAAAGUACAGGUAAAUGCUGAAUGUCGAAUUGAUGGAAUUAUUCUUAGACACACUCAAAAAAUGUAAGCACAUAAGUCCCCUAUAUGGUAUAAAAGUUGAUCUGUACUUCCAGUAUUAUGAGGAAGGCUGUGCAAUUAUUGAACAUGGUAUGAAAAGAUGUUUGCUCUGCCAAAAUAAGACACGAUAGCAUUUACUAUUCACUGUAUGAACCUCACUGACUGUUUAGGACCAUUAGGAUGUGUAGACGUCUCAUUUAUCAACAUUUGAAUUCCUCCUCUCGAUAUGUGUAGAGCUUUAAUUACCAGUGCAAUUACAGCUCUGUAUGCACAAACACGUGUAACACCAUCCAGAUUUCAACAGCAUUUGUGGAGUAGAAAGUAGGCACUUCAUUAUAACACAGCAGAGCUGGCAAAGAAUACAUGUUAUUAGAGCCCACACUUCGAUCACUUUCUGGAGCGUCCUCUGUGUAUUUAUCUGACACGCGCAACAAAACAGCAGCCUGACAUGCCAAACAGACUGUUUUACAAAUCCACAGCAUGAGGUAUAAUUUGUAUCCACAUGGGCAGCACCGCAUAGACAGUGUUUGGGGGACCUAAAUAAAUCAUGUGGAUUUUUGCAAAAAAUAAAAAAUAAAAACAGUUUUCAUGAAUAAAUAAGUCCUAAUUCUCUUCUCCAACUUCAGAGCCUGAAUGAUACCAGUGCUCGAGCCUGAGUCACUCGACUUGAGACCUGAAAAUCAGGACUCAUAAAUCAGGGUCUUAGUCAGACACAGGUCAAGUUCUGGACAUGAAUACUAAAGCACCAACACAAGCAAAAGUCUCAUCACUAAAUGUUCUGAUUGGAGGCAGUUUAACUACAAUAACUGCCUUUUUUGCUGAAUCCAACUCCCCCCAUGAACCCACAGUACUAAUCACAGAUAUAGUUCAGUGAGUCCGUGCUACAAACUAUUGUCCUAAAUUCAAUUUCCAAACAAGCCUCUCCAUUAUCACAAUCUGGAUUACCAGUUCAGAGGACAAUUUAAAGCACUGGAAAUGCUUUCAAGAUAAAAACAUCAAUAUUGGUCGAGUUGGAUAAUAAUCUAUGAACUCAGUAAAGCCUAUCAUUUCUAGGCUAUCAUAGUUGAAAUUACUUACAUUUGUGGUUACUUUACAGUAAAAUUUACCCCAAGUAUCAAAGAUCUCAAAAAUCAGAACACUUGGUUGUGACAUGUGAGACUAUCAUAGAUGCAACUCUCAAAACAACCUAAACUGAUGAUAUUUUUCUGCUGCCUUCUCUAACUGUCACUGAAUGAGUCCCUUGGUAUUUUACAUCAAUGAUAAGUUGCUUGACCACUUCCAAGUUCGAAUGGAUUCAGCAUACAAAUACCAAAGAAAAGGACAGUAUUUCGGGGUUUCCAGUUAGGUAAAAUCUUAAAUUAUGCUUCAUAAAAGACAAUGUUACCUUCACCUGUCUACUUUAACCUGCACCUCUGACUGAUUUAUGACAGACACUGCAAAAAGACUUGUUUGUGUGGGAAUUAGGUUUUUUAACUUUAUCUCCUUGAAAAAGAGGUACUUUGAUACUAUGAGUGAAACUUCUGGGAGUAGUUAUUUUUUGGGCAUAAUGAAGUACAGAGGAAAUAUAUGGGGGUCAUCAUAAAUGUAGAUAUGGCAAGAAAACAAAAUCUUAAUUUAAAAGUACAAGUGAUAUCUAGCUGUCGAGUUGUAAAUUAAACAUACUGAGACCUACAUGAAUGAUUAAUUCUAAUUCUAAGUCUGCAUUGCCAAAUGCUGCUGAAUACCCCACACUGUACCUUAAACUGCUCUGAGUCAACAAAUCAAACCCCAGUACACUCAAUUAGAUAAUUCAUAAUAAGUUAAUAGCAUUGAUACAGUUUACAAUUGUUGUCUGAAAAUGACUCCUGCAAUCAAAUAUACAAAAAAUGUAGGGCAGCACAUCAACCACGCCUCCUUCAGUAUUGGCUUGCAUUCAGAUCUACAAGGAGUCAAAUGUCAUAUAAUCAAUAAAUAAUUGUAAUAUCCCAUCCUGUUGUUUUUGCGAUCCUUGCUAGUCAAUCAUUACUGUGUUAAAAGAUGUAUCCUUGCCUAUAAAUAUAAUGUCUCUCUUGUUCCACAGGCACGGAUGAACAUGGGUGGUGGUGAGGUGACACUGACCUCAUCCCAAGGUGUACAACUCAACAACCUUAUGGACCACAAAAUCGCCCUCACGCUACAAGACGGCAAGCUCACCAUGACAAUAGACGAGCUUUACCCAACAUAUGUGCCGGUGGAUGACGAUGGGGAGCAGCUCAACAUUGACCAGGGCAUUUGGCUUGGAGGAACAGGAGAACUGGAAGCUUCCUACCUUAGCCUUAGCACUGCUAUCACCCCUUUUCGCGGCUGCAUGACUCAGGUCAAAUUUGAAUCCCAUCAGUUUGAUAUUAUCACCUCAGCAUUUAAACAAUGCCAUGACACCAAGGAAUCCUGCAGCAGUGAGUUUGAGGCUGGGGACGGGGAAGCGACAAGUUUCAGCACUCCUGAUUCCUUUGUGUCCCUCUCUACCUGGAGUGGGGCCAGCAGUGCUCCAAGGGCUUUAGAGUUCCUGAUGAAAACCACCAUUGAGGAUGCAUUACUUGUUUUCCAUCCCGGGCGAGAUUCAGACUUUAUCGCUAUCGGUGUCGUAAAAGGCUUUCUGAAAGGUAUGCUGGACCUUGGCAAUGGCGUGGAGGUACUGGAUAAUACCCAGGUGCAGCUGGAUGAUGAUCAGUGGCACAGAGUAAAAGUGGAGAUCAGUCAGAAUUCUUUCACCAUGAAUAUCGAUAGCCAGUCUGCCUCUCUACCUCUUGACCCAUCAGAGAAGUUGGACUUGGUUGGGAACUUGUAUUUGGGAGGCAUCCAGGGGAAAAUGAAGGAUGUUUUCCGUGAUAGUGGGUCUCUAAGUCAGGUAGAGGAGGAAAUGACAGCUGAAUCCUUCAUUGGCUGCUUGGGGGAAAUCAAGGUUAACCAGAAGGAUAGAAGCCUGCAGGAUGCUUUGGUGACAAAAGAUGUCCAUGUCAAAUGUGAAGGAGAGGACUAUGACUAUUCAAGCUACUAUGACGUUGACGCGACUACAACUUCCCCUCCUGUUCGCAUUCGAUAUAUUGAUAUGGAUUUAAACGAACAGCACUGCUCCCCAACAGAUGACAUGCCAGAGAUUUUCAAAAGUGUAAAAAGGCUUCUUGAUGUUGUCCCUCUGUUUGUACCAGAGGGUGGGGAAGUCGCUCUUGACGCUCUCAACCUUAGACCAACAUUUGACCUCAGUGCUGCAGGAAUGCGCCAGUCUGACAUCAUCUUCACAGUCACGAAUGAUCCCUGGUAUGGCUAUAUUGAUAUAAACACAAGCACAAAACGCACAAACAAGUUCACCUUUCUUGAUAUCCUCAACAAAAAAAUCAAGUACACACAUGACGCAAAUGAAAGUUAUGCUGAUCAAAUUCAGCUACAAGUAAUGGCUACUAGUAACGGCUACCUCCCAGAGUGUCUAAGAACUCCCCGUGAGUAUAUCCUCCCAGUUGAAAUUCUUCCAGCCAAUGAUAUAACACCACUUGGUGGAGGAGAAAUCACGAUCACAGAAAAUGGUAGGACUCGUUUGAGUCCCGACCUCGUCAAAAUCACAGAUGCAGACUCCCGUUGUGAUGAACUGGUAGUAACUGUAACCUCAGAGCUUCCUGCAGAAGUUGGAUAUUUAGAGAAUGGUCAGCAGCCAGGAAGAAGCAUCUCAGAGUUUUCUUGCAGGGACUUAAAGGAUGGGAAUAUCUUUUUUGUACACAGAGGUGGAAGCUCUGCUGAAAUUACCUUCGAGGUAUCUGAUGGACAAUCAGUGAGCCAUUCAACGUCUCUUAAGUUAGCAGUGACAGCACCACACAUGACUCUUGUCACAAACACUGGGCUUCUCUUGUCCCAAGGAACCAAUAUGUCUUUUGGUGUUCAACAGCUGGCUGUCAUUGGUCAUCCUCGCAAUGGAGAGAUCACGUACAACAUCACACAGCCUUUGAUGUACGGAGAGCUACAAAAAAUGACAAGUGAGGGAACAUACAAGCAGGUUGCAACUUUCCAUCAAACCGAUUUGGAUCAAUCCCGCCUUAGAUACGUCAGCACAGACUCCACUGACCAGGAAGAUGUUGUGGUUGAGCGGAUUCAGUUUGACAUCCACUUAGGCCAAUUUGCCCUCAGGAAAAACACUUUCUUGGUCAAGAUCAUGCCUGCACAAGUGAAAGUUUCCAACAUGGUGCCACUGGAGAUGCAGGCUGGUGAAGAGCUAACAAUUGGAUCUACAGAGCUGCAAGCAGAGGUGAUAGGGAAAAACACAGAUCCACAAACUUUAAAGUACAUCCUUGUUAGGCCUCCAACUCUUGGUAGUCUAAUGUUGGCCGAUAAAGAGCUGAAUGAGGGUGACACCUUCACACAGAAGGACCUUUCGGACGAUGCACUUAGCUACAAAGUGCGUGUGCAGAGAGCUGUGGAUAGCACCGACCAGUUCACGUUCAGAGUCCUUGCUGAUGAUCAGUACUCCCCUCUGUACACCUACCCUAUCAACAUCCUUGGCACUGUAGAUGCUCCUGCUUUGACCAAUGAGAGGCUGGUUGUCCUGCAAGGUGGUGAGCAGACUCUAAAUAAACACUAUCUUUGGGUGCAGUCCCCAGACUCUACAGAUUUGGUCUACACAGUCACAAAAGGGCCAAAGUACGGGCGCCUGAUAAGAGAUUCUCCACCCGGGCAGCCAAGAUUUGAGGGGGCAAUUAGAGUAUUCAGUAAUGAAGACCUUGAGCUUGACAGGCUUAUUUACAAGCAUGAUGGCUCCAAAACAAGUGAAGAUGAAUUCUACUUUUCAGUGACAGAUGGAGAAGCAGAAAGUCCGGACAGUCAAGCAACAGUAACAGAUGUUUUUAAGAUAACUAUCCAAUCCAAGAAUGAGCACGCACCAGUGAGGGUUGUGGAUAAAGUUUUCAAUGUAGUCCGUCAUGGCCAGCGUCUGCUAACAACCGAUGUCAUCCAGUUUAAGGAUGAUGACUCAGGUUUCAAUGACACCCAAAUUGUCUUUGCUCGUGAGGGGAUCCUCUCAGGCAACAUUGUCUCCAGAUCUAACCCUUCGCAGCCCCUGUUUCGUUUUACUCAAGCCGACCUGCGAGAUAAGAACGUUCUCUUCCUCCACCAUGGUGCAGACCGCGAAACCUUCUCACUCCAAGUGUCAGAUGGUUUCCACAAGACCACGGCACUGAUUCAGAUACAAGCAAGCGAGCCCUACCUUCGUGUUGUCAACAACACAAUCAUUGUCAUCGACCAUGGGAGCACCAAGACACUGAACACCACCCUGUUAAGCGCUGACACCAACAUGGACAUCAGGGAUGACAGUGAAAUCAAAUUCCAGGUCACAUCCGCACCCAGCGAUGGAAGGAUUAUUGUAAGUGGGAUUGAGGCUUCAGCGUUCACCCAGGAAGACUUGAAAAAGGGAGUUGUGUCCUAUGAGCAUAAUUAUGAAAGUCUCAGGUCCAAGGACUCUUUUAGCUUCAUCGUCCAGGCGAGAGGGCAUUCUGAAGAGGGCACGUUCAGGAUUAAGAUAUUCAAGCAAGGUUACCUGUCUGCGCCUGAGGUGAUAACUAAUAAAGUCAUCAUCUCCUAUGAGGGGGAGCACACCAUUAUCAACAAGGAUUAUCUCAAGGUAUGUUUGCAGAUCCUGUAAUCCCAGUAUGUUAAGCAAAACCUAUGUUUUUCACUCACUGGUAGAUUGAGAACUUAAAAGUAACAGAUGCUUUUCAAAUUGCAUUGCUGGUGGGCAUUUAAUCCAUUCAACAAGACAGCAUUUAGUCUUCACACAAUCUGGCAGUGAUUAUGUGACAGUACAUAGUUUGUCCUUUUUCAAGUUUAUUUUCUCCUUGUGAAAUGGAACUUUCACAUGACAUACAAGCACACUGACAUGUUUCGUAAGCCAGUCUCUAAUCUACAAUGUAACCACAUGAAAGCUGGGCUAAAAGUGACUGCACAGCUUCUGCUUUGAAACGAGUUUACGUACUAAAUUACAGUCUAUUAAGUGAGGAAAACAGAGUGCUAAGCAUGCCCCAGAGGAACUUCCUGAAGCCCACUGUAAUUUAUGAAAUGAGCCUGCCUGCACUUUAUCUGCGGCACAAUUAAUGAGGUUUGAAUUGUCUUUCUAUUGAUAACACAGUCUGUGUACACCAUGACUGUCAAAAUACUAAAAAACAUCAGUGAAAGUUACUUUUUCUUUCCUGCAAGUGCACACAUUUCAAAAUUAGAGUAAUUCUCUAACAGAUAUUUGUGAGAUAUGUGUUCUAAUAACACUAACAGGUGAAAUUUAGAUUAAAUUUCCAAAUAUAUGCCCUUACUAUGAAUUUAACAAAUAGUGUGAUGCACAAAAGUUUGUCAGAUAAAAGCAUGACCAAGACUUUAGGCUCCAGACAGUUUAUUAAAUCUUCUCAAAGUCAGCCAAUCAUAAAUCUGCAGCAUCACUCAAAAUGCUUCAAACUACUUCUAUUCAAGUAUGUGUUCAAUGUACUGUCACAUCAUCUCCAUUAGAUAUGGUUUCAGAUUUGAAUAAUCAUAAUUUAAUGUUUCUUUGCCCUUUAGGUGGAUCAAGCUGAUAUUCUGCCAGCAGAAAUGGUGUUCACCAUCAAAACACUCCCUAACCUUGGCCAUGUGGUUAAACUGACAAACAGCUCAGACAGCUCGACCUCGUCUGUCCUUGACUACAUUCAUUCCUUCACCCAAGAGGACAUCAAUCUGGAGCACAUUUUCUAUGUGUCUACAUCCACCCAGGUUUAUUGUCUUUCUCUUUAUUCUGUUGUUGUAAAUCACAUGUGGCAGCUUGUUCUCUUUCAUAUCCAUACCAAGAGUAAAAUCUGACAAAAGACCUCCUCAGCCUCUGAUGAGGCACAAGGCUCAUUUUUAAUACUUAUUUGAAUAUCCAUUUCCUUUCAGGGCACUGAUACCUUCACUCUGGAUGUCAGCAACGGUUUCACCACAGUGGAAGACCUGCAAAUCUUUGUGGACAUCAUGCCACGGAUCAUCCCCAUCCAGACCUUCAACUUCACCGUAAAGGAAGGCCUCAGUAGAGCCAUAAACGAAGACGUUAUUAACAUCACACACCCUUUUUUCAGCUCAGCAAUCGUUGAAUUUGUUGUGGAAGAGCCACCGCAGCAUGGGGACAUCCGCUACCUGGACGGACCAGAUGAACUCCCAUACUUUUCAUGGGAAGAGGUAUGUACCAACAUAAUGGAAGAAAUCUGUAAAUGGAGCUUUCCAUCACAGGUUUCAACAACAAAAUACCAUCAAACAUCUGCACAUAAUCAAACCAACCUGCAACCUUUGAAAACACACUCCCUCUUCUCCUCUGAUUCACCACUGAGUGUUUGUCUUAUCCUCUCAGUCACAUGUCAGUCAGUCAAGUGAGGUCAUUAAGAGAGCAACGGUGGAAAUGUGUGCAAGGUGCAACUAUUUUACAAUUUGUUAAAAUUACAGUGAAACAGUUGCAGUUGGUUAAAUUUAGUAACCAACAAUUGGUAAGGUUUAGAGACCAAAUCAAGGAGAUAGGAUCAGAAACUAUCAUCAAUUUGGCAGCUUGAGAAUGAAAAUGUAAUUUUGUCUUGUUAUUGUAUAGACCUGGUCCAUUUUCCAGAAACUAAAUUUAUGAUAAUCUCAUUAAUACUUUAUAACUAGCAGAUUUAACUGAACUCCAUGCACCUGGUGCAUUGUUAAUGACUGUAUCAGGGUUGCCAGCUGUACGAUAAUUAUCAUAUUUGUAUGAUAAUUUUGCCCUCUGUACGAUGUACGAUCAAUUACCCAGAAAAGGCUAAAUGUACAAUAAUUUGACCGUUAUGUGAACAUGUGGUGCAAUGGAACAGUCUCAGUCUGCCAGACACUUUAUUUUUCAGUUUUUUGUUUGCGAACCCUAAACCCUGUACCCUGUACCCUGUACAAUAAUUUUCCCAAAAUACGAUAAUUUUGAGUCUCUGCUAUGAUAAUUCUAUAUUUCCCAUCUGGCAACACUGGACUGUAUGCAAUAUUUUAAAGAUUUUACACACACAGCAUCCUCAAGAAACAUGGUAUGUAGCGCACUAAACUUCUUACUAUUAAUCCAACAUCUUAAAUUGUUGCAAUGAGGUCACUGUUUAGAUUUGGGAUAUGACAGACAGCCACCCGUUCUGCUAUAUGCACUAAAGAUUCAGAUUCUCAAGUUUAUUGUUAGUGCAAUAGGGUACAGCAGCUCUUCGGCACGGUUGCAAGAGCUUAGUUUUCCCCCUCAGCAAGGACUAAAUGUGACAUUUUCUGGUAUGCUUAUCAUAGUUUUUGCAGAACCAAUCCUGUUUGCUCCUAUUUACAUAAAAAGUAGUGCCCAGUUUGAGACCCGAGGUAAAAUCUGUCUAGAAACCAGUUUGGUUUCCUUGCUGUUUCCAUGUUUUCACUCAGAUUCUGGCAUUGUUUGCACCCCACUUCCAAGCUUAGUAAAAACAAAACCCAGACUUCUUAUUUACCAAAUGAUUGCGUCCACAGAAUAGCUACCAUAUGUGUGCGACAGGUUUUGCCAAACUCACCCUCGCAUUGGACACUAAAUCACAUUUAGAGAAGCAUCUCAGUAGUUUGGAUUAAUUUCACGGAUUAUAUCUUCAGGACUCAAUACAUCAUACACCUGGGUUUCAUUUGGACGAAUAUUGUUUAUAUUUUUGUCACUGUGGGACCAAAACUUCCCAGAAACAAACACUACAAGUUCCCGACUAUCUUAAUAACCCCAGGGAGUAAGACAUCUUCUUUUACUCGACUACGCCGAGGAGGCUGUGGAAGAGGGUUUCAUCAAAUAAUCAUCAUGGAACUUUCCUCACUUUCCACUCAGAGCUGUUUUGGAUUUGUUGUGUUGUUCCUGAGAGAGAGGAGAGAGGAUCUGGGAGCCGCUGCAGCACAGUUAUCUGGUCUCCCUCCAUGUGGUUCAGAGGCCCCAGCUUUAGGAAAGUAUUAAAAAUGCAUGAGUAGAUACCGGUGGAAAAACCUCAUGCAUUCUGAGAGGACCACAUAGUUUAGUGGAGCUAGUUAGAGGCAGAUCUUAUAGCUCCUGCAUGUAGCCCUGGUCUGCCUCUGCUCCUCUCCACUUUGCUGAACCAUGGUGGAAAAACUGACGGGGCCUUUCGGACUGCCCCAAGCCAAAAUAAACUGGCACGGUGUAUUCCUGUAAUAAUAUGUAGUGCACACCAAACUCCCAUGCGUUGCUACUGCCAGACUCGCUCAUGCUGCCUCUGAAAGGUCCCUGUGUAGAAGUCAAACGGCCCCGCUGCAUAGAAGUGAUUACGCUGGUAGCGGGGAGGCGAAAUGAACAUAGAUAUCAUCAUCUGCCACUAUGGAAAUGUCAAGGAGAGAAAAAGCUUUUAUUUAUCCUGCUUCUUGGAGUGUUUUUAUGUGCGUAUGGGGUGCACUUUUUCAUUUUCUUACACCGUUAUAUACACAAUGAAACAUAGUCAGUUCUCCCAAAUGACUACCACAUUGACGAGUUAAUGUCCAAGCCUCAGUCUGCGCAUCAUUUGAACCAGAUGGUAAUUGUUCCAAAAUGAAAGAGGGACGUAUUUAGACUCUUCUGUGUAACACUGGGGUGUUUUUUCCCAGAGUUCAACCCUGUUAUAAGCUCUUCUGGACACGUAUUCCUCCUGUCCCCUGGAGUGGGCGCUGGACUUGGUAGAGUGUGGAGUAUUUUCGGAAUAAAGUCAUGAUUCAAGGGGGUUGUAUUAAGCAGUGUGGGGCGUGAAAGUGCUAAAUUAAAUUGAAUGCACUCAUGUUUUGGUGAAGAGUGGACAGGGCAGAUCAUUUUGCAACUCGAGAAUGAAAACAUGAGCACUGUUCAACCCUGGAGUCACAAUCACAAGAGUUACCGAGAGUUACAGCUCCCAGAUUUACCAAACACAGAAAAAUCUGGACCGAUCCAAAUGUGCCAAAACCACAUUUGGUUUCAGAGCAAAACAAUUUUUUAAAAUUGUGUUGGUUCAGUGUUUCUUGGCCUGUUUACUUUAGAAAACAUGAAGAUCAGCCCUCCUGAGAGUCAGAACCUCUUGCUAAAUGUUAGUUGGGUUGAAGUUUUCAAAACUACGAAUUUUCUCUGUGUUUGAUUAUUAAAACACGCUAACAUUGAAAUUUCUUGUCUUUUCUACUAAAUAUCUGCCCACAACUCUACAAUAAUAACUUGAUAAUCUGUUUAGUUAAAGAAAAGUUACUGAUUUAGGAUUAGAAAUUAAAGUCUGAGGCUCUGAACUCAGCUUUGAACCAUCUCAAUUUAAGCCUGAACAUGAUCAGUACUAGUAUUGAGGUUAUGUAAGCUUACAGUCACAGUGGGGGUAAUAGCAGAGCUCCUCAUGCAGGAGAUCUAUAGGACCCCAACCACAAGAAUUUACAGUUGAGUGUGCACUUUGUGGCCCAGAUGUGUCACAUAAUCCCGGCCAGACAAUGUGAGGCUCUCUGUUUGCACUUUGCUGACUGUGAUUUAUUCUGACGUGGAACAAUUAAACCAAGAGUGCAUCUAGCAACAUAUGUGACUCUGACUGGGAUCCAGCUUGAGGAAACACUAAAACACUUCUGCUUUAAUCUGGGACGACUCUCCAUCAGGUCUCCAUUAGGCCCUCUAUCGUCAAACCUAAUGAGGUCCACACGUGCAUCUUUAUUUUAAAGAACAGGAUGUUUCAGAAUCAGUUGCGCAAGCUCCCAGGUUUACUUUAGGCGCACAUUGUCUAAGACUUAACAUCGAUCAAAAGUGAAAUUUAACACCGCUACUAUCGAAAACUAACUCGAGCGUGAGUUUUCCACCGAAGGCCACACGUCCAGAAACCACCUACUGUUUAUUGUCCCAGCAAGCGGACCAUUUGUCUCGCUGACUUUCCCAGAUCAGUAAUGAUGAUAGGGUUGUUAUUCCAGAAGGAUGCCAGUCAUAUGGGAUCCAUUUGGCACUUCCUGCGCUCUGAAGCACGUCCUCUCAUCGCAGCAGCUCAGCGGAUUAUGACUAAACAAAGUUCCAACUGUCCUCAGAGCAGAGGAGGACGCUCGAUCUCUGUAAAUUUGCCAAAAAGCGUCAGAGCGAGAUUUCACAUUGGCAGAUCAUUUGAUUCAGAUAUGGUUACACGAGUGAGAAACAGGAGCAGAGGAUUCUGGGAGUUCCUCUGCAUGCAGGAAGUCGACAGAGUUGGCCUGGCUUCUCUGCAGGUGCUGUUUUCCAUCCAGCUCAGUUGACACUAUAAGACUGAUUUCUUUGUGCGUCUGGUCUCCCUCAGAGUCUUGUCCCACAUGGAGGAUUCUCCUCGGUCAUGUGCUGCUCACAGACUUUUAGACCAGAUUACUGCUCUUGUGCAUAAUCUCUAACAGCAUAUGGGACGUGUUUUUGACUAAAAAGAUCUGGUUUAUUAUAGUUUUGUUUAAAUAGCCUCUUCCUCUGUCCUCUGAAUAAUAUGAAGCUAUAGUCAGAAGACAGUUAUCUUAUACAAACACAAGACGACAACAGCUAACCUACAUACCUCCACUUUUAAAGCUCCAGUGUGAAACUUUUGGUUUGUGUCAACUUUGGCGCCCCCUGUGGUAGGGCUGGGCGAUAAAAUUAUAACAGCAUUUAUCGAAAAUUAUUUUCCUUCCUUCAAUAUAAAACAUGGUCAAUAUGCCUUUUGAUAAUCAGCAUUCUGCCAUAUUUUGGUAGAUUAUAUGAAUAGUCAAUGAAAAGGGGAGUUUCUCCGGGUCCACUUCACGCUGAACCAAUCAUGUGCUAAGUAGCAAACAACUGCGUAGUAGCAGGCAGCAGCUACACGCAACCAUAACACUUUAACACGUGAAGCCAACAUAACUGUCAGUGAGAAAAAAAGAAAAUGAGUGCUACCCCUGGCAGAAAGGCAGAUGAAGGUUUAACAGAUGACAACAUCGUCAACAACACUGGUACAGAGGUAUUUUGUUUUUUUUGAGGUUGGACAUGAAGUGUAGUAAUGUGCACUGCAAAUUAUGUCAAGUAAAUGUUCUCGUAAAGUCAGAGAAUACCUCAAAUCUUUUUCACCACCUGAAGCAGAGCAUGCGCAAUGCAACAUGUCACAAACCCAGAGCAGAGCAAGGAGCCUACGGCACCUGUGCAGCCGAAACUAACAAAUGACAUCUCCACUUACAGACAAAACGCAGAAGAGACACAAAGACCUCACAGAUGCAGUAGCUUAUUGAAUUGGAAAAGACAUGCUACGAAUACACACUGUUAAAUUUCAUUUUUCAUAUCCUGAUAUAUAUCGAUAUCGACUGAUAUGAAAAAAUUAUAUCAUUAUAAAUCUUUUUCUGUAUCACCCAGCCCUACCCUGUCGUCAAAGCAGUUUUUGCAUAUCUGGUCCUGUACACGCUUCAGUGUGUCAUCUGGCAAAAAAAAGAAAAUCUCAUAAUUCUGUGUUUUGACAAACAGAUUUAUCUUUAAUUGUGAAUAUCUUGCGAAACAGGAUUGUUUCUUCAGCUGCUUCACAGACACAUAUCUACUCGCACCAGUUUAGGCAUUUAAAAUAACUAGUUUCAGUCAUACCAACACAAUAAAUCAAUUUUCAGAGUGGAUGGUGGUUCUUUUUGGAAAUGUCAGACUUCAAUGAAGAAAAACACACAAAAUCAAAACUCUCCACUGUGGUUUAAACUAACUCUGUACAAGUACGCAAAGAAAGGAGAUUUUUACUCUUAAAGCACUUGUGGGACUGGAGUUUUAACUCAAAGCAACAUCCUGCUGUGUUAAGACCCGUUAGUCUCUGAUUGUGCUGACUCAGCCUGCUAUCAUUACAUCCGUGCACUCACAUAAUUCAUCGUUUCAUUGUGCCAUGUUUUGGUCAACAGCGUUUCCUGGAUCAAAUCAUUUGGCUUUCCACUCUUGAAGACCCUCAGCUUAUAAAGAUCAGGCAAAUUAUAAAACUGGACUGAACCAGAUUUUUCCUGCGUUCUCAUGUACUCUAAGCGGAGAUGAUACGGGAUGAAAAGGGGAUGUCAGUGGAAACUCUCGAGAUUUACAGCUUUUCAUAAAGUAGUUGGACUGAAAAGAGGCAGAUUUCGAACUCACUGUGGAACAAUAGAGGCAGCAGAGGCAGAGGCAUUUUUGCUUUGAGUCCCCAGAACGGGUCAGGGUCCAAACCAACACUGCUGGUCUUUUGAACGCCUACAAGUUUCAAACGCAGCUUUGUAACGCAGACGUCUGUUAUUAAUCUGUGGACUUAAAAACAAAGCUGAUCAGUUAAAGUUAUAGAAAACAUACAGCAGUGUCACAGGCCGUCCUCAUCAGGGUGUUUUCAGAUUCACGAGGCCUGGACGGAGUCUCAAAAAGCAGCCGUCUUUAGAUGUGGGUGAUUUGAGAUUCACAGCUACCCUGUAUUUUUAUUACACCUUUUAGCCCCCCCUCCUGUUUUAUUUUAUGAUGUGACAACUAGAUCCUUUUUUUGUCUACCUCAGGUGAAACUUGGACACAUCUACUACAUGCAUGACAGCACUGAGAGCACCGAAGACAGCUUCACACUCCUUGCCUCCAUUUAUGACAAUCAGCGGCGGAGCCUCCCUGUCACCAUCGGAGUGACUGUCAUCCCGGUCAACGACGAGCCGCCCAAACUGAUACACAACACGGGACUGGAGGUAACGUUCUGCUCCCUAAAAGUGCUUUUGCUCUUACUUUCUUACAACACACUCGAUGGUAAACGGAGAGAAAAAUGCUGCUGUGCGACAAUCUUUUAUGCCUGUGAAAACCUAAGCUUUGUUUUUGUUCGUUUUUCCUGAUACCUCUCCUCUUCUCCGUUUAUUUCAAGCAGUGAAAGUCGUCUGUUUGUGACCGAGGAGAGAAACUUUUUUUACUGUGACCUUUCAAAAACAAGGGAAUGAGGUUUUUUUAUCAUAAAGAGAUGAAACUAUGGGGAAAACAAUUUGCUUCCCGGCAAGUUUUUUAUCAGUUCCAGUGCUCAAUUUAUUUGACGCUGCUUUAUGUGCAUAUAUUUACUUUCUCUCCUGCAUUAUUUUAAUGAAAAACACUUCCAGUUGUGCCCAUGAUUGACAGGCUUUCCCUCCUGACUUUGCAUGAACGGUCUGAUUCCCAAACAAAAUCAAAGCGGAAGCAGGAUAAAUUGCUUUUUAAUGCUUGACGAGAUUUUUAAGUUGUAAAGACGUCAUUGGAGCGUGUACGGCUUUGCUGCUUUGUGUUUAUCUUGAUAUACUUUGAUUUUCUGACAAAACAGCCUUUGAAUUAAGAAGCUCUUAAAUGUUUGCUUCAAGACUGAAGAAUCUCCCUGAAUCUGAGCUUUGGGUUAAAAAUCUUUGAGGUUUAAGUUAAAAUCCGAGUUUAAAGAAUUUAUAAACUUUGAACUCUGAAUGAACCCCGCAGUUAUUUUUCACAUCUAUACUGAAAACUUGGAGCUGCAGUCUACUUUCAUGAAUCCUGUGUGAACCUAGAAUUGUAUUCACUUUAUGCAGUAAGAUUUUUUCACUUGGACACAGAAGGAUGCUGACCUCUCAGGCGAUGACGCAUGCUGAAUCAGUGCGGCGGUGGCCUCCGCAGCACUUUGUUAAAACAAAGAGCCAUAAAAUAGAAGUGAAUUUGCAUAUUCUUAGCUUGACUGCUCUGAAAAUGUGAAUCAUGUGCGCUACAGAGGCUUACAAGGGCGGUGAUUCACUACUGUAUUCACUGAGUGCAGUACCAAGCAGAUUUUCAGGUAUACAUUAUGUGUGUGCAUUUUAAUGAGGCCCCUAAAUUGCUGAUAUGUCAGUUUGUACCCGAACAGGAAAUAAGGAGACGUAGGAUCCUUAUCACAGAGUUUAUACUGAUCCUUUAACAGAGACACCUGAUCCUACUGUAUGUAAAACACCUCACAUUUAUCCGUUUGCUGAAAAUAAGACAUGGCCUGCAAACAUCCUCUACUCAACAAUACACCGGUGUUUAACUCUUUAAGUCUUUAACAAGGUUUUAAGUAUUUUAAAGGUCCAUCAAGUGACAGGCAUAAAGCUAAGUUUACAUGCUGAAACCUUUUGAAGUGUUUUGCAUGCUGGUUGUGCUUUUCAACAAAAUUAAAAAAGAAUCUGAGCACCACUUAUCCAGAGAAGACAAUGGAAAGAUUAUAAUUCAAGGACUUUCACGAUCUCAUAUCUUAGAUUGGCAGAGGCACGUAAAUUCCUGUUUGUUAAAAGUUAGAAUUAGUGGUCAACAGAAGCACAUUUUAGAUGCAUUUUGAGUUAUUUCAUGAUACACAAAGCUCUAAAAUAGAUGUCAGAAUAUGACAUAUUUAUGCCAGAGGCAAUAUUGAACUUCAAUCUUUUAUAAAUCACAACAAAACACAAAUCAAAUACCUGUGAGUAACACUUAAAUUUAAUCUGCUCAUGUAAAAGGAUGUUGACAUUGAUUUUUUCCAAAAGCCAUGAAUCGAGUUAUCUUCAGUUUGAAGCCAGGCAAAGAUUACUAUCAACUUCUUUUUACUCAGAUCUUCCUUGCAGGUUUGUGUAACUCUCAGGUGAAAAAACCCACAACUUGGCAUCACAUUAGGGUCGUGAAAGGACGUGACUGUUACAUAAUACACUAUGGGUGAUAAAUUCUUGGUGUUAUAAUGAAAUUUGCUGAGAGAAACUGUAAUAAGGAGAGGACAGGAGAGGGUACUGACAGCUGGUAAGGUGUUCUGGUACACUAAAGAAGUCUCGGUUCACCAAAGGGAUGAAUUCAGAAUUGGUGGCGCUGCGUUGUUGAGUGUACCAGCCAAUAAAAUCACGGAUAAGUAAUUAAUGUAAUUUAUGAGCAACAAGUUAAUGAGUUCAUUUUGCAUGUAAACAGUUAAUGUGGUGGAUUAAACUUCUGAGGAAGACUACUUUUCAUUUAUUUGAUUCGUGAAGUAACAUCCAGAAAAUCAUAAGAAGACUAGACACCUUGUGUUUUUGUACCCGGGAGCAAAAUAAACACUCUCCAAAAACUAAGACAUGCUCAGAAGGCCUGAGCAGAGGGACAAUAUUACAUUGAGUAUACAAGCUAUGUCAUUACACCUCAUUAUAGAGCCAAAACUGUGAGUUACCAAAAAGAAAGCAUUAAAAUCAAAGAAGUAAAAAUGUAUUUCAACUGAAAGCUUUUACUUUCAGCCAUGCAACUAUUUAAAGUCCGGUACGCAAGAACCUGCAGCCCUUCUCCUGGGCCUGCAUGUGAUGUGCACAAAGGUCUGACUGUGAGUAGCACUGCUCUGCAAACUUUUCGACACUAUCUUUUGACCAGAGCGGACAGGAAUUUCCUCUCUACCACUAAAUCAUUUCAUCACAACAUGUUUGUUGGUUUUCAAAAGAAAGGUGUUGGUUCAAUGGCGCUUCAUAUAAUUGGAUCUACAGUAAGUUCAGCGUUCUUGCAACAGGCUUUCAGACUGAUUUACGUCAGCCUUGAAAGGAAACUUUGAAAGAAUCAAUAAAGUAGAUUCUCCUCUCCGAGCAGGCAGGCAGGCAGUUGGAAAAAAGCAGCAGUAAUCAGCUCACAGAACUGGAAACCAACUGUGUCAUUCAGCCCUCCCUGCUCUGCCUGCGGCUCCGCGUCUCCCUAGCAACCCGUAUUUUUGGAAAACCAAGAUGGUCGACGAGACCGCGGCUUUUCUGGCAGAGUGAGGGCGGCAUCCAGUCCCAGUGCCUCCUCUGCUGCGGCUGCAGAGAGUAACAUAAUGAUAUGUGGAUGUCUCCACACAAAGAGCCAGGGCUGACCCAGCUGAACUGGGAUUGAUUUAAAGCAGGAAGUGUGUGUGCGUGUAGUGACCUCUGCAGCAGAUGAUCAGACAUGAUGACUAACAUGGCCGUGAUCGAGCUCUGCUCUGCUCAAGCUCACUGCUGAUCCCAUUUAGCCCCUUCCAUAGGAUACAGCUGGUCUCGAUUAGUGUUCGUACUCUGUCUCAGCCUGACUCUGUCUGCUUCUGCCUCACUCUGCUCUUCCUCCAAACAUUUGUCUCUUUGGGUUAGUCGAACUUCCAGACAACUUCCUGUUCAUCAAUAAAUCAGUCAAUCAAACAUACUAGUCUGUCUGUUUCUCUAACACCAUAGCCGCGUAUUUAACUAUUUAUCACUUUACCCAGACAGCAGAGUGUUAAUCCAUCUAUUCACAUUUAUCUAACCAACCGUUCUUCUCUAAUCUGUACUUAUUGGCUGGCUAGCCCAUUAACGUUCAAGCUUGCUAUAUAUUUGUCCUCUAUCCAUCCAUUACCCAGUUAGCUUGUCUGUGUCUGCCUAUCUCUUUAACAACUAUUAAUCUAACUAGUUCAUAGAUCAGUUCAUUUCAAAGGACUAAUUAAUUGACAUAGGAAGCAAACAAUUACAUGUCCAAAUGAAGUUAAAAAAAAGGGGAAAUAAAGUACAAAAUACUAAACUAUAAAUAGACAAAUUUAGGCGGGAAAGCUAAAUUAUUAUAUCACUUUAAAGAUUAUUACAGAUGAUUUAAGAUAAUAAAACAGAAAAUUAUGUCAAAAUAAAGACUGUAAAUACAAUUAAAACUGUCAGUCUUAGGUACUUAUUUAUAGGAUGAAAAUAUAUACUUUGAUUGUAUAUAGGUUUAUUUAUAUAAUUAGAUACUAGGACAUGAUAGAUCUGUUUUUCAUGCUAGUGAUCUAGCCAUGUAUUUCACAGUGUCUGUCUAUUUGUUAUUAUUUAAUUCCUGUUAUUGAUUAUCGUUAAUAUUUUGUUAUUUUGGCGCUCAUAUACAGUUGUUUAUUGAGCUAGUUAGCUUAGUAUCAAGUAGCCUAACUGUAGUCCAAAGUCUAACCAGCCUACCAGCAUGCUACCUAUCUCUCACUGUUACAAUUCUAUCUAGAUAGCUAGCUAGCAAGCUAUCAAUCUUACUAUCGAUCUGUUCAAUCUUUUCUCCUAGCCUGAUCAUCUGUCAUAAUAAUCCUACAGCUACCUAGCCCUAUAUCACCCCACAGUGUCAUCUCCUUAUUGCCUUCCUCAUUAUUUAGCUAAAUAGCUAGCUAGUUAGCUCACUUUCAUUGAUAUUAGUCUUUGUCUUUGUUCAUUUUUAUUAGCUAGCCAGUUAACUCUCAAUUUAACUGUGCCAGUUAGUCUCACUAUAUUAGUUAGCUUUUAAAUUAGUUAUAUUUAAUCUAUCCAGUCAUUUCCUUUCUGUUUAUUGAGCUAACUAGCUCGCUUCCCUCUAUCUUACUCUUGGUCCCCUGACCAACUUUUAUUUGCUAGUCAGCUAACUCCCUAUCAAUUGAACUGUCUGUCUGUCUGUCUGUCUGUCUGACUGAUUAAUCCAUUGAUAGUCAACUGUCUAUAAAUAAUUUUGCAGCUCUAGAUAGAUUUUGUUUUGAUGUUUUUUUCCUUUUUUCUAGCGUUUUAUCCAACUGUAGAUCUCUUGAUUUAAUCCGUCUCCUCCUUGCUGCUUGUGCACAUGACCAUCAAGUGAUAGAUGAAGUUUCUUGUUUAAUCUUCCUCCUAAAACAGAGCAGGGACUCAGACUAAAACCAGUUAUUUUGGUGGGUAAACUGUCUCUAUUCGCAUCGCUGCAGACUGGGUGGUGAGACUAAACUGGAACAUCAAUACUGUCGUCUUUCCUCCCUGACCAUAAACUACGGCUUAGGUGAUGACAAUGAAUUAUAACCUUUCUUGUUGUUGUUGUUGCCUGAUGGUUAGUGCACCUCUUCUUCCACACUCUCUAAAUAAAGUAGAAAUACACUGAUGUCCUCAGCAGAGAGACCAGCCAGGAUUAUAGCUGCCAGGUCAGUUUGGGAUACGGCCUCAGACAUUCGGUGUCUUUUAGAGUCUCAGACCAUUAAGAGACAGUCGUAUCCUGUUGAGUCAUCAGCAAACUGAAGUCGUUUGCCAAUGGCAGCCUCUUCGUUACCUUCUCCAAAUGAAAUAUCAGGCAUUGUGUCUGAUCAAAUUAGAUUUGCAGCCCAUCCUCUUAGGUGCUAAAUGCAUUGAUUGUUAUAUAAACCAUCAAUUUGAGAGUCCAUUUUGCUGAUUACCUGCCCCAGAUUGAGUGGUGCUUUGCUGGAGUGCAGGGUGGGAUAAUGUGGCCAUCUAGUGUUGGAAUCUGAGUACUGCAGCAAACAUCAAAACUAGUGCUGACAGUAGAUUGAAAACAGUGACGUGACCUGAUUUAAAACAUGACACAUUUUCUUGAAGACACUGUUUCACCCCGAGGCUUUUGAAUUUGAUACUUCAGACAUUAUUUUGGUGUUUAUUCCCCUGAUUGAACCUCCUGUUUUAUCAAGAGGAUGAGUAGACUUUAAUUAGCACUGUGGUGUAUUACACAAUUAUCUGUUUUCAGCUUGUUUUUACAGUGAUCUGAGUUAUUCUAGGACACCGUUUUGAAAUCAUAGAGUAAUAAAGCUGAAAAAUAAGAGUUUGUUGGAUUUUUGGACUAAGGACACAGGACAAAAGAAGCUAUUUAUCUACUAAUGAGUCCCUUCAGGUAAUGUACACUAUCUUACCAACUUGCAGACUUGUACUGGAGUACAGUGAGACAACAUGAUAACGCUGCUAUAAGUGGUAAACAAUGCUGCAGUGCACUCUUCACACCAGUAUAACACCAAUCUGGGGAUGCAGCUUUAAAGGUCAAAGUUGAAAACUGUUUGGCACAUCACUACUUUGACACUACACCACAAAACUUGGUUGUAGGGUCUUUUUUAAGUUUCUGAAUCUUGCAGAAAUUCAACAGUUGGCAUCUAAACUCUCAGAGAGAGAAAAACAAACAUGAUUGGAUGACUCGCCCGCUGCUUUUUCUCUCGGCUGUGCUCAAAUUACAACCAUAUUUUCUGUUGACUUUAGUGAGAUUUUUCCUCCAAGAAAACAGAUGUUUCAGCUGCUCUAAUAGUAGUGGAAACAUUGAGGCGCCUCUCUAACAUAGGAUUCUGCUCACAACGACGCCUCUUAACGCUAAGAAUCUGGCCAGGUGGGUGGUGCUAUUAUCAGCGAACUCAUCUCUGCAUAAUGUCCAGAAGGACCGUGAGCCUCUUAUGUCUUGAUAAAAGGAGGGAUAAAACAGAGGAAAGGGAAAGCAGAGAGCAUCUGUCUCAUCCGCGUUGCAUGCACAGGGGAUGGUGGGUGUUCUGCCUUCAGGCAAACACAUCCACUUCCACCUCUCCUAACAGAGUCCAUAUUUGGCUCAGAAUUUUUUAGGCUUAGUGUGCACAUCUUGAAAAGGGAUGUGCUCAUGGACAAACUAUUGGGUGCUGCUUUCUGCAGGCCUAAGAUGUAAACUGCACAGGGGAAGGGAAAGAUUCUCUCAGUCCUGAUAUCGGGUAUUCUCUGUAGAUACUUGCUGGUAUUUCCUGAUAAGAUGUUGUUGUCUGUUCUACCUGAAGAUAUCCGAGUAACCGAUCAGUGACUUGAACUGAUGCAAAAGAAAAAAAUCUUUUCCAGAAGGAUGAUGUGACGUUCCUCCUCUGAAGUUGACAUGCCACCUGCUGAGCUCAUCCAGACAGGUUAACCUCAUUCUGUCAGGGAGGUAUCUGACACAUGAAAGUAUAAAUAAUCCCUCAGACGGGAUGAGUCCCGGUCUACGUCCCCCAUGGCUAGAUGGUCACCUGACCCAGUCACAAUCUGGUAAACAGCCUCAGCAGGAAUCUUAUUUGAAGGAGUCUCGGUGGAACCGCAGGUGAGCUGCUAACUUCUGGUAGAGAUGCAUACUUCAAAAAUCCCAAAGUGAUUGUCAGGAUUUAGGUGCUGUAUCUAAGUUUUUUUUCCCCUUGUGGUUCUAGCUACAGAUGUAUGCAGCAGGCCCCAAAUCCCUCAAGACUGAUGGUUCAUAUUUAUUCCAAAUUUAGACUUCUACUUACUUCAAAACACAAGCAUCUCUGCCUUCCACACCCUGGCACCCUGGGCUGGCAGCAAGCAAUUAAAUGACUGCAUUCAGAUGAAAACAAGCCUAUAAAUGGAUGUUUGAACGCAGCAAUUUCAAUGCUGAUGAAAAAAACUGUUACCUAGAGGCCUAAAACAUGAACCCAUCAUCCACAUUUAGAUUUCCACCAAGACGUCUAGACAUAUUCUUGACUAGAAAGUCAUGACCUAAGAAAGUUCUCAUCCAUCACUUUGGCUUCUGCAGAACAGCCAAGUUACAGCUAUUUCACCACAAGUCCCUCAGCAUGCAAUAAACUCUCUUCCUACCCUUAGUUUUACUUUUUAUGGAAAAACUAACUGGUAAACACACACUUUUUCUAAACUCUUUUUCUAAACUUUUAAAAAUUUCUGUUUAACAAAUGAACUACUAAUGAUGAUGAUAAUAAUAAAAAUAAUACUGCAUCAUUGAAUACAUUAUUCAUUCGCUCACCCAGUCACAUCCUGGUGGUGGUAAACUACCUUAGUAGUCACAGAUGCCCUGGGGCAGACUGACGGAAACAUGGCUGCCAGUUUGCACCUACGGCCUCUCAGACCACCACCACACAACACUCACAUUCAUACACCAGUGGAGGACACACACACUGGAGGCAAGGUGGGUUAAGUGUCUUGCCCAAGGACACAACAGACAGACUCCAGAGAGGGGGGAAUCGAACUGCCUACCUUACAGUUAUUGGACGAUCACUCUACCUCCUGAGCUACUGCCACCUUGAGCUACUGUAGUCAAAAAGGUCCAAUUGUAACACCCAAUCAGUUAUUAGUGGUAUGGCUCCAUGCUAAGACCCCCCCAACCCUUCCACGUGCAAAGCGGGAAGAGCUGCGGCAUACAUAUGACACUAUUAAAAUCAAAUACAGCAAGGAGGUUUGCAGAGAGGACGAAAGCAUCGAAAAGCCAAAGCAAUAUUAAUGGAACGCCUAUUUUGACAUUAGUCAAUCAGAUGCGUCGGAAAGUAAUAGGCUGAGCUGUUAGCCCAACUUUGUGGCCUGCCUGAACUAACACCAUGCUCCAUUUUUACAGUACCAUCAAAUGCUCAGUAGCAUAGCACAGGCAUGUCAUUUUGGGUGGUCCAGGAGCUCUGGACAGGAUUGGGUACUGUAUUUUCGUCCCCUUGCAUUAAUAAAACCAAUAAAUAAUUAUUAUCAUCAUUAGAAUGAUGCUGACAGCUUGGAGAUGUCAUGUACUGUGUCAAAUAUGGAGAAAAGUAAGACGUACCAAGCAACUGAUAUGCUUCUUUCUUUAUAUAAAAUCAACACACUCCGUAUUCAUGAAGAAGUUAAAGCCAAACUUUCCUCCAAUUACCAUCUCAAGUUCACAGAAGAAGGGCGUUCAGAAAGUAUAUCAGAGCCUUGUUUUCGUGACCUCUGCUGUCACCAUACAUCACUGCAGAUAUAGGAUGUAUAGCAGCAGAAAUAGUGCCAUAAAUGAAAAGCACUUCGUUUCACUUCGAAUUAAACCCUACUUGUCUGCGAAGUCAUCAGCAGUUAUAAAAGUUGUCAUUUAAGGGGAACAAAGACGUUAUCUACCAGCUCAGAGAGCACAAAGUGUGUGAUGAUGGAUUAUGGCUCUGAAGUGUUGAUGCUGUGAGUCGUAGUGAUUGAGGUUUGACAGAGUGUCAGACUGAAUGGGCUGUUGUGAGCAGUCGGCUGUAAGGCAACUAAAUUAUACACUUCACGACACAUUUGUUACAUCAAACUGGGCAAGAUGGCUCAGAAAUACCAGAAAUUACAUAGAGGACUGAGGGAGACAUCACUUUAGUUGGUUUUUACAGAAGCUCGACAACAUUAGGAAAUGUAGCCUCACUUUAAUGUUGUUUAAAAGGAGGGAAUCGAGCGUGCUUGGAGCUGCAUUAGUACUGUGGCUGUAGUGAUGCCAAGUUGUCAAAGAGUCCUUCAAUUUGGGCAAAUGUGAGUAAAUUCAUCAUCACUGUAUCAGUAUAAUACUUAAGUCACAUCAUUGAUAGGCAGAGGUGGGCACAGUCACCCUUCAGCUUGUUAACAGCAACAUUAACUUCGAUCAUAGCUACUUUAUGGACUGAAGUUCAAGUUAAAACCUGCUGAAACUCUAUCUAUGUAGUAUGCAAGAUGCUCUUUGUCAGCUGGUGCUCCAGUGUUAUACCGAAGUCUUACGCCUUUAUAGGAGAGAGUGGGGUAAAUUGAGCCAAAGGGUAAGUUGAGCCACCUCCUGUUGCUUAGAAAUGGUAAAAGAAAUUGAUCAUGUGACCAAUUAUUUAGGAGAUGGGCAUCAAUUCAAAGGAGACCCCUUUUUUGUCAUGCUAUAUUAUCAAGACAGUUAUGUUUACACUCAUUCUGUUGGUUUGCAGGGAUGAACAACAUCUUGAAAUAUAUGCAGAUUCACUAGUUAGAGACAAAACUAUGAUUGCCUUGAUGUAGUGAUCCAAAAUAUGAAAAAUGGCUCAUCUUACUCCACUCUCCCCUACACCAUUACAGCUGCUGCACAUACACGUUCAGCACAAUAAAACCACACAAACUGACUGCAAGCCCAGCAUUAAUAUGUGCUCUGCAGCAGCACAAAAUCCUCCUUGGACGUCAGCGUUCAACAACCCCACCACCAGAACCAGCAGCGCACUCACCUACCUGUUGCUGGGCCUCCUGUGCCUUACGGUCUCUCUGCGUCAUCUCUUUGCAUCAGGACCAGAAAGGUUGACAUCGAUCCAUUUCACUUCAUCCAAACGGUGCUGAACUUUCUUCUAUUAUCCUGCUUCGUUGUCGAACCAGUCCCCAGCCUCUAUAUCUCCGUCCACGGUUACAGUAGUCCUGAGCAGACCCGCCACCCUCACCCUGACGAAGACCUCAGGUAACCUCCAGGUGAGCUAACAGCCGCCGUCCAGGCGAGCUUCGGUUAACUCCGUCAAACUCCGUCGUUGCUUCGGUUUGGCUCGUUAAAAGUCCAUCCAAAGUUACAGAGAGUUGGACUUUGCUUCCUCUUUGACAUUUUUCCCGUGUCGAGUCCAAAGUGCGUGAACCCCAGACAAAAAAAAGAGUCCACUUCUGCCAGGCUGUGUGACAGGGUUACGUGAGGUCAUCACGGACGAUCUGGAACUGCGCCAUUUUCGGAGGGAAAAGUUACCGGAAGUAGUAUUUUUUGUUGCGUUGCCUACUUUUGUUUGCAGUAAAAAAUAGCCCAAACUUAAAUCUUAAUUUGAAGAAAUAAAUGAAUAUGAGUGAAGCAAUACGACAAUUGUUGUGUUAAAUCAAACAAAAUCUAACAGAAGUUAAAGGGGUUUUUUUGUUUUGUUUUGUUUUUUAACGACCAACAGAUUGACUGGUAAGCCACGCCCAUGAUUAUACGCUUUACUAAUAGUUUUAGGUAUUUAAAUUAGAUGGUAGCCUAACUCAUAUAUUUCCCAUCAUGCUCUGAAAAGAUGAAAAAACCACGUGACCGAAUCCCCUCAAUACAGUAACCAUAAAGACAAUCAGGUUUUUUUUUGUUUGUUUGUUUGUUUGCUUGUUUGUUUUGUUGUUGUUGUUGUUGUUGUUGUUGUUGUUGUUGUUGUUUGUUUUGUUUUUUUAGGGAGAAUUUGAACCCCCAAAGAUCCGACAGCAACAAAAUUACUUCUUUUUCCAGCCUGUAUAGUCCCCCCUGGUGUUUGUUAGGAAGAACAAAAGUUCAAGGCAGCCUUUGCUUUACUUUUCUAACCUGAAGACAGCACCCACGUUCUUACAGAACACAACCCAGUCAUCAGCACGGCGGCUUUUAUUUUGGACCUGUUAGCAGGCUUACAUUAACAUUAAACCCCAGACGCUGCUUUGUCUGAGAAAAAGCCUCAAGGUGGACUUUGCAGAGAUGCAGACUCAAAGUCUUUUUGUGAUAAAUAUCUGAGCGUCUAGACAUUUACUGAUGUGAUGGGAUGUUGUUUUGAACUAAAUUGUAUGUGUCUGGAUCUAUGUUUGGAUGCCCUCAGAAUAUACUGCAAUACGAAACAAAAAAAAAGGAUGAUCAGACUUUAUUACGUGCAAUAAAAGGACAAUUCAAACUAAAGUGCUGCUGAAACAAAUCCGAUAUAUACAGCAAAAAGUUGUGAUUCACUUUUAUAAACCUGUACAGAGCUGAGAUCAUCACAGAUAAAGGCUUUCGCAAAGCGCUUAAGUGUUGUUAAGCGCUUUGGGUAUCUUGAAAGGUGCUAUAUAAAUGUAAGAUAUUAUUAUUAUUAAGUGAGAUAGUAUCCAUGUUUUCUGUUAUGUACAGACGGCCAUUAAAAAGCAGCAUUAUUUUAGCAUCAGCGUUUCUAUUUCAAAUUAUCUUAAUAUCAACAUAUUUGACUAUCAGACAGGUAACGUUUUAGUGUCCUAAAGUCAUAAUGGUUAGUGGAAGCAAUUAGAAACUGGAAAAGAGAGAUGCACAUGACAGGCUUUGAGAAACUGCUCAUCAAAAAAAGCUUCUUACGUGCAGACUCUCAAACACUUAAGUAGAAAAUAACUCCUGACAUAUGUGCUCCACAUGGAUGUCUUCUUCUUGUGUCUGCUACUUUUUACGAACUUCUCUCUAAAUAUAACUUCCGCUCAUUGAUUGACACCUUAAGCCGCUACAUCCCGCGUCAUCUUCCCUCCUCUUUCUUCUGCCGUAUCUUGUCGCUCUUCAUCCCGAGUCUUAAGAAAAAGGAGACUGAGAGAGGAAUCAGAGGUCUGAAUGGCUUUUGGAGAUCGAUUUGUGCCUCCUGACUGCGGGGCCUCAGUCGGCUCAGCUUUGCCGACUGAUUCUAACUGUUUAAGAAUGUCUUUCUGGAGAUCUGGCCCAUUUCUUUCAAUUAAUGCUCCUUUCAGCCAGUCGACCAUUAGAAGUCCAUUAAAGCUGCUCCACCCUGGGAGAGUCAUUCAGCCCGGGCUGCUGCGCUCCAUCUUCUGAUAACAGGAGCGUCUGGACGGCCACACAGACAUGAUUAACCUUUUCAAUUGUUUCUUUGGAGGUGGCUGAUUUUAGGAUUUGUUUAUUCAGUUUGUUGGUUUUAUUUUUGCUUAUUUCCAUUUCUAUAUUUGCAGGAAAUUAUUCAGGUGAUGCUUUGAAGAUCUCCAGACAGCAUCAUGCUGAUCUUUUUACACAAACAAACUCCUGACCUUUGGUGUGGGUUACACGACUCCCAGUAUUACCCAGAUUUAGUAAUCCAUGCUCUCUUUCUAUGUCUUUGAUAUUUACAGGUUCUGGCCGGAGAAGAAGCAGACAUCACUUCCAGCAUGCUGAAGACGGAGGAUGCUGAUACUCCUGAAGAAGAGCUGGUGUACCAUGUUGAGUCGCCGGUCAGUGGGAUGGUGGCGCUGAAAGAGACACCCGACGAAGGCGUCUACAAUUUCACACAGGCUCAUGUCAACAAAGGGGAGGUGAUCUUCAUUCACAAGGGUGAGUUCACCAUCACGAUCAACCACCAAUUAUCACCAAUAAUCAAAUUAGUCAGUUUAAGCUUUAAGGUGGCCAAUAUCACCGCUUCUUGAUUUCACUGCUCUGUGUUCAGGGAUGUUUUCAUUGCCAGAAGUUUAAUAUAACAAAAACCUCACUCAGAUUAAUCACCGCCUUCAAGGGUCUGACUCUUCAGCUAUAAAUUUAGACACUUGACAAAGUUGUCAAUAAGCUGCUUGUGUUUAUUGAUGGUAUUUUGGGGGUUCAAAAAUUGUACUUGGGAGCUCUGUUAAUUGCAGUCCUUAUCACUUUUGAUGUGCUAUAAAACCAGAAAAGUGGAAUUUCUGCCAGAUUAUAUAGGCAUUGCACAUUUUAAACAAUCUGCUGUUAUUAUAAAAAGUUUAACAUACAUAAAAACUUCAAAAAUAAUGAAUAAAGGAGCUGUAAACAAACCAUGAGUUUCAUCUGUUUCUCCAGGUGAGGAGUCUGGAGGUUUCAGCUUCACGGUGACAGACGGGGAACACACGUCCCCCCUCCACAGAUUUGUUGUCACAGCCAGGCCUCUCACCAUCACCAUGGUAACCCAGGAGGAGCUCAUGGUAUUUCCAGGUAAGAUGCCAAAAUCCUUCAGACUUUAUGCCCCCGAACACAGCGGUGAUGAAAGGAUAACAGCAGUGAAAGACACUGAGUCACUCGUUCAGGCAGGUCACUGGAGACGUAUAAUGAGAGAUUUGUGCAAAAGGUUUUGUUCUUUCUGUUUCAGACUUACAAAACUGAGUGAAAAAAAGAAGAAAUGACAGAAUAGAAGGUGCCUCAGAUUGAUCAGUGUAGCUUUUUAAAGUCUUUUGAGUUAGUAUCUUAUUUGUAUACCCAUGAAAAGAUAGGAGUUACUGCAAGUCAUUACUUAGUUACAUAUUACUCACAAUACUAUUCAAUCAGGACCACCUUCAACAAAGCAAGUAUUUAUUUGCAUGCAGUAGGCUGUAUUUGUCUCUUUUCUGCUCCUUCUAUGUAUAAACAUGAAAUGCCAUAGCCUAAGGUGAGGAGAGCGCACCUUUACCCCAUUUAAUGUGCUUGCAUGACAGGCCGAGGCAGGCAGAGCAGCAGCAAAGUCUUACAACUUACAGACCAGAGCAGGCAUCGGUCACAAUACAUACACUCAGAAAAAAAACAAUCAUGGCAUAGUUUAUUUUUAAGUAUUUGCAUCUAUUUGAUUUUUAUCUACAUUAUUAUUUUUUUUAAUACAUUUAUUUAAUUUUUUUUAAAAAUAAGCAUGAAUCUUUUAUUCUAAAAUCAAUUAAAUUUAAUCAGUUAAAAUGUAUGAAUAUAGUUUAAAUAUGAUGAGAUCAACCAGGAUUCAUAUAGUUCAAAUUUAUGAGACUGAAUUAUUUAUUAUAAACAAAUUGGGUUUAUUUUUGAUGCAAUGAGGCCCAAAUAUUUAUGUGAAUGUAUGAUACUUAUCAAAUCAGGGAAAGCAUAAAAGGAAGAGCUGAGACGGAGGCUGGUUGAAACAAGAACAGCAAGCAGACUAGAGCAAGUGUAGAUAGAAUGGUCACUGGCAUUUACUGGGUAUAACAUUAUAUCUCCCAUGAUGCUCCUGUGAUAAUGGAUAAUCAAUCUUGUGUUAUCACUGGCUAGAAGUGCUUGAACUGACUUGAAAGUGGAGCAGGCAGAGCACACCUCCCCUCUGUUUCAAGCAAAGGCAGGUAGAGCGGCAGCAAAGUCCAGAGCAGGAACCACUGGUAUAAAAAAAAGAAAACCUAAGUUGAAGAGCUGGGAUGGAAACACGUAGUAAAGCUGUUUCCAGCAGUACAAAAAGGCAGUGUAGAUCUGAACACCCGCAUCAAUAAGAUGUGCAGAUAAGCUGUUCGCUGGUUUGAGCUGACAUGAAGAACAGUUGGUGAACUGUGGGAUGAGCUUGGCUUGGUGUCCUGUCUGAACUAACACUAUACUCAACAUAUAGUGGUAUUCGAUGCUUUUUACAUCCAGUUUGGUUUCGAAUGUCUUAUUUUGGUCUUAUAUAUAUAUCCUUAAGCCUUAUAUUUUAAUUCUUUGCAACACUGCACAUGUAAGAAUAAAGUUUUAGAUUACAGCCGUUGUAGCCAAAAAGUGGUAACUACAGGAAAGAGGCACAAUUCAUUUUCCUCUCAUAAAUGUUGAGUUUCACUUGGAGCUAACUUUUCCUUUUACAGUCCAAACUUUAUUUUAGAAAUGUUCCAGAGCAGAAAAGAGAUGGGGUUUUUAUUUCAGGGUAAAAAAAUUAUAUAUAUAUCACAAAUUCGCACGUCAAAACUUUUUAGGAGUGAAAUUAUUUCAUGUCAGCACAGGCAGCGACCUCAGCCGAAUCCAUGAUAAACUUCACUUUUAAGCAUGACAUGAGAGAUGAGCUGGAAGCUCGGAUAACAUUUUUUUGGAUUGAAACCCUCACCAUCAGGAAACUCUCCUCCACGUGAUGUGCAUGAGUUACUGCAACCGCUGAAGUUUGAGGCAAUUCCAGACUCUGCUUAAUUUCACAAACUCAACCAGACCUCCAAGAGGCCAUUUUCCACAAAAUCAUCCCAGCACUCAGAAAGCUGUGUGUGUGCAUGUGUCUAUGUGUGUGUGUGUGUGUGCUCACAGGAACCAGACAGCGCAUCACAAGUGCUAAUCUGGGGGCUGAAACCAGUGAGGAUGGAAAUGAGAUAAACUACUCGCUCAGACGCCCACCUCGUUUGGGGAGACUCAUCUUGGCCAAUGACAAGAACCAGUAUGAGGAAAUAAACAGCUUCUCUCAGACACAGGUAAUUACUCUGUUUCUGUGUGUGUGUGACUCGAUGUGGGCGGCUGGGAUGGGUUUCUUUUUGCAGACAUUUAACUCCCCCCUCCUCCUCUUUCUAAUUUAAUGAUCCGCAGUCAUUUUAAGGAAUGAUAUCCACCGUUAAGUAGCACUAAAAAGUCAACCGUCAAGCAGAAAAUAGAUGGGCAGGAAAAGCAGAAAUGUAGAAAGUGCCAGAAACAUUAGAAAAACAUGUUCUGAUGGAUGGUUUCCAUAAUAAUCUGUUGCAUUAGGAGGGCACUGUGAGUUCAGCUAUUAUAACUUUCUCCCUUUCAAAUAAAUCCUCUCCACUUGCAGGUCUGACAUAACUAUUAAUAGCAUAUUUGUGUUGCUAAGCAGCCAUAGGUGUUAAAGCCUCUCCAGACAUCUGAUGAUAGACCAUCAGACAUAAGAAGACGUAAUGCCCUUUAAAUGCGUAAAAUUUCAGCUAAUCCUUCUUCCGUUUCCAACCGAGUCAAACUGAGUUUCCAGAGGUGAAAAUUGGGUAAUGAUUGCAGCUCCUCACUUGUCUGGAUAAUUUCAAAGUCCUGCCUGGAAAUUUUAAAUUAUUUUCUAUUUUUUCAGCGUUGGGUUGAAAAGGUCAGCAUGCAAAAAAUGCAAAAGUUAGACGAUAGUUUGAAUAUUUAUCGUAUAGUAAUCAGGGUGUGCAUGAAGACCCAAUUUUAAAGGUACUGUAAGAGAUUUUUAAUGGGUUUAGAAACAGGCUAAAGCUGAUAAUAAUGACUCCUUAUGACAAACUAGACGAUCAGCAACAGACUGAUAAUUUCACUUUGAUCACUUUUAAUGCUUUAAACCGCUGUGAGGGGGUAGGUGUCACACCAGAUGAUUGACAGCUGGUUGAAAAUUGCCUUUUAUCACUUAAAUCACAAUAAAUACUCACAGUGAGUUAUAUAUAUUUACAAUUAAAAGACAACAGGUGAGGUUUUUGACUGAAAACAUGAUCAAUUUGUCCACAGGGGGCAUCAAUACCCAGGUUCCUACAGCAGCUUUAACCAAGCUGGCUUAGUUGUAUUCACUUUACCAAACAAAAACUCUGACAAGGAUCAUCCUUUGAGUAUUAGAUGAAAUGACAAACACACAUUUUUAUAUUCUGGUAUUAGGACUCAUUGAAAACUCAAAGCAGAGUAAUUUUAUAGUAUUUUAUACAUUUAUAUAAGGCUAUUUAUAAAACAGCUGUUAAACUGCAGAUCUAUUUAGAGAACAUUUACUGUAAUAGGCUUCAAUAUAGUUAGUUGACAAGAAAAUUAUAGAGCAGACUUAGGCCAGUGUCAGCCCAACUGAGCCUUACAUAUAUGGAAGAGAAAAUUAAUCACAAACCAUAUUAUUCAGGCAUGUUGGUCUGACAAUAGAAAGUUCAAUUCAGUGCAGUUUUAGUCUGACUUAUGUGUUUACCUAUACUUUAAAAGUCCAGUUGCAGUCGGAUUGAUGCAAAUUGACUUCUUUAAACUGCACUGAUUGUUUGAUUGGGGUGCCUUGGCAAAAGCAAAGAGCCAAAUCUGUUCAUUCUCAAUUUUAUCUCACCAACUCUAAAAAACUGUCUGACUCUAAAAAGAACAGUAAGUGAUAGUCUGAAACAUUCGCCAUCAGUAAGGUGAUAUCGUUAAGUGACAUUUUUGUGUCACUCUCAUGAAAAAGCGUCUCACAAUAAAACACGCGUGAUCAAGAUGGUCCUGAAAACGUCAAGACCUGAACAUUCUGAUCUUAUAAAAAUAAAAAGUCAAGAGUUAAUGUUAAAAUGCCUUAUACUAUGGGAGUCUUGAAUUUUGACCACUGUGUGAAAAGAGGUUUUGUUUUUUUUUCUGCUGUAACAAGAUUUUAUCUACUUUAUUAGAUCAUUUGUAACUAAUCUGAGUUCAAACAAAGAACAACAGAAUAAAUGUGUGUUUUAUUUUUGAGCUCAGGUGCAGAGGUUCAUAAUUCUCUCACCACACAAAACAUCAAUGUGUUCCUCUUUUUCACCAGCAGAGGGCCUCGUUGAACCUGACACUGUUGUGAUGGAGAGGCUCACCAUGAACAAAAGCAGUCCUGCUAAUAACCUUAAAGUGCUUUUAUCUUUUUUAAACACAUUUUUAGCAGAUUUACUCAUCAUUAACAGAUACAGUUUUUUAUAGUUUCUAUACACCGAGUGUUUUAAAUUGACACUUCUUUUUUGCUGUUGGCUGAAGUUACAUGAAUAAAUACCAAACACAAAUACUAAAGAAUGUCUUUCUAUGUAAACAGAACAUGUCUGGUGGCUUUUUUAGCAUUUAUUAAAUUUGCUUUUGGAUGGUGGGGUAAACAGUCUGAACAUUUACAUGCUCACUCUGCAAAUGUUUGCCUCAAUUCCUUGGCAGUGUCCCCUCACUCUCAUCUGUCUCUUCUUUCUGCUCCUGAAACCUGACUGUGCUCAGAUGAGCAUGAGAGCUCAUCAGUUUUCCUAAACUGUGUUAGCGUGAUGGAAAAAAAUGUACAUUGAGCCGAAACUUGAUCUAAAUAUUUGAAUUAUACAGCUCUGUGUGUGUGUGUGUGUGUGUGUUUGAAAUCUUACUCACUUGUAUAUGGAUCUUUGUGUUCUGAAAGAGGAAAAGAGAGGAGAGUUGAACUCAGGACAUGGCGACCUCAGAGAGCGAACACAGGCAGUCACAUUCCAGUUCACAAACUCUGAUCCUGGUCCAGUUUAGCCAAACCACUGCCGCUGCAGCCAUCUGAGCUCUUAUUUUGCUGCAGUGAUUAGAAAUGCUGAAGAAAAGAGAGGAAGAUUAUAUUUAAGCAAAAUAAACUGUCUCCAAAGUCAGGUAAAGCAAGGGCACUGAGAAGGAAUGAUGUAAAAGUUAGAGAGGUAUCGACAAUUAUGAGGAUCUCCUGUGGUUGAUAGUAAAAAAAACUUGUCCUCAGUUUCUUCUACCUUCUGAUUUUGUUGUUCCCUGAUCCCCAGCUGGAGUCAGGAGCAGUCUACUAUGAGCACCAGAUACCCGAGGAGCCUUUUUGGGUGGUGAGGGACUCCAUAGAGCUCACCCUGAAUUCCCCACCAGCCCCAGACGUGCGUCACAUCCUGCCCAUCACCGUCUCAUACUACGCUGCUCACAGCAACAUCUCCUCCCAGCUGUGGAAGAACAAAGGUAAAAGACACAAUCAGGCAGGAACAUGAUAUUAUCUUUGGUAAAAAUGACAUGUUUAUUGAAGGAAAACUAUCAAAAUGAAUGGUUGUCUACAUAAAUAGAGGUUAUGUCUUCAAAUGACAGCAGUAUGGUUGUAUUAUGUGCAUUUCAGCAGAUGUCAACAUGCCUUGACAGAAGAAAGAAGCUUUAAAGGCCAAUUAUGAAACAAAAAUAAUAACAUUUGAGUUCAAAAGUGCAUUUUUUUGUCUGUGAUGGGUUUAUUUAGUACAGUAUUCAUAUGUUUAAUCUUAUAGACCUCCUACAAGGAAAGUUUAUGGAUAACAGCAGAUAAUCCAGCAGUUUAAGUAGGCUGUGUUUACAAGAUGUUUUCCACUUUAAGCACAAUUAAAGAUACGUUACCAAGAGAUAGAAAUGAAAUAAAAGAAGAGCAGUUCUAUAUAUUCACUUAUUUAUGCUUGUCACCCUGCUGUAGAGUAGGUUGAGAUUUCUUGUCAACAAACUGUACUUACAUAUCAAAAAGACAAGAUCAGCAGAGACCACAUGUCUGCUUUGCCUAGAGGGGGCGCCAAAAUCAAUGCAACCUGAAAGUCCCUCACAAGAAAAUCAAACAAUCUUGGCCUUUAAGGCCGUUAAAGUAAAACUAAAACUUAUUAAAAUAUUCCAAUUAUUAACAAAUGCUGUCUAAACACAGUUGAUUUUGAUUAAAGAUCUAGUGAGGAACUACUGGCAUGCUCAUGUAUUGAUUUCAUUUUGACCAAAAAAAUCUGAUUUUCUAUUGAUAGCCAUUGGUAUCACAGACUUUGAAUUUUGCCAUGGUAAAUGUAAAUAAAGUUUGACUCCAUAUUUAAAAUCAGUCAUGUCAGUUGUUGUCCUUUUUGCUUUUAAAGGUUGUAAAAAACCAUCAGUAUUGGUUUUGGCUUGUUUUAUAGCCAGCUAAUGACUCCAUACAGGACCUUUAUAAUCUCAACAGUCCGUGUUAAAUCCUGUCCAGUUUGGUCUCUGGCGUUGUUGUGAUGUGAUAUUCAUCUGCCGUUGUCUUGGCCAGCUGCAGCCUUUUGUUCGUUUACUUUUUUAUAGACUUUAAGAAUAACUUCCUGGUCUUGUACUCAGAUUCUUUAUUGCUUGAACAGUCCAGUGUCAUAAAGGGUUUCAUCACUCCUGCUUCUCCUGCUGCCAAAACAGCUCCAAAUGUCUCUGUAAAUGUGCCAAAAGCCUUAAUGGACUGAGCAGUACCAUUAAAUAUCUACAGUUGGAGUAAACUUAAACUGCAGGGGAUGUUUCUUUGAAAUAUGAGUGAACUAACAGAUCUUCCACCUUUAUUGUUUCCUUUCAGGUCUUGAUAUUGUGCAAGGUCAGAGGAAAGUCAUUGACGAUUCGAUCCUUGAUGCCUCCAACCUCCUGGCCAGCCUCCCUGAAGAUCAGCGAGAUGAUUAUGAUGUGGCUUUUGAGAUCAAGCGUUUCCCUGACCACGGCCGCAUCACCUUGGAUGGACAGGACCUGCCCCGUAACGCCCCAACCUUUGUGCAGGAAGAUGUCCUUCAAGGAAGGGUGGAGUUCCUCCAUGACGACUCAGGGGCCCCAUCUGACAGCUUUGCUUUCAGAGCCCGCUUGAAGUCUGAAGGUGGUGCCGUGUCCUCCCCUGCUGAAUCCGUGGUCCUUGAGGAGAUUUUUAACAUUUCUGUGAAACGUAGAGGUUCUGACCCCCCUGAGCUGGUCACUACAGACAUGCUCCUGGAGGUUCUCCAAGGCUCAAUGACCAUUUUGACGAAGAAACACCUCAACACUCAAGAUGAGGACAGUUCACCAGAUGAGGUGCAGUUUAAAGUGACCAAAACCCCAAGCAAUGGUCAACUAGUUAACACUCUCACAAUGAAACCUAUCUCCGAGUUCUCACAGGAGAUGGUCAAUCAAGGGCAGGUUGGCUUCGAUAGCGAUGGUACCCUGGCUGGUGGAUUUGUUGAAUUCAUCGUGUUUGAUGGAGAGCACCAAACAAAGCCACACACACUUCACAUCGGCGUCCUGGCUCGCACUCUGUUUCUGGAUAAGGCCCCUGAGAUUAAAGUGAGGCAAGGCGAUGAUGAGACCCUGGUGACUGAGGAGAUGUUGAAAGCUACAACCGGGGGCCCUGUUGAGGAGGACAUCCUUUAUAAGAUUACAAGUGUUCCCAAGUACGCAGCUGUCAUGGUAGACAGGCAGCCAACAUCUGCCUUCACCCAGAAACAAAUCAAAGAAGGCAGAGUCAGCGUUCGAUUUGUUAAGUCCACAUCACCUCGAGACAGUGUUGCCUUUGUAGCUCGCAGCCGGGCAGCUAACGUCUCCUCUGUACUCAACAUCACAGUCCAGCCUCUGGCCAAUAUCGCCCAGGAUCCCCUCCUACCACAAGGUGCCCUUGUUCAACUGGACAGAAAGCUUCUGGAUGCAACUCCUUUGGCAAACAAGACCGGAACUUCCCCCACGUUCACCGUCAUCCAACAACCCAGAGGGGCUCGCUUUGUGAGAUCUGGAGCUUUUGGAGAAGGUCAGCCGGUGGGCACAUUCAGCCAGAAGGACCUGGAUGAGGGCCGUGUAGCUAUGGAAAUCCUGGACAGCCCUCCUGGAUCACGAGGGGGUGUUUCUCCAGAUGAAGCUCGUUUCCUGCUCAAAGCCCAUGGAGUUCCUCCCGCAGAAUGUGUGCUUGCCUUCCAGACUGGCCCCUACAAUGCCUCUGGGGUUUACCCUGCCACCCUGUUGAGGAUUCCCUCAGAAGGCCCAUCAAAGGAUGACAAAGUGGGACGGUACUGGCCCACUGCUCCAGCCUCUACAACAUCACCAGGCUCUGGCUCCCAAGGGAGGCACCGUGUUUACCGGAGAAGCAACUUCUGGUCCAUUCUCAUCCCAAUCCUGGUAAUCCUCCUGCUCCUGCUGCUGGCAGCCAUCUUGGCUUACUACCUGAUCCGUAAAAACAAAACGGGGAAGCAUGACGUCCAGGCGGCAGUAUCCAAGCCCAAAAACGGAGAGGUGGCUGGCACAGAAACUUUUCGCAAAACAGACCCAGCCAAUAACAUCCCAAUGUCCAACAUGGACUCCAAGGACGCUGACCCAGAGCUGUUGCAGCACUGUCGGACAACAAACCCGGCCUUGAAAAAGAACCAGUACUGGGUCUGAGACACUUUGACAUGCGGACACAAAGAGAGGUGGAUCCUCGAGUGUUUGCAGUCCUCCUCCCAUCAUUCCUCUCAGUAUUAAAGACCUCUUGCCACACUAGUUCAAAUGAAAAUCCUUUUUUGACACCAUUGGUUAUUUGCUUAUCUCAACGUUACUGUGGACAAAUUCUCAGGCAAUGAAACACUGAAUCCCUAUCGGCAAAGAAAGAGGCAGUUUCUUAACUUCAGGAGGCUUAUUUAUUUUAGUUUUAUCUUUCCUCUUUGUCAGCGGGCACAAAUGAAGACAUAAACAUACCACGUGUUUGCAAAAAGUAUUUUUGGUGUGCUCUGUCAUUGUAUUCCAUAUAUCAUAGGCCAAUAUUAUCCAUUCAAAUGGUUAGAUAAUUUAAAGUCUCCGUAAUGGUACAUUUUAACUCUUGGUGCCUCAGAAAAGUUGAUAAGCCUUGUACAUAUUUGAUUGGGUAAAUGUAUGCUGUAUUAUCAAUAACAUGAAAUUUCUCCUUUGUGUUUUCUUUUUAGUAUUUUUUUAUAAGUUACUGUCAUGAUAUGUUCCUCAGGGCUAAAUUCAGUGUAAAAGAAAGUAGAACUUUUUGGAAAAUAUGCUAAUUCACCUGCCUCUGAAAGCUGAAAAGAAGAUAGAUACCACUUCUUUAUCUGAGUGAUCUCUACAAAGUCAAAAGAAAACAGCGUUAGCUUAGCCGAUUUCAUCUUUAGUUUGAAAACAUGAAUCUCAUUGUUAGAAUCUCUUUUGUGUAUUUGUGGCUUCACGUCCAAGACUUUCCAGGGAGAAGUACAUAAGCUUCCUUGAACUUAUCUGGCCUAACCAAGCUAGCCAUUUCCACAUCUCCAGUCAUCAGGCAGAAAGCUACUAAGCUAACAGUACAAAGCCCUGAAGGUCAACAGCACAAAAUAAAAAUCUCUCACAAAAUUUAAAUUUGUUUUAUCAAAUUUCACAGCAUUCCUACAGACAUUUUUAUAAAUCUUAAUAUGUUGAAAGUAAGCAUGUCUCAAUAAACUAUUGAUGUUGUGUAAGAAAAACCAGAUGAUUAUAAUGUAAUGUGUAGUUAAUCAGUUCAUCAUAGGGGGCAGUAGUGGUUCUUCACACUGGUUGAUACCUGCUCUGAAUUAGAGGGUUGGCAAAGAACAAAUAGCAGAAGAUGAAGAAAGUAACCAGCUAGUUUGCAGCUGUUAAUGCAGAGCAAACCGGGACCCAAAAAAGUUUUCUUGCUUAUGUAGGAGUUUUUUGGAUUUGUAACCAAAAAAAUUGGGUGUAUCUUCCUUCAUCCUUAACAACACAGUUAGAUUUCUCUAUCCCUGCGGUGGCCUCCAAGGACAAAAACUUGGACUGAAAUGUUUUUUCAUGUAUUUCUGUAUAAAAAAAAAAUCUUUGGAGCAUUUUUACAUUUUUUUAAGUUUAUUUGCGUAUCAUGAGAUAUAUCAUUUUUCCUCAGAUGCUGCAUUUACUGAGCUAUCUUUGACGUGACGUGUUUGCAGAGUUGACCCUCAGGGCCACCGUACACAGCUGUAGCUUUGUAUUGAACAGAAGUAUCAGCUUUCAUAUCUAACUCUUUGUGAGACAGCCGAUAAGCUGAGUUCUCAAAUAUCCAUUUCGUCAGUUUAACCACCCUUUAAAGUUGCAUUUUGAGUGGAAAGAAGAUGUUUUACUCUAAAAUAGUUAAAAUUAAAAAGAAAAAGUUGCUGCAGGAAAGAUUGAAUUUAGCUCAGAGUCAUGUCAUCAUCCUCACACAUUAUUAUUCUGCAUGCUUCCAGUUUGCUUGUAAAUAUCCACUGGACUGGCACAGCACUGACCACAAACUUCCCAGUACACAGUGAGUAGACCACAGGCAGGACGUUGUUUAAGUCCUAAAGGUCUUAAACACAUCCCUAUUGGCCGACAGGCAGGGGUGAGGUCAUCUCAAACUGGGAUGGUUCCAGUUUCCAAGUCUGCAAUUAAGAAUUCAUAAAAACCUGUUUGGGUGCUGGGCUGGUUGGGUAAAUAAAACCCUCCACUGGUAAAGUUCGUACAAAAUGGAAAUGUUGACAAAGUUCAAGUAUUCAAAGCUAUUUUUCAUUAUUUUGAAGCAUUCCAUUUGUAAGCUGAGCGUUCAGACUGUCAUGUAUUGAAAUUUUAUGUUUUCCUUUUUGAUUUUUUUCUUUUGUGUGUUGAUUUAAAGGAAAUCCUCGCUCCUAAUCAGACUCCUUGUUUCCCUUAUUCCUGAUCUGUGCGAGCUACAUGAUGGUUAAACAUUGAACAAAGUGUUUCUUUGAAAUAUGUUUAUAUCAGCACAGAAAAAUAAAACUCCAACUACUAAUUUUCUCCAGAAACUGUCUGAUUGUUUGCUGUACAUGUCUUCUCUCACUCUGUAUGCCGAUGACGCCUUAUUCUUCAUCAGUCAUACAUUGCUCAAGUAUUAUAGAUCUUUUGCAGUAUUCAUCUUCGAUUGAGUUUAUAAUCUUAUGUGUCAUGAAAGCAGAAAAUGUUUGAAACAGGUUAUACAUGCAUAGGAUGUAGAAGUGAUGUGUUUCUGUGUGUUUCCAAUCAAAUUAUCUCCGACAUUUAACUGAAAUAGAAAUACUGGUACCUCUUUCACUAUAUCAUGUCCACACGUAACUGCUUAUGUUUGUAAAUACUUUGAUUUUCCGGUCAUGAUAAAUGUCUUAAAUAUAUGUAUAAAUCUAGUGUUUUACAUGUACAUUUUAUUAGCUUACUCAUGUAGUAACUUUGCUCAAGUGUGUCUAUAUUUUUGCAGGUUUCCAUCACUCUUCUCCAUCCCUCGUCUGUUUUGUGCUUACUGAAAGCUCAGUUCAUUGUAGAAUUUCAUCACCACCUCCUCAUUUUUCAUUAUUUAUUAUUUCUGUCAUCACCCCCAGGACAUCGAUUCAUACUCAAGUCUGCUUUGUGGUUCAACAACAAUGUGUAGAUUGCAAGUGCCUUUCAAAAUAAUGGUGAUACAAAGCGAUGUUUGAUUCCUGUUCUCAGCACUAAAUAAAAAUGUUCAUGCAACA